GAUUACACCGCCGCGUCGUGUCGGCCGCCCUUUCCCCAGUCGGCAGUGCGCGCGUAGCUCGUCGUCGGUCUAGUCUCGCGGGUUUUUUUUUUUUUAUUUAUUUAUUGUCGUGUUUACAGAAACGAAAAAAAUCUUUAUUCCGUACUUUGCGGGACACGCGAGAAACGCGUUUUUAAUUUUUUUUUUUUACUUUCGGUUUUCGAAAAAUAAAACACACAAAAGUAUAAUGCCAAGUGCGUCUUUUCUCCCGCGGAUUCGAUAGGCACAUAUAUCCGUGUGUUGUGACCGCGACCACUGAUUUCCCACUCAUGAGGUAAAUAAAUAAUAUUACUAUCACUUGCGCCCCUCCCCUCAUUUUUAUUUUCAAAAUAAUAUAUGUCAACGUCAGUGCCGUAGCCAGGGAGGGCCGCGUGCCCCAUAUCCGAAAUCGUUUGUUUUAUUGGUUAUUUUAUACGGUUUCGGUGUAUUUUAUCAUUAUAAAAAAUAAUAGAUUAUAAACAAACAAAAUAAUAGUACCCCUCCCUCCAAAUUUUUUUUUCUGGCUACGAUACUGGUUGAUGAACACGAUGCGUGCACGAUCCGCUGAUUUUUCUUUCAUAGUUACGGGUAGUAGAAUAAUAAUUAUAUUUUUAAAUUUACACUCGAAAUCGUCGACUCGAAUCCGGUUUUUGUUCCGCAGGUCUUUACCGUCCGUUCAUUAUUCUAGUUUACAAUUUCGUUUUUGGUUAGACCGAUUUUCUUACUUUUUUUUUUUUAACUAACACUGGCCAAAACCGGGUUUCGUUAUUAUUGUUUGCAUUGUAGUAGGUCUACCGUAAUUUUUUCAUCCUUUUAAGUCCGCAUCGCCCAAUAUAAUACACUAACCUGAUUUCGGGUAACUAUAUACAUAUUAUUAAUUUACUAAAAGUAUUUAUUUUAUUUUUACUCGAGUAAAAGAUAGUUUAAAAAAUUCCUACAUCGCGUUAGUUUAUACUUUCUAUCUUUAUAUAGACGGACGAAUUUCUUUUUCGUGAUUUUUGUUUUUUAAAAACGUUAUUUUAUAGAUUCUGAACAAAGCGAAUUAAUAACAUUUUUGAUAUUUUUUUUUUUUUUUUUAAAAACGAAAACCUUAUAGCUUAAGCCAGAUUUUCACUAUAACCUUUAUUUUAUUUGCAUCUUUCACAUAUACCAUGAUAUAUAGAUCGCAUUUUCUCAUUAUCGCGGUUGCGAUUUUCUGGUUGAAGAGUUUAGGACAAUUCAUUGUAAUAUAUUUUAUAAAGAACUGUAUAAUAUUUACUAUGAUGGACUUUACGAAUGAUUUUUUUAAAAAUAUUUCCAUGUCUUAAUAAGUAAAUUAAUGGUUAUGGUUAUAGGUUUUAAAGAAAAUUAAAAUACGCAUAUUUUGAUAAAAAUUAAACUAUUAAAUAAACUAUUCGUAGUGAAUACAGUUGUUUAUGAAAUGUAUUAUAGCUCAUCUCGUUUUCCUAAACUCUACAACCAGAGUCACAACCGUUGAACUCCGAAAUGACUUUGGUAAUAUAUUACGUACAAAACAAACAGGGAAAACAAAAACAUUAUAAAUAAUAAUUGUGACGAAGAUCCUUAAUGCAAAAGCGAAUUUUCGACUAUUUGAUUUCUUUAAAAUACAUAUAAAUACAAUGUAAAAACUGCAAUUCUAUUAAAAAUAAAAACAAAUUAUAAAAUAUACGAGUAUUUUAUCUAUUAAAUUAAAUUUUAAACGGAUCUUUCGUUAAACAUAAUUGUUUUUACGCUGUGAAGUUGAGUAGAAUGUCGGAUACCAACCGCUAUAAGUAAAUCAUAAAUUAAAAAAAAAAAAAACGUUUUCAAAAUAUAAUAAUAAUAAUAUUAUUAUUAUUAUUCUUAUUCUUGUUUGGUUUUUAUAAUUUAUUACUUAGGUAUAGGUAACGAAGAAUCUUAAUAUGUGUGUGCGUGUGUGUGUUAUCUUUCCGUGAUGAGUCAAUUUGUUAUGUUUUUUUUUUUUUUUUCGAAAAUUUCGCCUCAUACCUAUAUGUACUCUCGUACACAUAGUAUUAUAUUAUAAUAUGUAUAAACCGUGUUAAAAAAACAAUAAACUGGUUUUAUUAUAUAGCGAAACGACGAGGACGCAGGAGAAUAUAAUAAUAAUUACGUUUCAAAAAAAAAAAAAUACACGCCCCUCGGGUCGAGUUUCUUCUGAUUCAUAAAUUCGGUUAGCUCUGUAUAAAAGACAGAUCAAUCCCCAGAUAUUAUAUAGUUUUAAUAAUAUUAUCUGUAUAGCGGUAUCGUGCAAGCAACAAUAACGAGUCGUGUAUAUAAAAAAAAAAAGGGUAAACGGGCCUUUAUUUGAUUUGUGUACUCUGGAAUAUAUGGAAUAUAUCACCGUAAAGAAAUCUAUGGCGUAAAGUAAUAAUAUUAUAACUAGGAGAAAUAACAAUAUCUGAAUAUUAUAUAAGAAAAAAACAAAUUUAGGUGAAAAUUAUUCGAAAUAUCCGAGGAAAUAAUAUUAUCCGAUAGUAACAUGACUGGAUAUCUUAUAAUAUACUACAGUUAGAAAGUCAAAAGGACGUCAAAUACGUUUAUUAAUACAAAGAAUAUAAAUUGUAUCCUUAAAUUUUUAACGGUUUGUUAAAACUAUGAAUAUCUCAUGACGGCUUAAGUGGACUUCGAAAGUUACCAUUUUACCAGCUCUGACAAUAUACAAUGUGCUUUUGUACUUCCAGUAGUGAAAUCAGGCUGCGUUGGUCAAAUAAACACAACUCUCAAAUAAACACAAAAAGUUUUACUGAAUGUCUAUAGACAAAUUUUUUCAUUGGUAUAUAAUUAAAUAAAAUAAGUUAAUAUAAAAAAUAUACUUCGACCAAUGUAAAUUAAAUUUGUUUAUAAACACAUAUAAUAUCUUUAAAUUAUUAAAAUCGAUCUCCGGGAGUACUUAAAUUUUUCUCAGGUGUUUAGAUCUUCUCGACGAUAAAUUCAUAGUUUUUGCAAUGUCCUUAUUUAAGUUAAUCAUGUAGGGCAACUCGCUUUUAGGUUUGGUAAAUAAUAAUAUUAUAUUCGAAUCUAAAAUAUUCAUAUUUUUAACCCACUUCGGAUUUAAAAUACAUUUUAUGUGAAAAGAUAACAAAAUCAUAUAUUAUAAUCUUAGAGAGCUCGAAUUUCGAAAAUACCAACAGUACAAAUAAGAAUUUUAAUAGUAUCAUAUACUUUUUUUUAGUCUUUUUCGUUGUCUUCUUAGUUUCGGUUCUUAAGACCAUCUACUAAUUACAAAACACUUGCACCUUCUUACCCCUAGUCUCUACAAUUUUUAUCUCCAUUGGAUAUCUGGCUUAUAGUCUUUUUAACACAAUUUUCCGGUUUUUACUUUUAUCUCCUUAAAAGCAUUAUUUCAUGAGCUAUUUCGGCGUGAAGUAUUUCGAAGUAAAGUAUACUUUUUCAAAUUUUACUAUUUUGCCCAUUAUUACCAUUUGCUGAUAUUUUAAUCUAAUAAAAUAAUAUAAACAAUACCAUAUAAAUAGAUACAAAUUUAGAGAAAUACAUCGUCAAUGUCGCAUUUGAAAAAAAAAUUGAUCAUUAUUACAAUAAUAGUUAUAAGGAUAUAAUAUUAUAGUGAUUGGAUACAAAAAAAUGAUUUGCAAUAUAAAAUAAAUUAAAAUAAUUUUUUACUACAUUUAAAUUAUACGCUACCUAAACAUUUUAAAAAUUUGAUAAUUUUACAAAUAUCAUUUCACUGAUUGGCAUACCCAAAUAAAAGAAAUGAUUAUAAUUAACUGAUGAUAAUUAUUGUAAUAAAGUAAAAUAAUUUUUACAUGGAUUUGUUUUUGAUUUUAAUUUAUCAUAUUAGUAUUAUAUUAAUUAUUAUGUUUUCCUUUUGGAUAUUUCGGAUUCGGAAAUUUUUACUAUUUUUAAGUCCGGUUAGUAAUUUUUUACUCGAAUCUACCUCGGACAAAUAUAUUGCUAUUUCGAAAGUUUAAAAACCUAUUAAUGAGAUUUUAAAUAUUCGACUAUGGGUAUUUUUUACCGUGAUGAUAUUUCUGUUCAUUUAAUUUUUGUUAUUCACGAGUUAUUCCCGCCCCGGUGCUUAUUGCAGCCCAUCAUUUUGCGACAGUGGCGGCGGCGGCGUCGGCGGUUGCUGCGGUGGCGGUAGUGGCAACGAUAGCGGUGAGCUACUUGUGUAGCCGUCACCGUAAAGAUAUAGUGACCGUAUAGCAACGGUGACGGCUGUGGUUGUGAAGGUUGCGACACCGUCACCGACCAGAUUCAUGAUGGAUCCCGACUUGGACUCCGGACUGGCCACGUGCAGCGAUUUGCCGAGUUGCAGCGAAGUACUAUGUCCGGUAGUGGUCAAGACGGAAGUGCCUACCCUAAAGCAGCAUUACUACCCGGAAGGCGGAUGGGGUUGGAUCGUCGUGGCCGUGUCGUUCGCGGUGCACGUGCUCAACCAAGGCUUGCACAUGUCCUCCGGCGUUCUACUUCCGAUUAUCGUCCGCAACUAUCCGCAUUCCACAUACGGAUCUUCAGGUAUCAGAGUCGCCCUUAUAUACAUAUACGCCUUCUAACCUAAAAAUAUAUUAUAAACCCACAAAAAAGUAAACAAAUAUGAGAUACAUAAAUAAAAACAAGAAGAAAAUCUGGUAUUAUAAAGUAUUAAAUGCAAUACCCAUUUUUCUCAAAAAAUUCUCAAAUUGGGAAACAUAAACCCUACGUACUGGUCUAAAACUCUUCGAUAUUAGACUUCGGCCGCCAUACCAUUAGCAAAUGUAAAUGCAAGUACAAGAAAAUAACGUUAACAUAAUGAACCCUCAAUAUUAUAAUAAUUGAUUAUUACCACUGCAGCCCCAAGACCGUUAAAUAGGGUUAAGAAAAUGUUUAGAACUUCUAUAUUUAUAUAUCAUUUGACAAACCUAAUAAGUAUAUUACAGUAUAAUGUUAUAUAUAUAUCAAAUUUGUAGUAUCGAGUAAAAUCCUUGAAAUUCUUUUUGUGGAUGUCCACUUCAUAAAAAUGAUCUCUAUACUGCGAACUACGACAUUUGUUAUACUAUGUUGUCAUAUUGAUGAUCAUUUUGGUCCACUUCACGAAACGGAUAUUGAUUUUGUAUUUUUUUAUAAAACAGAUAUAAUAAAAUUAUUUUUGUCAACUUUUCGCGAUACUAUAUUGACAUUCACAUUAUGUAAACUUUUCAACAUACUAUUUAGAUAGUUCAUAUUUUAUAGCACAUACCACUAAAACUGUAAUUUUUAACAAAUAUCAAAUAUUUACAUAAGUCCUGUGUUCUUUUUUUAGUUGUUCAUAUUUGUGUUAUUAAUUCACUUGUAUUUAUUUUUAUUUACCUUAACGUAUUAUUCGAAAGUUUAUAAAUCAAUAUUUGUUAAUAAUUCACGUUUUUGGACGUGUUAAUAGAAAUAUGAAUAAAGAAAUUUGUUCAAUAGGAAUAGCACAUAAAAUAUUUUUCGUAAAGAAAAAUAGAAAAGUCAUUAGUUUGAUAAGAAGUAAAAUUAUCCAUGUUGUGUAAAAAAAUCAAAAACUGUUUUUACGUUGUUUUUGAAAAUAGUGGUUCCACCAAACGGAUUUUUAUGUAAAUGUAGUCAUUUUAGAAUCAGAUAAUAAACUAAUUAAUUUCUAUUAUUCUAUUGUGGUUUUUAGGUAUAUACAUAGAUAUAUAUUUUUUUUUUUUGUACCUUUAUUCGUAAAUGCAUAGUUCAUUUCGAUAUAGAGGUAGAAUCUUUAGUGAUAAUAAUAAUAAUACCACGUUAGUUAGUAUAAACAAUUGUACCAUAGCCCGCCGUAAUGACUAAAAUAAAAACCGAAAAUAUCGAAUGUACUCGUAUACGUAGUACUUGUCUACUAUAUUAUAAUUUUAAUAAUACAAUUUCUCGAAAAAUAUUUAAAAGUAUUCGCGAAGCAAUAAUAAUUAUUUCCGAUCAACGUAUAAUAUAAUUAUUACGCCUUACCGUGAGUCAUUAUGGGUUUGUGUAGUUAUAGAAAUACGGUUAUUUAUGGAAUGUUAUUAUAUUAUAAUACUGAAGUCAAAUAAAUAUUUCAAACAAAACGGCAUGCGAUAUAAAUUAUUAUUAUUUUUUUUACAUAAUACAUAAUAGUAGGUAUACCCAUAUGGUGAAAUCUCUGAAAACUGUACCAAGUUGUUACCUAUAUAAUAUGUACGUUGUCUGCAGUAAAUCGAUUACUAUUAUAAUCGUACACCACCCGACUCGCGUUUUAAUUUUCGAAUAGUUAGCGAUCAUAUUUUAUAGGAUACCUACUAAUAAUAUUCAUAAUAAUGCGGUGUAUAUUAUACGUGCAAUUAUUUCGUAGAGAGUUAUCUUUACGAGAUAAUCGACGAUUUUUAUUUUAUAUUUUUAUACUUAUUGCAAUAUUCACGUUGCAUUUUCAAAAUGUUCUUAAGCCCGGUGACUUUUUAACGCAAAUAGAAGGGGGGGGGGGUUAUAAAUGUAUAUACAUUUAUUACAGGGACCUACUUUAUUAAUCCGAUAAAAAGUACAAUAAUUUACGUGAUAAGAAAUAAGUAAGUAUUAUAUUUAUAUACUUACCUACGAUCGAUUUUAUCUUGUCUCGUUAAAAAAAAAAAAAAAACAAUUACACCACUGUAUUUUAUAAAUAUAAAAAAGGCCAAUUUAAGUUUAGGUUUUAUGCUGGUGUUUUACUGAAGAAAAGAACCAACAACAACAACAACAAUUCACCUUAUUCCGUUUCGUAUAAUAUAUAAGUUUGAAGGGUCAAACGGUCGAACGUUUUCCGAAAGAGAUAAAAACUACACUAUAUAGGUACCUACUCGUAUUCGAAACGAGUACGCGAUUUAUAAUAAAUUAUGAUAACGAAUAAAACAAACUUACAUUCGUAUCGUUCCGGUAAACUGUAAUAAUAAUAAUAUCAACUUACUAUAAUAUAUUUUUAUGUCGCGUAUUGUAAUUCAAAUUUUAUGUAAAACAAAUUCUACACUAAAACCGCUCUAUAAGACAAAAGUUGCAAUAAUAUUACUCUAUGCGAAAUAUUUAAUCAUUAGUAUACUAUAUAUUAUAAUAAUAAUAAUAAUAAUAUAUAUUCUAUAUUAUUAUAACGACACUGUAUUUUUUCUCAAAUAUUGAUUCAAAUAUUCGUAGGGUUUCCAGACGUCCAGUAUAUUUCGAAUGUCUCUAUCCCACACUCCAGUUACCCCAAAGAAUAUUCUCGGGACCCUAGAAUGUCCCAUACCUAAAAAUGAGUUUUUUUUUUAAAAAAUAAAAAAAAUGUAGAGGAAAAAAGGUCCAUUUAAGGCAACAGUGCGUGUAAAGUGAAUUUUAUCAGAUAAUCAGUAUCCUAAUAUAUAGAUCUUAUGAAAAUUUCAAGUGAUUUUUUUUUUUUAAAUACAAUUAAUUUUUAAUUGACGUAUAUGAAUAAAUGCGAAUCGACGAUAGAACACUUAAUUCUAUAAAUAAAUAAUGGGCAUUAGACACCUUUUCACUUAAAGUUUUUAUAAGUCACUUAAGUUCUUUUGAACACCAUUUUUUCUCCUUAGAAAAUACUUUUUUGGUUAGUCAAUUUUUUUUUCCUGGAGAGGAUUUUCGGCCUUUACGGCCAUCCCCGUAUAACAAAUUCCCCCUCAUCUCUCUCUAUCAUGAGGUAUAUCUCUUCAGUUGGAUCUUAAACUUACUGCUUUAAUGUUCUUUUUCACUCAGUCUUCCCAUCUAAGGUGAGUUAUACCUAGCGGUAUUUUUCUGAAGUUUCUUUUUUAAUUAGUGCUUUUAUCAAUGCACUAUUUUCCCUCCAGUCAUGCCCGGCUUAGGCUAACCUUAUUUUUAAAGCUUCCCUUGAUGUACACGGUCUUUGAAACAUGCAUUGAACCUCUUAGUUUUUUCGUAUUCUCUAUUUACCAGUUUUAGAGCCAAGAAAAGGGCCACAGAUUUGUAUCGGUACUUUUCUUUCAAACAUAUCUAGGCUUACUCCUUCUAUUAUUACCUUACUCCCUUUAUUAAUUUUCCAAUGUUUCCAAGCUAUACACAAUGAUGGGACGAAUUAAUGUCAUAUAUAUUUUAAUUUUUAAGUUUACAAAAAUGGAUUGGGAUUUUAGGAGAGUUCCAGCUCCCAAGAAACACUUGUUUGCCAAUAGUAUUUUUCUGAAUAUCUCUGCUUUCUCAUUAUUUUGAAUUAAAAGAACUCCUAAGUACUUAAAUAGUGGUACUCUGUAAAGUAUAUAUUCUUCUAUUUCUGUAAUCUGUCCUCGUUAACACAAUCUAUCCCUCUGCUAAGUUUUAUAUAUUCUGUUUUUUCGUAAUUUAUAAUGAGACCGACUUUACAUGUGGCCUCUAUAAGUUUCUUACAAUGUUAUUUUACUAUUUGAUUGUUAGGUUAAAUAUGUUCUGAUCUUUUGUUAAAUGGUAUUUUAUUUGAAUAUUAUUUUGAAAUCCUCCAAUACAUUUUCAAAAAAUUAAAACAACUGACUACAAAUAACAACAUCGUUGUUUCCUGAGUUACAAAGAAAAAAAUACGACGAAUACCUUACGAAAUAGCUGAGUUUUGUUCGUUUUAGAUUCUUAGCAUAACAAGGAAUUUAUAAGUCUUACUAUGAUAUGAUUUUUUUUUUAUUAUAGAUAUUGAUCAAAUCAAAUACUCAAAAACUUUGUUGGAAUUUUCGUGUAUAGCAUUUUGGAUGUCGUUGAUGCAUUAGAAAGGUCAUUUUUUGAUUUUUCAUGUAGUUAUCUUAAUAACUGGGAAAAAACACAAACAAUUCUGUUUCGCUUUUUAUCAUUGCAUACAUUUUACAAACUAAACCAUUCUGUAUAUCCAACUAUCCAUCUACGACGGUACCCGUGAGCAGUAUCACUUUUUUGUUGUAAUGCUUUUAGUAUCCAUAUAAAUUAAAUUACCCUUUAUCCGAUACCUUACUAAUUGUUCAUCUAUUUCAUCAGUGGUCUACCCAGAUAGUAAAGUAUAGCCGGCUUUUUACUUGUGGUGGAAUAUAUUUUACUAUUUAAUAGUAUAUCCAUUUAGAAUAAUUAAAAAUAUAAGACAAUUCGUUAAUUAAAAAAAUUAAAAGCAUCUAAAUAUCAAUAAAUACAAAUGAGUAAUAAUUUAAAUAACUUGUAAAUAAGUUUUUAUAAUGUUGUUCAUCGUAAUUUUUACGAUCCCCUAUUUUUGUCCUGUAUUUUAAUAUUUUCUUAUCUGGUCACCCUGCAAAUGUUCGUAUAAUAUUUAUAUAAAUAGAAACCGUUUCUAUAAUAGAUUAUUAGUUUACAAAUAUACAAGUUGGCGUAGAUCUGAAAAGACGGGGAAUCUCACAUGCAGAUGCUAUAUUUCGGUCUAAUCGUGAUAAAUUAUCGGUGUAGUUUACACAUUCGUGUUUUCUUAAUUAAACUGUAACUAUAUCUUGGCCGCUGUUCACUGCAGAAUAAUAUAUGCAUAGUAAUAAUUAUUAAUAAUUGGGGUCUUGGAUUUUAUAGCGCAAAAAAUUACUGAAAUAUGCGCUAUAAUAUAAUCAAAAACCAUAAAAAAUAUUACAAAUUUUAAAUUUUGAAUUGUUUAUUAUUUCGUAUUAACAAUUAUUUGUUGACUAUUUUAAAUUAUUAGUAAAAUAUGAACUAAAUUCAAUUAAAUUUUGAAAUUAACUUGAAUGAACGCGUCGACUGAAUGCAACUAUUGAUAAUUAAUUCAGUUUAAAUGAGAUUUAUGAAAAACACAAAAUAAACAUACUUAAUACACGUUAUAAAAAAAUAUUGAAAACCGAAUUUUAUAUGCCUAAAAUAUAAAAAAUAAAAUUGUUUUUUUAUGAAUAUCUGGUACACGGAUCAAAUGUAUAUGCUAACUUCACUCUUUUUACCAGUAUCCCAAUAAUAAUUAUGGGAAAUAUUAGUAGUGAGCCGAUAUGACUUCUUUCCAAUAUCUUACAAUCUGGUAUUUAUUACCGAUAUUAAACCAAUAUAUCGAUUGAAUAUCCGAUUUUUCGAACUGUUUUAUUUAUUUUCCAAAGGAAUUAUAAAUAUUUGUUUCCAAAAAUAUUAUGUCAAUUAUCGAUUUUUAAUAAAAUACCCUCAAUAUCCCUUGCUGUGUCUAUAGCUACUAAUAUGCUAUACAGAAUCCAAGCCCUGUUUAUUAUAAUAUGGUAAUAACAUUAUUUAAACGUUUAUAAUGUAAUUAUUAUAAUGUCCGAAACAGAUAAUUAUGGCCGUCUUGCAGAACUUUGUAUUAUUUUCCGGGUUUUCACGGAAGGCUCCCCCUGUAAUUAAUCCUCUCUAAAGUUUCGCAGGGACUGUGCGAAGUACUCCGUGUGAUUAUGGUAAUUUUUUCAGCAAAAAAAAAAAAAUAAUAAUAAUAAUAAUAAUAAUAAUAAAAAAAACGUGUAAAACUCUGCGGCUAUAUUAUACAUAAUGUAGUGAGUGCCUUCGGGGGGAGGGCAACGGAUGGCGGCCCAUUAGACGGUUCGUUUGAUUCGGAAAUAAUUAUACGUCUCGUGCGCACACGCGGCGGAACGAAGAAAAUAUUAUGUUAGCGCGUACGGCCACGAAUAAUGUUUGACAAUAAUAUUUCGCCGUCUCACAAGUGUAUAGGAAAAAGAUACCCGCUAGUGGAAUUCUUAGAAAAAAAAAUGAAACGUAAAAAAAUGAUUAAAAAGCUAUCUCAAUAUAUCGCGAUCGAUCGCAGACAGUAGAAAACAUACGUAAUUUUGUCGUGAUUAAUACGUUGACCAUAAAUUAUAAACACUUAAGUACCUAUAUUAUAUAAUCUCCAAAUCGACAAUGUUGGCGACUAAAAAAAUAAUAUGUAUUAUUCUGAGCGGGAAUCGAUACGCUAUUACUAAUAGCGCCCACUUUUUUUUUUCUUAAGUUUUACUGUGAUGUAUUUUUUUCGUUUUCCAUCUGUAAACAAAUUUUUGUCUAGAAAUCUUGUUCCAGUCAUAAUAUAAAUUUAUUUUCGAGUGGUUUCCGAUAGAAAAUUGUGUCUAGUUGGCGAAUUUGUGAAGUAUUUUUAUUUUUUACUUUUCUUGCAAUUUUUACUAAUAAUUUUAAAAACUAAACAUAAACUUUGGAAAAAACAGGAAUUAAAAUAAUACGAUUUCUGUUCAGUGUUCAUUAUUUUGAUUUUGAUUUUAUUUUUGUAGUUCCGUGAAAAAUAAUCAUACAGAACCCAAACCUUACAACAAGUACUAAUACUCGUAAAAGCACUUUUUUAGACAUGCAAAUAAAAUAUUCAAAGUAUACUGACGUUUCUUUAAAACAGUUUUAAAAUCGGGAUCGGCCAAUCACCGUGUGUAACUGUUAAGUUUUUAUUUUUAACCCAUAUGUUGGAUUACACUUUUAUAGCUCUUCUUCUCCAUUCUAAACGGUCAUUAACUACACGUUUCAGUUAUCCAUAGCUUCCUACUUCUCCCGCAUAUUUUUUGAUUUGCCCACCUUAAAAAAUUGUGAGAUUUCCCACGUUAUAUUUUUUCUUCCACCAUGUCAUGCAUAUUAUUAUACUGUUUAGCUCUUUUGGAUGUCUAUAUGUGUAUUAACUACCACUUUUCAUCUUUCCGUUUUACAUGGAAUCCACCAAUGCCCGUUUCUCGCUCAAUGUUUUAUGUACCUACUUUAUGAUCGCACGUUUUAUAUAACUAAUACUCUAACUAAUUCGACUCCAGGGCUUUCAGUGUCUUUGUUUGUGUUUCGAAUAUUCCCAAGUUCUAUAGCCAUAUAUAAUAAAAUAUGCACAAUAAUUGAUAAAGGUGUCAAUGAACAUUUUUUUUUUUAAAUUGUACAGAAUAAUGAUUUGAAAAAAAUCAUGCCUUUUUUUACAGAAUAGAACGACAAAUAAUAAUUAGACUGUAACCUUUAUCUCACCAAAGAAAAACUAAAAAUUAUGUGCUUAGAAUCAUAGCUUUAAUAAUUGAAUACCUCCUUUAUAUAUAAGAUUUUGUUUGUUCCGAGAUUUUUUUAUACAUCUGUAACAAUACGUCAAUGAAAUAAUAUCAACAAUAAUUAUAAAAAAAAAAAAAGUACGGACACACUUCGCACGUGGAUGCAGCCGUUGUACUCUUGUAGGUGGGAAGUUGGGAAGAUAGAAUACAGACGGGAAUUUAAUGUAUAUCUGUAAGCAACGAUUAACCAUUGCUAAUGAAAAAACGAUUCUGAGCCGAGUUCAGUUGAUAGUGUUGUUCUGUCAACAACACAAUAUACGAUAUGUAUCAUAUUAUGGUAAAAUGAUUACAAUAUGCGUUUCAAUGACAUCAAUGCUUGUUUAAAAAAGAUUAAAAUAAUAAAAACCUAAUAAUAAAAAUAGUUACCAAUGGCAACUUUGUUUUUAAUCUUUCAAUCUUUUUUAACCUAAAUACCUAGGUUUCUUUCAUUAUCUCGAAUAUAAAUGAGAAUUACAAAAAAUAACCUCUUUAAAGUACCACCCAGAGAACAUUUCCUUUCAGAAAAGGUGCUAUACUUGAUAAUCAGAGUAUUCUUUUUGGUAGAAAAAGUGUUCACAUAAAAAAAAAAAAAAUAAUAAUAAUAAUAAUAAAUAUCAUUGUAAAACCAAUAUAUUCCCCGCUCCACUCAGAAUCUAAAAUGUCAGGUUACCUGAUUUUGAUUAAUAUCCAUUAAUAUCCAUUGACCCAUUCAAUUGUAAAACUAUCGUAUAACAAGCCCUGCUGGUAACAUAUUGUUGAGCAUCGACGAUGAUGAUGGCGGGAUAUUAGGAACAGAUAAAAAAAAAAAACUAAUAAUAAUAAUAAUAACAUGACGUACUGAUAAUAUUAUAUUAGUGGGUAUUUUACGAUCAACCAGUUCUCUAUAUUAUAACAUGUUAUAAUCUUAUCGUUUGGUGUCUAUACACGUAUACCUAUAAUACGUUGUAUACGUAAUAUUAUUGUAUACCUAAUAUAUUAAUAAUAUUUUUACAAUAUUAUUAUCUUUGGCAUCAGUAAUUAAUAAUAAUACCUACCUAAAUUUAUGGCUGGGUUGUGGAGAUCGUUCAUUUUUUUUUCCUAAGCAGGUACGCGUGUCGUGUAGUCGCGCGUAUUACAUUCAUCGCGAUACAACUAUUACAUACGGCUAUAUACAAGUACAUAUUAUAAUAUAGGUGUAUUUUUUUUACAAGUAACGACUAUAAAUAUAAUAUUAUAAUAUAUGUUAUACUUACAAUAAUUAUUGUAUUGUAGUCGUUGUGUUAUUGUCGUUUUUUAUUCGUCGCUACUUGAUUUAUAGUAUCGUUUCGAACCACAUCACUGCACGCUGCUGCACAGUAUUCUUAUAAUAAUGCAUUCGAUUCGUGCGCGUAUAUUAUAAAAAUGUUAAUCGUUUGGACGGUAUAAUAAAUUAUUAUUAUUUUUAUACAUAUAUAUAUUUUUUUUUGUAUAAUAAUUUAUCGGAGUGUAAAAUGGAAUUGCACAGUUAUAGAAUUCAAUGAGUAUAGUUGUAAAUUGUUAUCAUAAUAUAUGAUUAUCGACUUUGGCAAUUGCGUACGUUCUUUUUUUUUUUUAGAACUUUUCUACUAUAGAGUACCUAUAUACCAAAGGAGAAUAUAUAUAUUAUUUUAAUUUUGUGUCAUCAGUCCAACCGAUAUAAGUGAAGCGAUACGAAUUCUGAAAAUUAAUUUGAAUUUGCAGUGUGAAGUGUACACGAGAUCGUUCAAGCCUCUUUGAUCAGUAUUCCUAGCAAUGUGAGGAAUGUAUUGGUUUUACAAUAUUGUAAUUUAUUUUUUUAGGAAAAGAAAUCUGUAAACAAAUUUUCUACCAGAAAUCUUGGUUCAAUCAAAAAACAUGUGCCUAUUAAACUUCUUGUAGCGUUUUUAAUCUAGUUGGUGUAUUAAGAAAUUCAUUUUUUGAUUUUCCUUGUAGUUUUCUUAAUAAAUGGGAAAACAAUUUGGGAAUUUGACAUAUAUAAAUUUUGUUGAUUUCUGGGUUAUCUUGCCAAUAAAUACAAUACACUUGUUAGUUAUUAUUAUGACUAAUAAUACAACCAAUAGAUACUCUGCGAAGAAUCGUUUUUUUCGUUGCGCCUUGCGUAAUAAUAUAAAUUAAAUUACUCUCCCUGUCAACUUCCCUUUUAAAACAAUGACAUACCCAUCAGUAGAUUUAGCCUUUUUCAAUUGAAUUAACAUUUUUUUUUUUAUAUUUUCAAAUCUUCAAAUCAAAUGUUUCGAAAUUCAGAACUCAAAUUCAAAAAGGUGGUUCAACCAAUCUCAUUUAUUUUUAUUAAACCUCAUUUAUUUCACGAUAAAUUCAAGUCUGUUUUCAGAAUUUUUAUUACUACUAUGGUCCAACUGACUGCUAUCGGUCUAAAAUCGCAAUGCUGAGUAGUUUGUAUUAGACAAAGAACGAAAAUAUCCCGGCAUCCAAUUCCCUUAAUAUUAUUAUUCUGUUACCGGUUAGACGUUAACCGGUUCGAAAUUUUAACAUUUUUAAAUAUUAAUAGUAUUAUUCCCGGGACGGCCUGGGCAUUUAUUGUAAAUACGAAAUGACAACGAGAAAUAAUUUAAAUUCUGAUUUAUGUACCGUCCUUUUUACGGGGUUAAUUAAAAAACUAGGUAGCUAUAUAAAAGCUACAAAUUGAAUUUUAUGUUUUAAACCUAAUGAUAAAAUAUAUUAUAAUAAUUUAUAAACUAUAUACUUAUUUUCAAUGUUAAACACCAGAGUCCGAGUGUUUCCUACAGACACAUUAAUUAUUAUAUUUUUAGAAUAUAUUAUUCUGUUUAUUUUAUAUUAUUAUUAUUAAUCGGACCACUUUUAUAUAAGAUCGUAUAGUAUAUAAUUCAAUAUUGUUGAGAAAAAAAAAUUAUCCGUAAAAAUUAUAAUAUUAUUUAAGUACCAGGUGUAUAUAUUUCAGUAUUUCAGAUUUUGUAAAGGAACUGACAAGGUAAAUUAUUGGUUUAUUUGCCACAAUACGAUACGUGUAAUUUUUUUUAUUUCUGAACUAGUUUUCAACCAGAAGGCUGCCUCUUAUGUAGCAUUUUGGUAUAGUGACAUUUCGAUCCGUUCAACAAAUAAUUGAAUUUGAUAAACGGAUCAAAAAGUCCCUAUACGAUUAAAAUGUUUCCGAUGACGUCUUGAUCCGUCUUUUAAUGAGGAUAUAUCGAUUCGUUUUUUACCCACGGAUCAAAAUGGUCCCGGGAAAUAUUUGAUCCAGUGGAGAUAUUUUGAUCCACUUAGAAAAUUAAAUUUGUUUACAAGACGAUUCAAAUUGUUCCCAACGUAACAAUAUAUUCCGUAAUCAACAUUUUAAAUCUCGUUACCCACAAGUAUUUAAUUUUUUGUUAAGAUGUACUAUUUUCAAUAUACAGUUUAUCUAUCAGUAGCACUGUCGCAUAAACUAUCAUUUAGUUUCGAAAAGCGUGGAGUUUAUGCAUAUAUAAUUUACUAGUACUUACUCUCAUAAUAACUUGUUCCGCUCAGAAUUUGAAAAAAUAUAAUCUAUAGUUAUUAGUAGGUAUACAUUAUAGGUUGGUAGUUUCGUGAAAAAUGUUUGACGCAUUCGUAAUUUAGCUGCAGGAAUAAAAUAGAGAUUUUUUUUUUUUGUUUUUUCAAAUGAAAAUUCAUUAUUUAAAUUUGAGCGGGUUCGACGGUUUGUGGGUAGGUCAAUAUUAUCGGGAUGUCCUCCCACACGUUUGAAAACAUAUAUACCUAUAAUACCUUUCAAUGUUCUCUCAAUACUAAUGUAGAAAAAUAAACUGAAGCCAUUUGUUUUAUUUGAAUUUUAUGCCAACAGUUCUAUUGGGUGCAAUAAAUCAACACUUUUUUUCCUUUUUCAACCGUCGUCUUUGACCGCGGUGACCGGUGUAAUCACGCCGAACCAUAUUUCCAGCUACCUUCGGGCCACCACCUAUAUAACUAUUAUAUCCUCAUCUCAUCGUGUUUACAUAUUAUAAUAUUAUUACCGCGUAGGUUAAAAUACGUAUAUACAUUUCUAUUAAUAAUUGUAUAUUUCUUCGAUUUUUUUUUUUUUAUUUCAUGUUUUAAUGUUCAUUUAAAUGAGAAUUUUUUUUUUUCUGAGUCGUGAGCUCCCAGUGUCUGCAGUAUUCAACGUGGUUUUCUUACAAAAAAAAAAAAAUGACUUAUAUAUUAUAUUAUAUACGCACACUAUAUAUUAUACUUGCGAACAAAAUGCAAACGUAUAAAUUCUCAUUAAGGUGACGUGUUUACCUAUAUAUAAUAUAUAUACAUAUUAUUAUUUUUCUCUUUGGUUAAGGUACAUACUGCAAGUAUUAGAUAUAUACUACUCGUUAGCUAUUUUUUUUCGUCUUAGCAGUUUUCUAUUAUUUCUAAAUUAGGCGCGUAGUCUAAUGAGUGUAUUUGGAUACGAUUCACGAUCCUCUACAUAUAUGUAUGUAUAUGAUGACAGUAUUGCCAACAGCACUAUAAUAAAUACGAUAGUUGGAUAUAUACAAAUAUAUAUAUCCGUUAUUAUUUAAUGUAUUAUUAUUAAAAUGGUAUUUUUUUUUUGAAUCUUAAUAUCAUGGAAAAAAAUUUAACUUACAUACUGAAAACAACGAUAGACCAAUACAAUUUUAAUAAAUAUUCUUGGCCUAGCUCGGUAAACUAAUAAGGUUAUAGUAUUAAUCCCUCUGUAGCCAAGAUAAGCCACAGAAAUCAACAAAAAUAAAACCGGUAUUUUGUCAUUUGUCAUUAGAUUUUUUGUUUAAUUGUUUGAAAAAAUGUUCCAAGUGAAAUACUAAGGAGAGAAAAUUGUGUAUAUUUUAAAGUAUAGCAUAACAAAAUCGUGGUAUUAUUACUAAUCCAAACAAGUGUUUUUCAAAAGAGAACAAUACAUAUAUUUGUGUAAACGAAUAUAAGCUUCUUCUCUCUACCCAGAUUUAAAAAAUAGACAUUUAAACAAUUUUUAAAACCAAUUUAAAUAUACUUACAUAUUAUUGAACUUGCUUUGAUAUAAAGGUCUAGUACUUAUGUAUGGUUUAAAUUUAGUUUUGAGAGACUUUUUCAACUUUUGGCGAGGAAAAUGUUAAGGGUUACUUAUAUAUACCAAGUGCAGUCAGUUUCUAUUUUAUAAGUAAUAAAACCAUUUUAAAUAUAUUUAAAUUUUAUAUAUUAUAUUAUUCUUUACAUAAAAUAUAUUCAAGUAUAUUAUUCAUGGUUUUUUUUUUGUGGUAUAAUUUGUAUUAUACAAUGAAAUACCGAACAAAAGAUUUUUGAAGCUAUAUAUUUGUCACGAUGAAAUUUGUGAAUAUGCCAACUCGAUAAAAAAAAAUAUGAUUUAUGUAUUUUUAUUAUAUGCACUAUAGUACGAAAGAGGAGGGACGAUUGUUUCAUAUUUAAUUACCUACUAAUAAUCGUAUACAUUUUAAAUAGUUGGGUAAAUGUAUUAGUUGAGGAUAAGAUUUGAAACAAAAAAAAUAAAAAGAAAGUUAAACUAUAGAGAAAAAAAAUUAGUACAGAUGACUCGGUUAUUGUUAGUGUCGGUUAGGUGUAAAUCUACUUAUUCAUUAAGACACGGCAAGAAAACGAUUAUUAUUAUUUUAAAUUUAAAUUUGAAUAUGGUUAUGUAUCUCAUUAUAUAUUAUCUAAUUAUAUCUCAUUGAAAUGUCCAAAAAAAAAAAAAAAGUAAAAUCGGUGGAUAUUUUUGUUUUUAUUUUUAAAUUUAUGCAUUUUUUUUUUUUUUUUAGGGCAUCGACCCAAGAAAUUCGAUAUAGACAGUAUAUUAUGUUUCGUAAAAAAAAAUAUGAAAAUAUAAUAAUAUAGGUAGUGUAAUUUAUCAAAUAUUAAUAUUGUAAUAAGCGCGUUAUUGGAUCAUUAAUUAUUAUAAAACUGACGGUGUGUGACGACAUCAUCUGUGACUGAAAAAAUAAAUAUCGCUAAUGCACGACACUCAUCUAUGUAUAUAUAUGCAUACAUUAUUCGUCUAUAAUGUUAAAUUUAACAAUAAAUUCUAUUAUUAUUCCGAACACUGUUUCUUUGUAUAGGAUAUACGACUUAUAAUAGUUUACAGUAGAUGAUGUACUCACUCGUUUGGUCAAAAUUUCCCUUUCGUCGCCUCGAAUUAUUUCAUGCAUAUAUAUAAUAGUAGUACCUAUUCGUAUAAUGUUUGGGGGAUUGCGGUGGUAGAUCGAUCUGCCUGAUAACUACUGCUCGUAUGUCAUUUAAGAAUGACCCUUUUAAUUUAUCAUCCAACUUGCAUCCGCGACCGAGGAGUAGUGCCAAAUUGAACGACGUCCACAAAACAAAAAACGAUAAGAAUAUAAUAUAUAUAUAUAUAUAUAUACUACACAGUAUAUACUUCCACCCCGACGACCUCAUAUUAAAUACUUACCUACUUCUUUUCACCGCCCAAUUUAUCAUUAAGUUGGUAAAAACCCAAUCAUAUCAUAAACAGUGCAAGUUCCAGGUACAUUUUUAAUAACAAUUCUCACGACUAUUAAUUAUUAACAAACUGUUCGAUAAAAUAUUGAAUUUUCGAUAUUAUUUUACUAAUAAAAUAUUAAUACGAGUGUGAAGUAUGGCAUGCUCUAUUGUGUAAAUUAUUAUAAUAACGUGUUAUCGGAUCAUCUUACUGUAAUAUGCAUUAACACAAUAAAUCAAUUAAUAUAAAUGUUUCGCAAUAAUUAUAAAAAGGCAUUUUAAAAAAAAAAAAAAUUGCAACUGUUCAACUCUAUAAUAUUAUAAAAAAGAUAUUUGUCGUUCGAUUUUGCAAGACUGAGCAUUGAGCAUGCCUACUGCUAUAUUAACUUAAUUAAAUUAAUUGAAAACAAUUUAAGGAUUUAAUACGAUAAAUUAGGUUUGUUUUAUUAAUCAAUUAUUUUAUCAGUUUAAUUUUUUGUACAAUCUUUAUUCUCAUACAAAUAUUGAUAACUAUUAAACAUUACCCGGCAUUGAAAGGUUUAUUGAUAGUGAUUAAUUAAAAAAUCACUUUUAAUGAUUGUUAUAUAAGAAAAAAAUUCCUUUUUUUUUAAAUCUAAAAAUGAAUUUUCUAUCUUAAUAUUCAUCGAGCUACUCAAAAUUUAAUUUAUCUAAAUAAAAAAUCAAAUCUUAUUUCUCCUGAACACUUUCAAAACAAUAGUUCAGAACCUAUUCGUUCUCAGGUGAUGUUUAUGAUCUUUUGGAAAAGAAAGAAAGACGGAUGAUCGACAAUCAUUAUAACACUAGGGGAUUUAUUCUAAAAAUAUCAAAUUAUAAUUAUUUUAAACUUGAAUCUUCCCAUCGUUUACCGAUAAAAAAAAACAAAAUUAAUGAAUUGUAUACCAUGCUACCUAAAUUCAAAUUGUGCAUUUAAUAUUAUUUUGUUACAAUUAAAAUUAUUUAAAUUAACUCGUUAUUUAUUGAGUUAAUGCAAAACAAAAUAAUUCAAGUAGAUAGAUAAAAAUGAAAGGUUAAAAUGUGUAGCUAAGUUAAAAAUUAAAAUUAACUCGAUUUCAAAUUUUGUUUAAUUCUGUAAUUCUCAGUCUUGAAUCUUAGAUUAAUUUUAUUUUCUAAAAAUUUUAAUAAAUUAAAUAAUAUUUUUGGAUUGUUUAUUUUUUUUUGAGUAAAUUUUAAGCUAUUAUAGCUUUUGAGUAGGUAUAAUGAAGAAGCUAUUAGUUUUACAAAGUUGUUUUUAUUUCUUGAAAAACAUUUUUUUAAUUAUUGAAAACUCCGUUUUCAUCACAUAAUAUCUGAAAAGAUGCGAAAUUCCCAGUCGGUGGUAUUUUAUUUGAGAUAAUUUAUCGAGAUAUUCAACAGUUCAUCCCUUCAGUUCUUUUUUAUUUUUUAUUUUUAUGGAAUUCUAAGUCAUCUUUUUAGAUCUGAAUCUUUUUUUCAACUAGGAAAAUACAACACGAUUAUUAUUACUCCACUCAGAAUCGUUUUUCGUCUGAUAUGGUUAUUUAUUUAACGAUUUAUUUCUUUAUUUAUUUACAGUAUCUAUAUACAUUAAUACACAAUACACUAAAUAACCCUGCAUAUCAUACCCGUGGUUCGAAGAAUGUAAAGUGUGUCCAGUUUUUUUUUUUUUUUAUGAUUUUACAGUGUUAAACUUUAUUAGGUAGCUGUAUAUUAUUUAUUACUUUAUGCUGUAUCUAUAUUUUGAGUUAUUUCGGUGCACCUAUAGCAUAUCGGUUAUUACGUCUAUGUACAUGUAUAUGUUCCCUUUGAAUUUUCCGAUAUACCUAUUCUAAGAUUAUAAUAUAGUUACAUAUCUUUGAUCGUUACAGAAAUAAUAAACAUUUUUUUUUUUUCGAAAAUAAUUGCCGAGAAAGACCGGUAUGAAUUGAAUUGGCUGCUAUAGUAUUGAGUAGGUAGGUAUAGUAUAACAUUCUCUUCUGUAGUUCUCUGGGAUCUGCACGAUUGUGCGCUCGAUCUUUAUCGUCGCCUUUUGAUCAUCACGAACGCGUAUGUCGUCGUCUUCAAACUAACAACACAAUAAUAGAAUCUUGCGGAAAGACGAUCGAAAAUCUACCGACAAAGUCUCCAUUGUGUAUGUUAUACACAGGGAAAAAUCGAAAAAUAAAAUAUACUUACCUAUAUAAAUUGAGAGAUGUACAAACGCUGCAGCAGAAUCUUUAUAAUAAUAUAUAUUCUAUACAAAAGUUGAAAAGUCGUAAAGUCGUUUAUUAUUAUAUAAAUUACGUUUAAAUGGAUUUUUCUCUUUUUGAAAGUUCAACGAAAAAUGAUAUAUGCUAUUAUAUUAGUGUCAGGUGUUCAAUACAAGAAGCAUUUAUUUUAUUUAUUUUUUUUUUUUUUGAUUACCUAAAUCAUAUUCACCACCAUAUUCUACUAUAUUUACACCACCAUAUUAUUGAUUUAUAGAUUUCAAUCGUAUAGGUAUUAUUAUUUAUUUCACAAUGACUAAAUUACGUUAUUUUAUAAGACUACCGUUGUAACUGUUACGUGCCAGUUAAGUGAGAUACAGAAUGACCAAUCCAUCAUAGGACAAUUAUCCUAUUAUUAUUAUAAUAAUAGGAUCAAUUACAAUUUCGACAUUUCUUUUGUAAACAAUUUUAGAAACAAGCAAAUCUGCAGUUUUACAUUUAUGUUAUUUUUUGCCAUCCUAAUAUUUUUUUAAGGAGUUAAACAACUACGUACUUUUGAUUUUCAAAUCGCAAUCUAUAUUAAAAAUGUCAUAGAUAGAUGCAGUAGUAGUCAAAAUAAAUGUGUUUAGGUUUUAAAUUUUCGUUAAUCCGUUGACGAGAUAUUCUACUUUUAAUUUUGGAUCGUAGAAGAGUGAUAGAGUAUCUUAUGCGUGGCGGCAUAGCGCGUGGCGUUUCAAGAAUGUACCACUUCUCUCCCCUGACCCAAAAUUAAAAGUGGAAUAUCUCGUUAAGAGAUUAACGGAAAUCAAACAAUUUCAACACUAAAAUUUAUUUUAACUACUACUCCCAUCUAUUUAUGGAAUUUUUAAUAUAGGUUGCAUUUGAAAAUAAAAAGUAGGUAGUGGUUUUUCCCCUAAAAAUAAUGGUGACAAAAAAUAAUAUUGUUUAUUAAAUAAGCUUGUUUCUUAAAUGUUAUAGAAAACAAAUUCAGGAAAACGUUUAUACUUUCCGAGAUAAUGAGUGUACCCACUUGAAUGAAUCACCUGGUAUCUGUAAGCAACGAUAAACCAUUGCUGAAAAAAAAACGAUUUUGAGCAGAGUUCAGUUGAUAGUGAUGAAAAGUAGAUAGUCGAUUCAUCACCAAAAAUUAGGGUGAAAAAAAAAUGGAAAUGUUAAAUUUUAGAACAGCUUGUUUCUUAAAUAUUCGUUAAAACAAAUUUCAAAAAAGGUGAACACUUUCUUAGAUAAUGAGUAUCUUAUGAUAGAUUGAUCAUCCCGUAUAAUAAUAUUACAAAAAAAAAUUUAAUUCUAUAAUGUUCUAUUGGAUGUCGAUAAAACCAGGCCAAAAACAAAAUAAUAUAAAUUCCUAUGCAAGCUUUUAUAAUAAUAUUAUGUAGAGAUAAUAUUCGUAUUUUAAAUAAAUCAUAUACAAAUAAUAAUAAUAAUAUAAUAUUUAUUCCCUUCCAUAAAAUUAUAACAAACUUUUUUUAUUUACACAUAUAUUCCAGGUAAUAAUAAUAUUUAAUUUUAUCGAAUUAUAAUACUACAGUUCAGAUGACAUUGAAAUUGGAAUUUAAUUGUUUUCUAUAUAUCGGACCAAUGUUGAAAGCUACAGUAUUCCGAUUUAUCCAGAUAAUUAGUUAACUUAUUAUUUAUUUUUUAUGGAAUAGUUUCAAUUUCUCUAAAUAUGUAUCUUAGAUAGGCAUAUAUUUCACUUUUCUAGAUUAAUUAUUUAAGAUAAUUUUUUUUUAAUUUUAUGUAAAAUAUUGAAUAAUAUAAUUAUUGUCCCAAAUAAAAUAUUUCUAUUUUAUAUUUAUUUCUUUAAAAAAAAAAAAUUAAUAUUAUAAUCGAUUGUGUAUGUAGUUAGGAAGUAUAAAUAGGUAUUAAAAGGAUUGGAAGUGAUUUUCUAUCUUUGUCUUACACACGUGCAACAUAGGAUUUAGGAUUUUAAAUGCGUUCUAUUUCCAACGUACCGAUUGGUUUAGUGAAGCGAUAUGAAUUCUGAAAACAGAUUUGAAUUUAUCAUUAAUGUGUACUAGAAUUUGAUUUUAAAUUUCUUCAAAAAUUAAAAUAUUCCAUUUUUUAAAUUACUUCUUUUUACUAUGGGUUUUUUAGGAUUUAAGGGGAUAUAAUCAAAAAUGUGGGAAAGUCGAUUUUAAGUAGACUUGAUGUCAAUAUCAAAUCUGUUUUCAGAAUUCUCAUGGUUUCACAAGAUCAAUCAGUACGUUGGAAAUAUGUGUGUAUAUCAAAGACAAUUACCGCUUCCAAUUCCUUUAACAAAUUAAUAAAUAAAUUUAGUUUAUUUCAAGCCUAUAACUUUGGAAGGUGCUUCUUUCUUCUUCAGUAAGAUAUCAGUUUUAUUAAUUUAACUCCAAUAAUAAGUACUGUAAUCAGGUUAAAUUUAAAUAUUUCCUACUAAGGACAAGAAUAAAUUAGUUAAUUUAGGGUAAAUUAAGUUAAUUUGAUUUUAAAUUUUUAACUUAACGAAUUAACAUAAAAGUUUAGAAAAUCCAUACAUUUGACUAGUAAGCCUUAGCUCCGUUGGGUUAGUAAGGUUAGGUUAGGCUUGUAUUUCAACAUAAAAAAAAAAUAAAUGUUUCUUUUUUAUAGGUAUCUAAAUGAAAAUAAAUCUCUUUUAUCUCUAUAUGGACAAAUUUUUUUGAAUUAUUAUUUGUUUUUAUUUUCUUAUUUUUUAGUUAUCUAAUCCUAAAACUUAAUAUUUAAGAUUAAUCACAAUAUGAGAUUAUUUUAUUUCAUUUUUUGCCAAUUUUAUUUUUCAACGAUCAUAAUUUGCAGUAUUUUUACGCUUAUACACGAUCGAACCGGGAUUUUUGUAAUCGUAAUUAAGCUAUAAGAUGUUGAUAGUACUAUUUUUUUUAUCAUCACCUUCGUAUUAUUAUUUAAUUUCGUGUGUGUGGCUUAACAACGAGCUGACGUAUAAUUUUUGAAACCGGUAUUACUUAUGUAUUUGAUUUCACUUGACGAACGAGCUAUCAUACGCGUUAUUAUUGUAUAAUAAUAGCGUAGGUACGAACAGUCUUUUUUUUAUUUUACUUUAAAUUCUACUUGUAAAAAAAAAUAAAAUAAAAUAAAAGCUUCCGACACAGACGGGUUAGAUUUAUUUGAUUUUCGUUUGUCGACUAGUUAUGUGAACGGUAGACUAUACAGAAAGAUUCUUUUAACAAUCGAAUCAGCGAUUAUCUUUAAGUACGAAGAUUUUGAGUAAAUACAUUAUUGUGAUUUUUUUCUAGAAGUUGUGAUACUUAGGAAUUAUUCGAUUUACAAAGUUUUUGAAACUUUUGAAAUAACCCACCUUUUUCAAAUUCAUUUUAAAACGAGCACCUUCAUUUUUCUUAAAAUGUUCGAUUGCACAACACAGAUAUAGGAUAUAUAUUUAUUAUAACUUAUAGGGUUUUAUAGUUUAUGAAGUAUAUAGGGAACGAAUUAUAUAUCUAUCUAGAUUCAUAGACAGUCCGCUCCAGAGCUAGAUUAAGGUUUUUGUCAUACCCCUCAUAAUUGAUUUGUCACAAAAUUUUAAAUCUUGAUAUUUUACUUCUAAAAGUAAUUAAAAAUAGGUUUACGGGACUUACUCCGAUAAAUCUCGAAUACGAUAUAAUAUAUAUAAAUACCCAUGACAAUAUUUAAUAUCAAUAUUCAAUAAUUUAAUAUCAUACAGCAUUAAAAUAACUUGUGUGUAUAUUUAAAAUUAAGAAAUAACGCUACAACAUUAAUUGUGUUACUACAUAAAAAAAUGGGCUGAUACUGGAAAUGGGAGCGAUCACUCUUGUAGAUGAAAAGUUGGAAAGUUAGGAUACAUAAAGUUAUUUCAUUUAUACCUGUAAGCAACGAUAAAUCAUUGCUUGACGAAAGACAAUUCUGAGCGCAAAAAAAAAUAAACAUCUUAGUAAGACCAAUAGCUCUCUCACUACGCUCGGAAUUUAAAAACUAUGCUAUUUAGUUGUCACCCUUUAAAAUUUGCUGUCGUAGGCUAUCUUCGAUCUAAGUUUUUAACUGCAUUUUUAACUAAUCCAACUUAUAAAUAACAUAUCCAAAUUAUAAUAUUAAAAUUAAUAUAAAUUAUAGAAAUUUCUUUUCUGAAUGAAAUUUUAAAAACCUGAAGUUCUAAUUGAAAAUCAAUGUAGUUGAUAUUGUGUGGUGUUGAGCCUGAAAAAAAAAAUGCAAAAUCAAAUUUACUAAAAAUGUUCGUAUGUGUUUAUAGAUAAUCGGUAGUUCAUGGUAACUUUAUGUAAUCACCCUGUAUACGCGGAUUACGUAUGGAUUAUAUUAUUUUGGAUAUGAAUCGCCGAGACUACUACGUGUCGUUUCGUCGAAAGAACGAUUUGUGUGCCAUUUCUACGGGACGGGGAUUUUUCGCGCUCCCGGGGGUAUUCCAAUUUCCCGCCUCAACAACCGGAAAUCAUUUCCGCCGCCACAACUAUAUACACGCGGUGGUAUUAAAUUUCAAUAAUUUAUACCGACUGCCACGGCCGCUCCCGUCUUUCAGUUUUUUAAAUUCGAUUUUAAUUAUAAUUUAGCGAAAAAUAAAAUUAUUAUCACAUAAUACCCCACCAACUGUUUAACUUCAUCCUUGCAUCCUGAUUGUACAUUUCGUCUCUCGACAACCUGCUGUAGUCUUUUUUAGCUGUAAUUCGGUUAAUUAAAUCAUAGUUUUGAGAUUUAAAAUUUUCACCAAAUACUUCUUUGAUUUCCUCCGGAAAAAAUAAUUUUGCCUAGUUUCUUACACGAGCGAAUCAAAUUUUAAAAAAUGAUGGUAAUAAAAAUUAAAUAUCUGUAGUCCCGAUCAGUGGUAAUUUAAGGAGAGAAAUAAGAAAAAUAAAUGCUCUUACUUGACAAUUUUUUUUCAAUACCUGUUAUUUAUAUGAUUACCUCAUUUAAAAUUUUAGUCCAAAUAUUUUGGUAGUGCAUAGGACUAGUAAUGCAGGUACCUAUUUAUAGUCAAUGUGUCAAAAUAAAAAAGAUACGGAUAUACUUCGCACGAUGGUUGGACCUACUGUUGUAUGUGAGAAAUUUGGAUGGUAGAGGAGAAUUUAAUGUAUAAUUGUACGCAACAAUUUAUAAUUUUUAAUAAAAAACGAUUCUAAGUAGAAUUCAGUAGUAUAUUUAUUGAAAGGCCGUAUAUUUACGAUUUAAAAAUUAUACAUUUCGUAAAUUUUCCCCGUUUUUCCUACAUUUUUUUAUAUAUAUUAUGAAAAUUUCUGGGAAAAUCAAAAAAUGACCUUCAUAAAGGAACGUCCCAAAUAUAUUUUCUUUCUGAAAAAAAAUAAACAUCAUUAUAAAACCAUUCCUUCUUCCACUUAAAAUCUAAAAAAUUGAACGUAUAAAUUUUCAUGUUUAAAAUGGAACCUUUCCAAACCACUAUAAUUUUUAAAGAUGUGAGAUACUUAGAACCAAAAUAGUAAAUUAUCCGAUAAUAAUAGUUAAUUAGACCUAUAGUUUUUUUUUAUUAAAUUAAAUGUUAAUAUUAGUGCAAAUAAAAUUAUAAAUGACUUUCAAAAAUGCAUGAAUCGAAAAUUGAUCAUUUUUUUUAUUAUAGGUUAUAAUAUACAAUAUGACACAAUUUCCAAAUUUAUUUUACCCCUCCUUAGAAAAAUCCUAAAUAUAUCGUGCUAUUGUUCCCGGCAUUUUAAAAAAUUUUUGUUUUUAAAUUUGAUUAUAUCAAAGAAAUACAUAUGUUAAUAGAAUAAUGUAGGUAAAUAAUGAGCAUUUACAAAUAAAUUGUGCUUAAGUAAUUUUUAUUGACAUACAUUCUUUCUACAUAGCUGUUAUACUAUGAACUUGUGCCUUUGUUGUAAAAAAAUAAAAAUCAUAGUUACUUAAGACAUCUUAAGAUUUUGCAGUACAAAAUAGAUCAAAAAAUAGCCAAUUCAUAUGUUGGACGCGUUCUGCGUCUUCCAAAGACCUAUAUGUUAUCAUUAUUUUUUAAAAUGUGGUGGUCAAAUUUCCAAUAUGUAUUAGUUAUUUUUCAUUCGUUGCUUUUUAAUUGUUUACUUAAUUAUUUAUGUUACUAUGAUAUGAAAUAUUUUUAUUUCAGUUUGUGUGAAUGAAUUAUUGUACACGAUAGCUGAGAAUUAUUAAUCUUGUCGGUCACAAACAAAAACAUCAGUAAAACUAGAUUUCCUUUAUUUAUUUUUGCCUUGUGUUUAAAGGUUAAAUGUUUACACAAAUCGUAAAUUAUUAUAGAGAAAUUAAUAAAAAAUUGUCAGUUUAAAUUUAGGAAAAGAAACAUUUAAAAACAUGCUAUCCAUCAUGUCAGGAGUAUCGCAAAUCUUUUUUGCUCGUAGUGUACUAUACGAAUAUGAGUUUUUGUCCAAUUUUCACGAGUUUUAAUAUGUGUGCUUAUAAACUAUAUAUAGAGUAUAUCUAUCUCGUUCACCCGAAAUAAUGUCCGCAGCUUCACGUCGUAAUAUUAUCACACGAAUUCCUUCGCGUUCGAUAUACCACCGCGUUCCCCGUCUAAUUUCAUAUUAUACUAUGUUUAAUAAUAAUAUUAUGUCAUCGUGCGUUCCAUAUUUUAUCUUGAUCGUCGGAUCGCGUAUAUUAACGUUUCCUACUUGAAACGAGCCAUACACACAAAUGACUAUAUCAUAUACAGCGUUAUUCAUUUUAAAUGCCAUUUUACAAAUUAACAUAUGUUCUGAUGGUAUCAAUUAAUGUUUUGCCGGGUUUAUUUAAACCCGUCCUGGUUUUUUUAUCGACUUAGGUUCAAGUUUACGCUAUAACUUUUUUAGAACAUUAUCAGGUUUGAACCCGAUUUUGAAAAAUACUUACCAAGGAAAGCACACUUAUUAUUGCUUUCAUUGAAAUCAUGUUAUCGAUAUUAUAAACUUGUGACAAGAAAUUAAAGAAUCAGUUUGGAGUAUUACAUUUGUGUAUGUAGCUAGCUUCGAGCAGGGAACAUUACUGUCAAAAAUUUGAGUAUAAACUUCGGCGUGUGCGAUAAGUAUUUCACGUAUAUAUAGGUAUAUCACUGUGAGUCGUCAUCACGAUCGUCCGGAAAAAUUACCUUGAACUUUCGAGUCUCCUCACUCGGUUCUGCAAGUCCACUCGUAUAUCUCUUGUACAUCUUAGCGACUGCAACGACACGAACUACGUUAUUAUAUUAUUAUUUUUGCUGGCCCUCAGCAAGCUGCUGCUGUCGUUUCAUAAAUCGAAAAAAUCACAUUUUCUUUCGGUUGUACACACCACACAGUUUUCUAUAUUAUAUAUAUAUAUAUAUAGGUAUAUUACACGAACGUAUCUUAGGUACGCUUGGGUUUCGAAAUAUUAUUACUUUAAGUUUAAUUUCCGCUCAAUCUCCUAGUUUCUUGUGUGUACACCGCUACACCACUAUAAAAAUUAUAUUAUAGUUAAUAUAAGAUGUCCUACGGUUAUAUAUCCUAACGUAACUAAUGAAUAUAUCAAAUUCAAAUUCAAAAAAGAUCAAAUUGUUUAUUUUUUGUUAUUAUUUCUUAUUAGGUGACUUAAAUUAUUAAUAUUUAAAUUAAAAGUAUGUGUUUUGGAAAAAAAAAAAUUACUUUAUUUUAUUAUUUUAAAGAAUUUGAAAAAAGUCAUUACAAAAAUGUAUUCUUCUGAAAAUGUUGAAAAUAUGAUUUUUUUUAGUUGACUAGAAACUGAUGUAUUGAAUAUAAUAUCGUUUUGCUAAACAAAUAUUAUCAGAAAACGAAAAGAAAUAAUUUUACUAUUACACUAUUUUACUCUAAACAAACAGAGUUUGAUUAUCUUUAUUUCAGAUGAUAUCGUAAUUGAUCUUCAUGGGACAUCUUGUUAGACGAGUGGUUAACUUAUUUAUUUUUAUACUAUUGUCCGAAAAUCCGGUUAAAAUAUAGAUUUUCGAAAAACAUCAUUAAUGCUGCAGUGUACUUAUCUAUUAUACGUAUAAUAUUAUUAUUACAAUUUUUAGAUCCCGACGAGCAUGCGUCGUUUUUCGAUUUGAACAAUAUAUUAAUAAUAGUAAUUUGUUAUAGUAUCGAAAAAUUAAUUUUGCAAGAAUGCAUUCAAAACGUGUUUCUUGUAAGUUUUUGGACAAGUAGUUGAAUAAAAAUGGUACUCUUUAAAAAUAAUAUAAUUAUAGCAUGACUUUUAAAAAAUCUUUAACAACAUGUUCGUCUUAAAAACUUUAUAUAGUAGAUAGGUACCUACGGUACCUAUAGUACAUACGUUAAUGGUUUUAAUAAUGCUCGAGUUCGAGUCGAUUCAAUUUACUUAAGUGAAUUUAAUUUAAAAUAUCUGUAUUUGUUUUCUUAAACCUAGUGUGGUAAGAAUAUGAAUAAGUGUACUUACGCGUAUAUUUUUCGAUUAUUAUAAGAUAUUUCACAGAUAUAUAUUAUGGCAUUUUCCGUCUGACUGAACUCAUUUAUACAUUUUACCUACUAAUAAUAUUAGGUAACAGCGAUAACGCUUGUCAUCGUCAGUGUAGUAGUGUUUUUUAAUGUUUAUAAUCAGUCCAGUUUUUGUUUCAAUAGUUUUAAUACAAUAUUCUGCAUAAUGAUUAUUUACAACAAAAAUGAUAAUAAUAUUAAUUUAAUUAAAAAUAUAUUUUUAAAAUCAACCAAAAGUUCUUAAAAUAUCAGAAAAACUGGUCUUUAAAUUUUAAUGAGUUUAAUGAUAUUACUUUUUAUUAUUGCAGAUACACUUACUAUUAGGCUUUAUGGAUAGACUUUAAAUUAUCAUUUCAGAUUCGGCAUCAAGCCUGUUGUAGUAACAUAAAAGUGCCAACAUGACCAAUUUACCAAAUAUUUAACGGGCCUAUCACUAUAAUAGUCUGGUGGAAACCCUUUAAAAUAAUUAGAUCGCCAACAUACACCUACUUUAUAACAUGUUUAUUUGAAAAUAUUCCACAUCAAACAGGUACACGUGAUGUUUUCAAUUAUGUGUAUUAUCAUGGUAUUUUACGCAAACAUUUCCCGUGUGGAAAUCGGUGGCCAAAGGUCAUCAUCAGAAGAGCACCAGACUGAUGAUCAGGGAUAAAAUAAUCGAGUUGACUAUCUAGUUGUUGUACAUAUCUGUAAGGUAUCUCCGUAGACAUUUAUAUUGAUGUAAGAAAUAUGACAUAUAUUUAUACGUGUAAACAUAGUAUAUACUACACAGUUAAGAACGAAUUUUAAAAAUGUUUCGAUUCAACGCUUAAACAUGUGUGAAUCAAGGGAAGCAAUUUAACUUGAUAUAAAUUAUUGAUUAAAUGUUAGAUAUAAACUACAAUAUUUACAAUAUAGUUUUACGACUAAACGAGCGAAACGUGCACAAUAUCCGAUCUGUGUAUCCUAAAAUUUUAAUAAUAAUAAUAAUAAAAAACUAUUCAAACCUUAUUUUUAUGGUAUAAUAUUAUGUACAGUAUUUAUGUAUUAUUUUAUUACUACGCGUCGUCAUGUAUAUGUCGUUAUGUUCCUCUGAUAAGCUAUAUUAUAUAAAAUGUCGGACAGUAUAUUUUACCAAUGGCAGUUUUGCACAUGAUAUAAAAAAAUUUUUUUUUAAAAAUUGGACUACGGAGAAACAUUUUCUAUCGUAGAUACUUUUUGAAUUUUCGUUGAUAAGGGUACCUAUCUUCCCAUAUUAUUUACUACGGUAAUAACGUUACCUAGUCGCUAAUAUGCAAAAAAUUACCUUAUCUUAUUAUUGUGUGAGUUUUUCUCAAAAUUCAUCUCAAAAAUUAGAAUUAAACUCUUAUGAAAUAAAAUAAUAUUUAAAUUAUACAUUAUGAAUGUAUAAUUUUUGUAUAUGAUUUGAAAUUUAAUAUGAUAAUCAAUCUAUUGCAAUUUAAUUAUUUAAUGAUCGCUAAUUUGAUAUGACAAAUCGAAUAAUCCUUUUAAAACUUCAUAUGAUAAUUCGUAUUAAACGGGGACUUAUUAAUUAAUAUAAUUAAGUUUAACUAAAUAUGAAUUAGGUUAAUGCGCACUAGCUACUUCAUGUAAACGUAGUAAAUAAAAAUAUAAGAAUAAUUAAAAGCUUUUUUAUAGUUUGAUUAUUUUAGGCGUAUAUUGAAAAAAACGACUGAACUUUAAAUAUCGAAAAUUAACAAUCUGACAGUCAAAAGAUAUGAUAAUUUGAUGUACUUUUUUGUUAUAUCAAUGCGAAAAUUUGUUAAAUUAUUUUUAUAUUACGGGUGAAAUUCACUCACAUUGUAAAUUUCUUUCGUUACAUUCUUAACGCUUCGUAAAAAUCAUAUUUUCACGUCUUGUACCUAUGGAAUAUUAUAAUAUAGGUACUGGCUAAUAGUAUAGCUACCUUGUUUAUUUCACGUGAUUAACGACGGCAUAAAAUAUAAUUCCAUGCAAUUUUCGUUUUAUGAACUUAUUUAUUAUUUUUACGAUCGUAUAUAGGCGGGUACGUGCAUAGUAUUUAAAAUUCACUUAAAAGUAAGUGCUAGCAAAAUUAGUAUAAUAAAACUGUAUAUUAAUAAACCAUUUUAUAAAAAUAUGUAUACGCAUAGUUGUUAAAUACCUGCGAACUCGAGAUUCAGCUGCGGGGCUAUAAAUUGGUAAUUGAUUUUUAUAAAGAAUUAAUUACUUCGGACAUAACAUCGUUGGUUAAAAUUAAUACACAAAAUGAUGUACCUAUAUAUAUACAUGAAUCAAUAACACGGACCUACGUGUUAUUAUUUCAUUUUUUUUUUUUUAUAUACCAUGAAUAAUUCAUUCGUUUUAUAAAAUAUACAUAUAUUUUUACAACAAAAGCAUUUAAUUUUAGGUGCUGACCGACGAGUCACAAUAUUAAGAGCUAUUACGAGUAUGAAAAUUUUAAUUGCAAAAUAAUCUGUAAGCAAUUUUCGAAAUCGUUCGAAUGCUACAAAAACAAAAACAGGGUUGCGAUUUUCCUCUAUAUAGUUUUGUAAUGCACGCACAUAGUGUUAUAUGGGAGAGUAUUUUUUUUAAAUAAUCAACCAAUUAUACUGAUUUAUAAUUUUCAUAUAGCUGGUUUGUUUUCUAAAAUUCGCCAAAUAGCUAUUUUCUAGGUUAAUAAUUUGGUAAGUUUUUUUUUUUAUAAAUGACUGGUUAUAAAAAUACAAUUUACCAUUUCAGAAAAAACAAAAAAUUAAUUUUGUUAUGCUUAGAUAGCUGUAGAUUUUGAAAAUCCGGAGCACUAAAUAAUAAUAUUAACCUAUUUUUUCGUCACGUGGUACUUUCUACAUAAUAUUGUUUGGAACUUGAACUCAGAUGGCGCUCUAAAGGAGUCGUUUUUCAAAAUUUCCAGUGAGUACCUACAUAAUAAUAUGUUUAAUAAAAUAUUGUACACACACAUAUACCCACUAAGUGAAAAGAAUACUCGUAUCAAAUUUGAUUUUAGAAUUUGAUUUUGUCUUUAUUGAGUUGAAUUGAAUUAUUGAGUUAAAGCACUUAUCGACUAGGUUUUUUGUUUUACUGAAAAACCCGUCGUUAUUAUUAGGUAGUUAUAUUUUUUUUUUUUAUUGAUUAUACCACUAAAAUAAUGUUCUCUGCUAUUAAUCAAUGGGCCGAGAUUUUAAUUUCUUUUCUCGUAUUAUUUCGUGCUGUUUAUUGUUUAAAUUAAAAAUGACAGCCGUAUUCGAAUAUUACAUACAACAUUUUCAUAAAGCAAUUAUAUCUUUUAUACCGCGGAAUAAGCACUUGUAUCAAUUUUGUAUAAUUGGUAGUACAAACAAACUGACUUUUGAAAUUGCAUACGCUUGUACAUAUAAUUAAUACACAACCUAAUAAACUACAUGCAUUUAUUUUGAAAACACGAAUAAUUAUAAGAUUUAGACCAAGACAAAUUUUACAAAAAUUGACUCGAGACCAUUUUCCCCGGAACCAAAGAUAUAAUGUAUCCUUGAUUUGUACAGGUGAAGAGGUACCUAAUCCGAUGGAUCUUAUUACUCUAAUAUUGUAUUAUUUACAAUACCGACUGAAGAUUUUUUUCUCUUCAAAGUAUAUUUAUAACGCCGCGUUAUUUAUUAUGUUAUUAUAUCCUAUGAAAUAUUAUACUUUUAAUCUUAAUUAUUAUAAUAUAUUAUAUUAAAUUAAAGUUUGUAUCGAAAUAUACUAAUAUAAUAAAGAAAACCGGUUAUAAUGUGUGUUGGACGGUUUUUCGACGAUUUUCAUUAAUCACGAUUAGUGACUUAGUGUAUAAAAGUACUUAUAGUAAUAGUAAUUUUAACGUGUAAUGUAUAGCCGAUGAUGAUGAACAUUUUUCUAAACGUUGGAAACGUAUAUUUUUCAUUUCUCCCGGUCUCUUAUAAAACAUACGCGAUAAAAAUAUACAAAAUUACAUUUAGAAUUAGAACUAUUAAACACAUAUUCGCGCGGAAACACUUAAAUUCCAUUAGGUAUAAUACACACGUAGGCAAUAUAUGAUAAUUUUUUUGUUUUUUUUUUUUUGUUUUUUUUUCUCAAAUAUUAUCGAAUCAAAAUGUAUAAUUUUCAAAUUAAUUAAAAAUAUGUCAGACAGCGAUAUUGGUGUUGGUGUUACUGCCGCUGCUGCCGCGGUAUUUAUUAUCCUAAAAACACAAACCAUAUUUAUUAUUGUAUACCUAUAUAAUUUAUAAUGAUUAUGCCAUAGAAUUAUGGUAUAUUAAUAAUAAUAAUAAUAAUAAUAAUAAUAAUAAUAUAGUCUCCGUUUAUAUAGUAUACAUAUAUAUAUACGUUUAUGCAUAUAUGUUGCCAAAAUAACUCUAUACGCGGAUAAAAUAAUAAUAUAUGUCUCCAUAAAUUAACGUUUAUUAUUAUAUUGUAUUAUAAAUUCGGUUUUGUGGUAGCACUCUCUUAUCUACUCUGGUAUAAUAUUUAUUAUUAUUAUUAUAAUAAUUGCAACGCUCGUAUUAUAUUAUUAAAAUAUAGGGCCCGAAGAUCGUCGUAGUCGGUAUAAUAAUAAUAAUAAUAAUAAUAAUAAUAAUUACAAUUAUAAUUAUACAUUAACGCGUUAAUAUCGCGCUAAUGGAAUUUCGAACGUUCGGGUAGGUAUUUUAUAAUAAUAUUAUGUUAUAUUUUUAAGGAAAAAAAAAAAAUCUUACGAAAAUAAUUUACGCAGCAGCUGUCGCCUGUAAACUGUACGGUCGGAUUCAUAAAUUUCGUAUAGGCGUUAAAAACAACACUAUAAAUAUAUUGUAUUUCAAAUAUUUUAUUAUUAUUAUUUUUUUUUUUAAUGGGCGACCCUGUUUUUCAACUACUACGCACGUCGUCGCCGCCGGGGGCCUCGCGGUGUUGAUUCUUCCCGCCUAAAAUAUAAUGAUUUCGACCAGAACCCAUUCCUCGGUGACUGACGGCCGCGUAACGAGCUACUGUGCAGUUGUUGACAUCGGAAACUGGUAAUAGACCGAACGCAAUGAUCUAAAACGGUCGACGGCAAUAUUAUACAGAGUGUGUCUGCGGGACUUGUCAUAGGAAAUUGUCAAAUCCUGUAGAUACACCCUGUAUGUAUUGUAUACAUACGAACACCCGGUGCCACCGCUGGCCGACGACAAAAACGUCACACGACAGAAAGCGCCCUGUGUUGCGUUUUAUAAGUGGUACCAUCACGACAUCCAAUAUAACCGCAUCGCGAUGAUAUUGUACUUUUAUUUUUAUAAUAAGCCCGACUUAACACACGCCACGACGCGACACGUUUGCACUGAACGACGAUGGGUGUUAUAAGUGGGUGCAUUAACAGUGUUUAUUAAACACACAACCCAAACGACUAAUAUUUCUGAACAGUGAGCUGAAAACAACAACAAAUAAAAAACAAACGGAAAUACUUUGCACGGUGCACGGCGGGUUACUGUUUUAGGUGAGAAAUUGAGAAGGUAGAGAGGAAAUUCAAUGUAUAUCCGUACGUGACGAAUACUAUUACUGCUUAUAUACUCAUUGCUAAUGAAAAACGAUGCUUUAAAAGGCCGUAAUAUUUACGACUUUAAAAUAAUACAUUUCGUAAGUUUAAAACGCCUUUAUAGCUAUCAGAGAAAACUAUAUUUCCUUUUAAGAGAUGAUAUAUAUAUAUAGUGGGACAUACGAAUAAAAGAAGAAACACACUGUAUAAUAUUAAUUCAGUUAAUUCAGUUUAUAAUAAUAAUUUGUAAUCGUCAAUUAAUCCGUAAUCGUUGCAAAUGAAAAGCAAGGUAUACAGUUACAUUUUUUCAUAAAUGCAUACUUAAAAUCUUCAAACACCUAUAAAUAAAUAGUAAUGGUAUUACGCCCGUUACUUUUCUUUUUCUUUUUAUCACCUUUAGCUUAACAAAUAGCAGAUCCUGCAGGUAUACAAUUGUUGAACAUUUUUAUACAAACUAUAAUUCACAUAAAUCAAAAAUAGUUAUACAAAAUGAUAGUAAUUUCAAAGAUUUAUAAAAAAAAAAAAUGGACUACAGAUAUUCGAUAUUUGUAUACUGUCAUUAUGACAACAUCUUAGGAUGACUUCCUUACUGAACCUCGUGGUAUUAAAUUGUUGAGCUGAAAAAAUUGUAUCUAUAUACAAAACCAAAGAAAUUUCGACAAUUUCAAAUAACUUCAGGUAUAACUCAAAAAACGCAAUACAACACCCCACGUAUAAAAAGUGCUACAUCGACUUUUGCAACAAAAACUAUCAUAACACACAUUUUACAAAUGCUCAGGCGUACGAAACGAACAGAUUGUAAUUCUGUAUUUUUUAUUUUAAGUUUUUUUAUCCAACUAUGUAUAGGUACUCAUUAAAUCUCUUCAUUAAUAAUUUCAAAUAUCUUUAUUUCUUAACUAAUAUAAAUGUGUUUUAAAAAAAAUAAAGAAAUAGUUACGACCGAUUUCGUUAGGGUAGUCGAAUUAUAAGUACUCGGUGAAAAUUUCAAAAGUUCACUAUUGUUUAUCAGUGUAAUUUUUUCUGCAAGCUGAUCAUAUAUUAAAUAUGUACCUACAGUAGUCUGUGCAGAUUGACAAAUUCCGUUUUUUUGUAAAUUCAUUUCCGAAAUAUACACCUACAUGAAAUUGUUUUCUUACUUUUUCUGCGAGUUUUAUUAUUAUUUUUGUUUUUUGUUUUGUUCUAUACAUUAUGUGUUAUUGUUGGGCUCUUUGUAUAAUGUGACGGAUAAUAUCAUAGCCGGGCGAACGCAGAAGUUCGGUAAGUAUACACGAUAAUUAUUCGCGUGUGUACACGUGAAACGCCCGCGCGAGUCUAUUUACCGCAAACCGCGUUCGUCCUCGAUAAUAUUAUGCACGAAGUAUAGGUGCCUAUCCGUAAUACUGCAGCUGAGCUUGUAUAUAAACCUUUUCUGAAUGCAAUCGGUACGAUUUACACGCGAGCAAAACGCUUAGCGUACGAAUACUACUAUAGGUGCAAUAUAUUAUUCCGAAAUCUGGCGAACGGCACAUGUGCCAUCGUAUAUGCGAGAUAAUAUUAUAUACGUAUAUAAUAUUCGUAUUUAUUAUAUAUACGAGUUGUAAAUUGCUAAAAAUUCGUAUGUAGACUAUAACCGUGGGCUGCGCGGUAUUAUUUUAGAGUCUUGAAAAUAUUCUCCUCUCGGGAAAUAAUAAUAAAGUCUUUUCCAGAAUCUUUAAAGAAAUAAUAAUAACCACGAUAUAGUGCGACGGUGGCGAACUUUACAAAAUACAAAUAGAGUAUAUAAUAAUAAUACUAGUAAUAAUACGUGUUUCCACAUAAAUUGAAGACGAAGAGAACACGUGAACGCUAAGGCAAAAUGCGAUUAUAUUUUGCAAAUUUUUUUUUUUUAAAUUAGUAAAUAUUAUUUAAUUAAUUUCGACAAACAUAAUAUAAUGUACAUGGCGUUAUUUUUUUUUUUUAAAUAUUUUUUUUAAAAAUUUAUUUAUUUUCAAUUAAAAAUUUUUUUAAAAUUUUUAAUUAAUUUGAUGAUCCCUUGGUCAAUAAUUUCAAUAUUUGACUUUGGUUUUCUAACAUUACCAUUAUAACCAUAAGAAUAUAAUAUUUAGAAAUGUUAAAUUGAAUAAUCUUUAUUUUCAUUAUAUUUUCAAUCAUUUAUGUAUAUAUAUAUAUAUAUACACCCAAUCAGUUAUCAAAUUUAUUUAAAAUCCUACGAGAAAAUCACUAGAUCAUCAUGAAAACAAAAAACAAAACUACCCAAAAUAUAUGGGUAUAGAUACAUGUAUAGCUCGAAUAUUUUUUAUUUUGAAAAAUAUUAAACGCUAUUUAUUUUUUUAAUAUCAUAAAUAAUUGUUAUUAUAAUCAUAGGUAUUACAACAUGCAGCUAUAUACUAUACUUAAACAGUGUGUGUUUGACGGGUGGUUUUCAAUUUAUUUAUUACUAGCCGCUAUAUAAUUAUUAAUGAUUGUAAAAAAUACAAUUUUAAAAUACUUUUGGUUUUCAUAUAGGUACAUUCUGUCGAUGAUUGAUUUUUUCGAGUAAAAACAAAUAAAAAAAAUCUAUACAGUAAAUUAGUAACUAUAUUAUAGUUUCCAAUCUCCUCCUCUUCGUCCCUAAAUUUUGAAUACCUAUACUUGAAAUACAUUUGUAUUCAACGUUAUAAAAUUGAUUGUAUAUUACCUCCUUAGUUAUUCCGUUUUCUAUUUGCCACUUGCAUUUUUUUGGCGAUUGCUUUAAUUAAUAUUUUAGAAUACUAAAAUAAUUUUGAGUUACAAUAAUUAUUUAUGUUAUACUUUAAGUAGUUGAGGAUGUCUAUGAUUGUUGCAUAUAAUUUGAACUAUUAAUUACGUUUAAAAUAACGACUUUUUUUAUUCUGAAGUGGUAAUGACCGAUUGCAGGUAUUCUCACGGAAAAAAACAAUAAUAAUAAUAAUAUCUUCACGAGAUUAAUUUUUUUUCUUUUUGGUAAUAACAAUAAAUAAUAAUAUUAAAUUCGGCUCAUCGAUAUGAUCUUUGAAUACGUUUCGGUCGACGACGAUGCGAUGAUUUAUCGUUCUCUGUGCACGCCUAUUGUAUUUACAGUCAAUCCAAAAUAUUAAAUCCGAAGAUUACUAUUCUAUAAUUAUUUUAUAUUCUAUAUACAUACAAGAAUCUAUAGAAUUAAGUUAAUUAUUUGUUAGGAUUUAAUUGCUAAAAAUCGUUUUUCUGUGAAUACGCGGACCGAUUCGUUCUUUUCUGCAGCGGGGCGUAUACGAAUAACACUAGAAAAACGUUUCAAACGGAUUAAAUGCUAUGUAAUAUAAAUUGUUAAUAAAAACUUUUAUCGUACAAUUACUUUAUGUUUAGAGUGUGUUUACAAAGUAUUUUUGCCAAAGUUAUAUUUAUAAAUGAUAUAGGCUAAGCACUUAAAUGUAUUUUUCGGAUUAUAUAAAAUAUACUAUCACAUCACUGAUACAACGGCGAAAAGUUAAAGAACAAUACAUCAGUUUUUAUUCCAAAUACCCCUUAAAGCGACAAAAUGUUAAAAAAAAACCAUUUUGAAAAUAUUUUACAUGAAACGAUUUAUCUAAAAAAUGUAUCUAAAAAAUUCUAACAAAUUAUGAUAUCUAAACACUGUAUUGUAUUUAAUACUUGAUCAUUUAGUAAGUUUUAUAGAUAUCGAAAAAAUUUGUAUCUCAAUACAGGUCGAAUCUUACUUCAGUGUCACCCACGAAAACUAUUGUAUCUCUACUCGCCCAAACUGAUUAUAAGGUGAAAAAGAUGUGAUGCGAUCUUUUUUGUCACGUCAGGCCACACGAAAAGAGAUUAGGAGAUUAGAUAUUAGAAGUUGAAAAAAGUAAAUAUACGACCUUUUCAUUAUAAGAUAUUUUUAAAACAUAUUUCCUUAAAAAUAGUGGGGAAAAAUACAAAAACUGUUGAGUGUCUAUGGGACAUAAAUUUACAUGACUUGCCUAUUAUUCCUACCUAUUAUCUACCUAAUAACUAUCAUUUAUACCGAUUCAAAUCUCUAAGUUCCAACCACUGCGCCACUAUCAUUAUUUAACAAAAAAUAUUAUGGUUCGUUCAAAUCAAAAUUCAUUAAAAAAAAAAAUUAUGAUAAUUAAAAAUUUUAAAAAAAAUAUAAUUUAUUUUAAUUAUAUUUGACUUAUCAUAAAAAAAAAAAAAAAAAUUGUAGAGAUUAAAGUUCAAAAACAUAACAUUCAAAAUUUUAUCUUAAAUACAAGUGACUUAAAGAAGAUAGAUUAAUCACUUAAAUUGAAUUUGAAUGUAUAUAUAUAUAUAUAUAUUAAAAAAAAAAUUAAGAUACAAAAUAUAUAACAUUAAUUAAAUAAAUACGAAGAAAAAACUUAGCCCGAAGUAAUAUAAUUGGUUUUGUGUACAUACUUACGACCGGUUUCGACUUAAAAAAAAAAUCACUAUCAGAUUAGAACAAUAAAGGCGAAAAAAAAUAAAACUUAGAACUAUUUAAUCAUCUCGUUAUUAAUUUAUAUUAAAUUUAAAGCAUUCAUACAACAUUUGUAAUUAUCAACUCGCGUAUAAUACUUUGCAUACUAAAUCAAAUUUAGUAAAUCUUUAAAGUCAACAUAUUUCAAAUAUUAAAGUCGUGCGUAUAAUAAUUUAUAUUAUUAUUAUAUUAUUAUAACUAUAGCAAUAGUAUAAUCUAAGUACUAUAUAAGUAUAAUAUUUAUUCAAAUUUACUUAUCGUAUUCAUAUGUGUAUAGACUUUAAACACAUGAUUAUGCUCUUAAAAAUAUAAUUUUUUUUCAAAAAACGAUUUUAUGAUAACUAAAGAACCGUUUUUGGUGAAACUAUAAUUUUGAUUUUAUAACUAUUACUUUUUAAUAUAACUGUUUGAAUAUAUUUUUAAUUCUUUCAAGGCUACUAGUAUCCAAUAUCCAAAUUAUGUAUUAAUAUAAUAAUGUCACUUCUAUAUAUAUAUAUAUAUAUUAAUUUUUUUUUAAAAUAAAUAAUAUUUACCAUCAAUUUCCCACCAUCACUUAGAUACAUAAUAAAAUACUGUAUAAAUCGAUUUGAAUGUUUUAUUUGACACGCGCGUUUUAUUUUUGGUCAUAUAUAAUUGUAUACAGUUCAAAUUUUUAAAGGUACCUAUACAUCGAAACAUUAAAAUUCAAAUUAUUUUUUUUACCACAUAAAUUACUAAUAAUUAAUAAUUUUCUAUAGGUAGGUAUAAAAAUAAAUGCAGUUAAAAAUUUAUUUUACACAAUUUAUCUAAUUUUUUUGAAAAUAAUUUAGCUGAUUCUUAGGCAAAACCGAAAUAAUAUUCCAGAGGUUUUUUUUUAACGUAUACUUUAAUUUAAAAUUUUACUAGCAAAGUAACGAAAUUAUAAUUUAUAAUAUAAACCAUAUCCACUAGUAAUAAAAAGUGGAAAAAAUAGAAGUUACCUUAGGUACGUAUUUAGCAACGAUUACCAACGCAAUAACGAAAUCAAAGUAUUAAUAAUAUUUACUGAAAAAAAAAAAAAAAAAACAAAAAAAUAUAAGUUCCUACUGGCACCUGCUUAGCAAUGAUUACCGACAAAUCGUAAAAGCAAACUGUCUACCAUUGUUCUGUACAAAUUGUUUUGGGUAAUGUUUCGAAAAAAUUUCCGGGACAAAUGUCUAAAUCCUCCCCGCCCAGCAAAUCCCGACGGUAUACGCGUGCUUGCACUACAAACGCAUAUAUAAUAUUAUUCUAUACUGCAAUACAAAAUAUUCGACAAAGAAUAUUUCAUUCGCCCGUUUAGUACCCGUGUAAAUGUCCUAUAUAGUUUUAAAUAAACAUUAUUGUUAUUAUUUAUAUUAGUCUCGAACGUGUCUUAGCAGAUAAAAACGUUUAUUAUACUUACACUAUACGCAAGUGCGUAUCAUUUUUUUUGCUUUUUCAAAAGCCUAAAUCGCCUUUUCGGCGGAAUAUAAAAAUAGAAUCAACUAUUCGAAAUCUAUAUAAUAUUAUGGAUUUAUAUACAUACAUAAAUAUAUAUAUAUAUAUAUAUAUAUAUAUAUAUAAAUACGACAGCGUAAAUCGCUAUUGGUAUACGUGCUUGUCGAAUUCGAGUAUGGUUUUCAAUAGAAACGAAUGGCUUUCGUGUAUCGUUUGGCGAAGCCGAAAAGCGAAAUCUAUAAAUAUAUAUGUAUAUAAAACGUUGUAUACAAGUAUUUUUAAGAGGCGACGAAGGGCCAAAUAUUAUUCCGAGUCCAAAAGGUUUUCCCCCGCGGUGGUUCUCGGCCACCCUCCCCCGGUACAAUAAUUUAAACGAUACCGGGCGACCGGCCAGCAUCCGCCGAUGAUUUGCGAUACUUCCCGGUCGCGAAUAACGGCCCGUCCGUCCACCCGGGCAAAGGGCACCACCGCCACCGCCGUUUUCGUCGUCAUCACGUCCUUUCGAUAAUAUUAUAUACUUUCUGUUUUUUUUUUCCAGCGCGUGUGUUUCGUAUAAUAAAUAAUUUGGAAAAUAAAAAAAAACGCACUCACACACACACGAUGAAAUUAUAGCCGAGGUAACUAUAACACGGUGUAGUAUAAAAUACAAAUAAGUCAAACGUUGCGGUAGAUCGCAAUAAAAAAAUAAAUAAAUAACAUCGUACACCCGUAUACCGUGGUAAUAAUAAUAGAUAACGCGUAUAACUUUCGAACCCCUCCCCCUUGUCUUUUUCGUUUCUGUAAUAAUAAUAAUACUUAUAUAUUAUAUUAUCUUAUAAUGUCUUUGAAAUCACCUCCUCCGGGCUUUCAGACGAGACGUGGUUUUUGAGAAAAAAAAACCGUAUACUCGUAACAUUAUAUCGAUUCGUAUACGUGAUAGAUGCAAGUAUUUUAAUUGUUAUUACCGCGUGAUGUGAUUAAAAAUUAUAACGUUAAAUUGUCGAACACUAUAAUUGUAUGCUUCGAGUAUUAUAGUACCUUUAUAGAUAACACAUUAAAAAAAAACCCACUAAAUGUUCAAACAAACAACAGUACUUAUAAAUAUUAUUAUCCGAUUGUGUGGUCUCUUUUACAGUGAUAAAUAUUGUAUGAAUAAAACACGCAGCGAAUAUAAGAGUAGUUUUAGAUUCUGAUCGCAGUGAGGAAUGCGUUUUGCAAUAGCGAUGUGAGAUAUUACACUUUGUAAGCUCUGUUAAGAUUUCAUGCACCCACCCGCCUAAAUAAUUUAAGGGUUAGUCCACAGAAAUUAGCAGUUUCUUACCCCCAUAAUAGUUUAUUAAAAAAAAAAAAAAAACUAACAUAUUUCGCACCACUGUUGUAGGAGGGAAGUUCGGUUGGUAUAUUAUACAUUAAUUUAAAUUUAUACGCAACUACAAAUGUUGUCAUUUUUUAACUAUACAAAUAUAAACUAAAUUCCAAUAUUGUUCGUAUUUUAAAUGAAUUUUUAAUUAAUACAUUUGAAAUGUUUAACUGGUGUACUAUGUCAACAAUUAAGUUUACGAAUAUCAUAUAUUGUACAACCUAUCCUAAUUUAUAGUUUGAAUAUCUAAAUUUCCUCAGUACUCAAUCAUGCAUUCAUACAUGUGUCAUUAUUAUAUUCUUAAUUCCUACUCCGUACCAAUACCCGUUUACACACCCACUCAAUUCACACAUCCACUUGAGCGUAAGGACUCAAAAAACUGUCUUCGUUCUGCCACUGGUAUUUUGUGGAUAUGGUUUAUUUGAAUUUACAUACAAUUUGUCUGUAUUAAAAACAAGUGAAAUAAUAUCUUACAGUUGUUGGUUCAUGAUAUUUUAAUUGUGUGACUUUAAGUGCAGCUUAAUUCUAUUUUAUUUGAACAUUUUUUCUACAUUUCUGACAGUUUUUCCUUAAAUACAGAAAAAAAAAAAACACUUACAACAAAUGACGAUAUGUCAAUUUUAUUUUUGUUGAUUUCUAUUUCUGAUUUAUCGAGCUCCAAUCAGAUCGUUUUUUGAUUGCAAUAAUGUUUUCAGUAUUUAAUAAUUUACCAUAAACCUUGUACUUUCCCAACUACCUACCCAUGGUGCGAAUUAUGUCUGGUUUAAAAACAAAUUAAUUUAGUAGUUAUUAUCGAUAUUCGAUGAAUUUAUGAUAUUUUCUUCAUUUUUAGUUUAUCAAAUACGCAUAUACGUUUAAAUAGUCUACGAUUGUACAACACUGCAGUCUGCCGUCCUUCUUAAAAAUGUUGAUGAUCUUUUUUUGACGUAUGUAUAUAGAUUAUACACGUUCAAAUUUUCAUAAUAUAUUAUGUAAAUAUACGUAGGUACCUAUUAAUUAUAUUAUCCGAAUAAAAUAUAAAUAAAUUAAACGUUUAAAAGUACAUUUUUUUUUGUUUUUUACAUAAUAUUAAGUAUUCGUUUAUUAUUCCCUGUACGUACGGCGACGUUGAUGUUGAAUAAAAAUGGUAGAACAUAAAAAAAAAAUCCUUGGGGUAAAAAAAUAUAAUAGAUCAGCAUAUGUAGAAUACAACAACAACAAAAAAAAAAAAACUAUUGCGGUGUAGACUCCGCAGAGUUGUAGUUAUUUUUCCUAGAGAUCCGGACCGUAUAUUUUACAAAAAAAUAAUAUAAUAUAUUUUUGUUUUUUCUAUCGUACGACUCGUAUAUUUUAUGUUUAUUUUUAUAUAAAACGUCCCCAUAUCUAUAAUAUUAGAAGAAAAAAAUACUACUACACGAUGCCUACAUAACUUCACCGAUAACUCAUGCGCGUUUUUAAUGUCAAAACGAAUUGCAUAUCGUAUACAACUUUAAUAAUAUAACCCGUGUCUGGGAGGAACACCGUUGUUUCGUAAUAUUAUAUUCAUCGUUUCGAUCGGAAUAAGCAACGAAUGUGUAUGUUAUUAGUAUUAACAUUUUUUUUUCUCCGAGUUUUAGUUUUCGACAAAACCGACCGACAACGGGCAGGUACCGUAUUUACAGACCCUAUCCGUGUUCAGAUCAAGUCGAAACGUAACCGAGUUGAUUUUAAGAUCUUUACGAAAAAAUAACCAAAUGUAGGUUCAUGUUGGUAUCCACACUUGAUACUGUUCCAAGGAAAUUAGUGUCCUAAACGUACAAACCAAAAACCUACUGCCUUGUUCGCGAAAAACCACAAGCGGUGCAGUCUGGUUGCGUAUUUACAUAUACCGCUUGAGCCGUACUCGGAUGAGGAGUCUGUAAAUAUGCGGGCGGGUAUGACCUAGGUGUUUGCGUGUUCAAAUUUUGAAUAUAGGUAUCGUUGCGCAGUGUGUUUGUUAAAUUAAAUACGGUGCCAACGCAGUAGUUUGGUCGGUGGUUUUUCUUUUAUAUACGUAGGUACUGAACUUUAUGACCGGAUGACUAGCCGAUGUCCUGCUCGUCCGGUAGACCGGUCAGUGCAGUGUUAUGAAAAAAAAAAGUUUACUAAUAAAGUUUAAACGUGUGUAUAUUGUGAUAUAAAAUAAAUGUGAUUACGAAAUUACACUCCCCAAGCACGUGUAGAAAAUACGUAAGGGUUAAAAAUAUGUGUAAUUUGUACUCCUGAAAAAAAAAACAUCUUAAAAACCUUCAAUUAUUCUUGUAUUGAUUCUAUUAUUAUUAUAGUUCGUAACAUGUAAAUAACUCAACAAUUUUUCAAUUUUACUUUUAAUGAUUUUUAUUCAUACAUAAUAAAGUGGUUUAUUUACAAUUUACGAUUUUCUCAGAGUUUUCAUAAUAAAUGGGAAAAACCAGAAAAAAACGAGAAAAUAAGUACAAUAUUAAACAAAUAAUAUUAAAGAAAAAAUAUACUUAUAUAAAUGCAUAUCCAAUUAUUUUACCAUAUUUAUAUGACAUUAAUUAUAUAUAUAUUGUUGACAAAGCAACACUAUUAACCGAACUCCAUUCGAAAUCGUUUUUCGUUAGCAAUGGUUAAUCUUUGCGUACAGAUAAACAUUAAAUUUCCCUUUUACCUUCCCAACUUCUCACCUACAACAACGAAAUACCUGUCGUACAAAGUCUGUCUUUUUUUUUUUUAAUCUGUGAACAACUUUUCAACUAGAAAUCUUGCAAUUAUUUUCAUGUGUAGUACUUUUUUUUGGAAGGCAAUUUUAUCUGGGUGGUACUUUAGUGAGGUGGUUUUUUGAUUUUCCAAUCGGUUUUAAAAAUAAUUGGGAAAAACGGGAAAAUGUAUGUAAGAAACAUAGUUCCGAAUCGUUUUUCGUUAUCAAUAGUUUAUCGUUGCGUACAGAUAAAAAUUAAAUUCCCGUUUAUAUCUUACGUUCCUAACAUCUCACCUACAACAGUGGCCUACUCAUCGUGAGAAGUCUAACUUUUUUGUUUUGUGUUUUUGUGUAUGUAUAUUCUGUAGGAGUGGGAUUUUGUUUUUUAUAUAAUUUGUAUUUUUAUUAUAUGCGUAAUGUUUUUGAGCUUCUAAACUUCUUAAUGUUUAGCGUUGUUCGAAAACGUUUUUUGUUCAAUUCUUUAAACGAAUAAAUUGCUCUGGCGAAUGGGAAAAUUAACCGGACGACCGUUUAAAUUAUUUUACGACUGGUGGACUACCAGUGCUGUAUUUUAUUCGAAUACAGAUAUUUAACUGCUUUCCAAGCAUCGGAGACAUUUUAAAUACUACUUUAAUUCCCGAGUAUUCAUUAUAGUGUAGUUAUAUCAUUGGACAUUGACUACAUGAAAACUCUAGAAAGCCUCGAGAAGUAUAGACGUAAACAUAAAUCGUGUAUCGAAAAUCAAUGAUACUAUUCUGGGAGUGAAGUACUUCAAACAAAUUAUCGCCUAUUUACUCGAAUAUAAUAUAGUUAUUUGUUCAAAAGUAUCUUUUACCAAACACUGACAGUCUGCAGUUUUGUCCGUUACAGUAUAUACAGUGUAAACUACAGCGACGGAGACAUUUAUUAGCUAGCUAUAUUGUUUGUGACUGUAUUAUUACCAAUACGAUACUUCUAAACCUCUGUCUCCCCGACUACUCCCACCCUCACCCCCAUAAAACCGACAGUAAAAAAAUAAAAAAAAAAUACCGAUCGGACAUUUCGUCAACUAUCUUAUAGUCUAUACUGCUAUUAUAUUAUAUACGUAUGUUAUAUUAUAGUAGUCGGCCGGCGGAAAAGAAAACCUGAAAUGUCGGGCGACCGCAGAAGCGAAAUCCCCUCGGGACGGACCAGUUUCUUAUAAAUGUGAGCGCGCGCGCGCGCGCACACACGGGCAUUAUUAUAAUACGGUGUCAAAUAUCAGCAGCCUACAUCUCGGCACUCUUAUAAUAUAAUUGGGCGAAUUUACAUUAUAAUAUUAUUAUAUAUAUAUAUGUAAUAUAUAAAUAGGUACCUAUCUAUCUCGUUCCCCACAAGCCGAACCCUGCAGCUCCUACAACCGCAAAUCCGAUAGGUACCUACCUAUAAUACUGUACUUCGUGGAUACGAUUAUUAUUAGGUAUUAUAUUAUUAUAUUGUACCGCCUUUCUAUAUAAUAAUAAUAAUAUUAUUUACGUCACGCACGCCACUACCGGACCCUUUUACGUACGCAAAACAAAAUAAAAAAAACAAAUCUUAAAAAAAACCGCCGUCUCCGACAAACGCUGUAAACUAUAAUAUAUACGUAUUAUUAUAAAACGAGGUACAAAACUCGUCGUAUUAUCGUUUCGUGUCGCGUGAAAUUGAAUUUAUUGGAUUAUAGCUUUUUUGCGACUAAAGUAUAAAAUAACCGAUAAGAUGAAUCCGGCACUACUCGUAUAAUCGCGUGGUAAACGGCUGUAUAUCGGAUGUAUUCUACUCCGGUAAUGUCUUGGUCAGUUGUGUAUUCCUAAUAGUAUUCUGAAUAUUUUUUAAAUUCAUUUUUUCAGAAGUAUUCAAUACUGUAUUUCGAAUCAUGUCAAAAUGUAUUUCAUUUCUUAAAAAAAAUUAUUUUUUCCUCGCAAAACACAUUUUUGAUAAGUAAAAAUUAUCAGAUUUGUUCACACAUUACUCUGAAAUAUGCUAAAUUUCCACACGAUGGUACUAUUGAUUUAAAAUAUUUUUAAUCCAACACUUCGCAUCUCUUAUUUUUGCUUUUUUUUCCUCGGCAAAGUAUUAAAAAGUAUUUUACCCUAAUCUGGUGUUGGUAGACACGGUCAAAAUAUAUCUACCGUCAUAAUAUAAUAAUAAUAAUAAUAAUAUGAGCAGAUCGGAAAGAAUAUUUCACAUAUUACUGCACGGCGACUAGAGUAUCCCUUUUAUAAAGAUAAUGGGUAAUAUUAAAUUAAUGAUGUGUUUAUUAUACCCAUACCGUAUGUACCGACGAUAACGGUGAGGUUGGGCGAGUAUAUUAUUAUUAUAAUAUAUACGAGUCUCGUCGUACCUACGCCAUGACGGGGACGUGACUCGAAAACAGUCCAAAUGAUUUCACGGCUCUGGAAAAAAAUAAUAAUAAUGCCUUUCAAAAUACAACAACAAUAAUAGUAAUUAGAAUAUUAUGCAAAAAUGCAUGGGCCGUCCGUUAUUAUAUUAGUAGUAGGUAGGUACGUCUCGCGCGGAGGAGAUACCGGCGUGAGGCUGUGUCGUCGGCCGGGACGCAUAUUGACAUUCCGCACAUGAAAUAAAACGAAAACGUGGCACACGAUCCGAUUGAUGCGUCCGUAAAAAAAUGUACAAUAAAAUAUUGGGAUGACGACGGAUUUAAAAGCAUAUUGCAAUGUACCUAUAUAUACAGUAGGUAUAAAAGCCUAAACUUUUUCAACUUAUAUAAUUCGUUGUAGAAUGGUGUAGAAUUCGUUAUAUCCUGCUACAGUGUGACGAGGUUUUAAACACAGACUCAACAAAAAGUUGUCACGUAUUAGUUUUAUAAAUACGUAAUAUUUGUCUGUUCUCGUAACCGAUAUUUUGGUUACGAGAUUAAACGGUUUAUAAAUCGACCAGUACACUAAGAGAGAUAACUUUUUUGUAUUCUUUAAAGUUUUUAUAAAAAAUUUAAAAAAAAUAAUAAUACGUAUCACACUAUACUACAAAUGUUAAAUCUGUAGCAAGCGGGGAUCUACGUUUUUGAAAGUGGGUGAACACAGAUGGGAGUUAUAGGCUUUUCAAUUUAUAUUGUUUUUGAAUAUUUUGAUUUGGUCACACGGGGAGAAAAAACAGCUUUAAGUUAAACCAAUUAAAGGCAAAAAGCAGUUAUAAAGGAGGAACUACUAUUCAGAAUAGUUUUUUUUUUUUUUUUUUUGCAAAAAUGUAUAAUCUGAAUUUUUUAUCCAAUUACCCAUACACUUCUCACUUAUAACCGUUUUAUAUACCCAUAGUACGCAUUGUGUACCGUUCAACAUUUUAUUUUUCUUUAAAAUUCACCUGUUUAAUUAUAUUCGACGUGUGAUUUUUUGUAAUUGAAGAUAAUCCGGCAAUAUAUUUGUGACCGUCAAUUCGUAACCCCUGGAUAAUUACGUAAAUAUUACCAUUUCCCAUAUUAUUCAAAAUUAAUAUAUUAUGCAUUGUUUUUAUUACAUUAACCUGUACCAGUUCAAUCGGAAAGCUGUAGUAAUUCUCUAUAAUAUACGGGUAUUUUACUUCGUGUGCAGAAUGGUAUUAUGCGUCCGGGACAAAUAUUGUGUCGUGUGUUUAUAAAACUGGCGGGAUAGAUUAAAACGUUUCGAGUAAUUAUUAUCUUAUUUGUCGGUCGCUAACGAGCGCGAACGAGCGUCCGUCUGUCGGGAAUAUGAGUAGAGGAAAUAAUAAUAAAAAUAAUUAAAAAAAAAAAAAAAAAACAAGAACAAAAAUGAUAUCGUAACCCGUUUAAUAAUACUCGCAUGCGUAAACAGCUCGCGGGGGACGUCAUGUGUGUGUGUGUAAUUUUUUUUAUUCAGUGUGCAUACCGACGACAACGAUGACCGAAACCGCCGCUUCGGGUUAUUGUGUCAGUCGUGUGCGUGUUGUUAACGUUUUGUAUUUUUUAAACGGUUUUUUUUUUCAACACUAUUUAUUUUAUUUUUCGGUCUAAUAAUAAUAUAAUAACAUGCCGACGGAUCAGUAAAACGAAAAUGUUAAAUCGUUUGAAAAAACGUUGAUGUUUUUUUACCUACGCGUAUAAAAUUCUUCAUAAGACUAUUUUAUAUUAUACGAGAUCCGGGAUGGGGCGUGAAGUUAGCAUUACAUUUUUAGCAGAACUUUUCAAAACAUAUUUGACAAUGUUUAAGUUGCCUAUAUUUGUUGGAGCCCCUUCCCGAUUAUUUAUCUAUUCCACGUUAAACUUUGCAUUGCUAACACACCUAUCAUUACAUUUUUAUCGAAACGUUUUAAUCGAAUAUUGUUAUGCUAAGUGUGAAGUUGGCAGUACCAAGUUUAAUUUGGAAUGAAUAAGUAAAGGGGAGGAGAGUCCAACAAUUUUCAACAAGUUCAUUAAAUCUGAUAAUAAUGUAAUAUCGGGCAUGUUACCUUCAACCUAAUGUACCAGUUGCUCUCUAAUUAUUAUAAUAUACUUAACCACAAUACCUUACCUGGUCUAUACUAGGGGAGGUAAAUAGAUGACAUAAUAUGUAUUAAACAAUAAAAAAAACCAUUAUAUAUAUAAUAAAAUUACAAAUUAAAUAUUUCCAUUGAUAAUAAGUGGUGUAUAUUAAAAUGUGUUAAAAAAACACGUAUUCUUUUUACGUAACAAUAAUUAUUGGGUAAUAUAUUUGUUUUUUUUUUUUUUAUAUUUUUUCUCCUAGAAAUAUUGCUCCAAUCAAAAUAUGACAAUUUACCUACUUUGUUGCAUUCUAGUUAGUUUUAAACAAUUGGUGUUGUCGUGAAAACGCACAGUGUUUAAAAAGCAAUAGUAUUGAUCAAGUUCUGCUCAGUAUCGGUUUUUGUUAGCAACGAUUAAUCGUUGUAUACAGAUAUAAAUUAAAUCCCUCUCUAUAUCCUAUAUUCCCAACUUCUCACCUACAACUAUAGUGGCUCCGUAGUGCGCACUGUAAAUUACGCCCGGUUUUCAUUCACAUCAAUAAUGAUAAAAUAUUAUAAUAUUUAAAACUGUUGGAAUCCAAAUUCGACUAUAGGAGGCGCUGAUGUAGUGAUAUCAUUAUCGGGCACCCUUAUACUUUUGUUUACAUCAUAAUAUGUAAUGUAUUUUAACGUCCUUGUCGUUGAAGCAGUGCGCCCAAGCGCAUGCACGGUACGCUCACAAUAUAACUAUAAUAUUAUGUCCGAAUGCAGACCUUUCGAUACCAAUACACGAGAUAUAAUUCUAUAUGAAUAUUUCGUUUAGGUCAAAACCUAGCUGUACGAGUUAACAGUUAUUAUUAUAUUUGACUUUUAACGACAUAUAUUUUAUUUGUUACAUGCACAUUCUUAAGAUUAUAUUAACGAUUUAGAAUAGUGAAUAUUUGCAUGCAAUAAUAAUAUUCCCAUAUUAUUUUAUUGACGACGACGGAUAGUAAUAUAAUAAUAUUAUUCUAAACAAUAAAAUUGAACACCGUGACAUCUUAUAUAUCUUAUAUUAUACCUAUAUUUAAUAUUUUAAUGUAUCUAUGAUAACUACGUCUAUACACAAUUUCGGAGUUCUCUUUGUUUUUUAGCAGUGCCGCAUUGGUGCUCUUGAUGUAAACCUAUAAAAAAAAAAAAGUUCGUCAAUUUAGUGACGGUUAGGAAAUAAUAUUGAAAAAUGAAAAAAAAAAUGAGACUAUUUCUGUUGGUGGAAAUCGUAUAGUAAAUAUAAAUUAUAAUAAUUAUAAUAUGAUAUGCUGCUGCUGUUGAGUAUGGGCGACGUUUCGCGUGGCGCAUAAAACACUACACAACUCACAAAAACGACGUCGAAAUUAAAUGGACUUGGCGAUAUUAUAUUAUAGCCCCGAGGCACUCGUAAAGUCAACCGGGCGCUACCGUCCCCGCGUCGUUAUGUGUGCGAUCGAAAUAAUCACACGCGUUGUAUACAGAAUGAUUCCUUAAUAUUAUCACGUAUCAGCUAUUAUAAUAUUCACAUAUAUACGCGGAUUGGGCUAUUUUCUGUUACUGGAAACUGAAUACAAGGGCCCUAAAAUAAAAGAUUACUUCUCAAGCAAAUUUAAAUCUGAUAUAGGGUCUUGAGACCUUGGUCCCCCAUAAUUAAGUGCAGACAGGGGCCCACCGGAACCCAACCCGAUUUCCCGAUAAGCAUCUGAUAUUAAGUCAUCGAGAAGUACAUUUGAUUUUCGGUUGUUUUUUGUUUUACCCUAUGCACGACAAUAACGUAUGUGUAAUCCUUUUUUAUAUUAGUCUGUGAAUAUUAUUUUUUUCAAAAAUAUACUGUUAUAUUAUUAUAUAUGCAGUCUAAAUUCCAAAUCGUAAAAUUGUUCUAGAUAUAUACUUUUAUAAAAAUUUCAAUAAGUACUACAAAGUUAUCUGUAAAUGGUGACUAUAGAAUGUAUUACUUACCGUUCCAUACUAUUUAAAUGUUAAUAUAUUUAAAAAAAAAAUUUACUUUGUAUAACGUAAUAAACUGAUAAUUUGUUUUAUGAUAUACCCACUAUUUAUAAUAACAACAAAAUAUACUAAAAUACCCGAAAUAACCAAUAAGACAAAUGAUUUCAAAGAGGGUAAGUAAAGGGAUUACAGUUUGAAAUUUCAAAUUUUGAUUAGUAUAGGUAUAUGUUUAUGGUAUUUGCUUUUAUACAAAAUAAAUAUAAGCUUUGUAUGUUAAAUUAUAAUGAAAAAAAAUAACUAUAAUCAAAUAUUUAAAAAGACGCAUUAGUUUUCCCAGACUGGGAAUGCAUACAUGACAUAGACAAUUUUGGUUUAGCAGAACCAAUUUAGGACUGUUUUUUAAGUUUUAAUAUUAGAUUGAAUUAACUUAAAGUUAAGACUAUUAUUAUCUGUGUUUGCACCUUGGUUUUUUCUGAUAUUUUAAUUUUGAAUCGAGAUGUCAACAUUUUAAAAUUGUUACAGUAUUUCAUGCAUUCGUAUCUCACUUAAAAAUUAAUAUAACAAAAAAAAAACAACAUACUUACACAGAUAAUAUUUUAAAUUUGAUUUUUGGUAAUAGAUCUAUUUACUUUAAUAUCAAAACUAAAGACACUCAAUUUGUUUCUGUUAAAUGAAAAUGUCAUAUGCCAUGUGUUUGUAAGACAGAGACUACAAAUGCACGUGUAACGCCCUCUUAAGUAAAUCUGUAUUCGUACAGAUAUAUAACCUUUGGUUUAUUGUAAGAUAAUCACCCUGUAUACAGACACACUACAGAGUGUCCCGGACGUAUUGUUAUUAUACGAGAUUACCAUUUAAAAACACGAACUAACCGCGCACACACACACACACACACGGUUUGUGUGAUGUAUAAUAGGAGAUUACGCACGCACACACGCCUAUAUCGUUUGUUUAAGUAUACUCGAUUACACAUCAACACAUACACACACUCUCACCCAAGAGACUGUACACACAUAUUAUCAUCGUACAAGUCGUCCGACUCUUUUGAUAUGCUGGUAUUGUUCUAUAAAGGGAAAAAAAGAUUAAAAAAAUAACCAUCUAUUCGCCAUUAGUUCGUUCGAAAACGUUUUAGGCGAUAUUUCGUAAGAUUUAAAAAUCAAACUCUGGUGGCUCCAAAUGAUCGUAAAUGAAUGCACUUAUGAUGUACAUCAAUAAAUAAUAAUAAUUCACUAAACACGUCAGAGGAAAAAAAUGUUUGAAGUAAAAAUGAUUCACUAUGUAUAUAUUAUAUUGGAUACUAAUCGAACAUUUUUGAAAUUAUAAAUUCUGAUAAUUAUUUUAUUUUAUUUAUUUAAAGAAAAUUAAAUUAUUAAAAUGUUUUAGUUUAGGUUAGGUUUACUAGCUAUAUCAUGGACCUUUCUGAUCAUGAACCUUUUUAAUUUUGGCUUUUUAUUUUUACGAAUAUUUCAAACACGUAAUAUACACAACAUAUUUUAUAAAACAAAAUAUUUAAUAAAGAAAGAAAAGUUCGAAAAUUCAAUUAAGUAUAAUGUAUAAAAAAAACUCGAAAAAGCAUAAAAACAGAGAAGAGUAGAAAUUAAAAAUGUGUAUAUUAAAAAUCUACGUAGUUUGAUACAAAUGUAUAGCUGACGUAGCCUCAUAUUACAUAGGGCCAAUAAAGAAUGAAAAAAAAGCAAAAGCUUAUAACAAUAUAUUAUAUGAAUAUUUUGUAUUCACCAUAGGUUAUCGAUUGAGAUUGCGAGGUAAGUGUAACAGUGUAAGUAUAGAGAUUUUCGAAUUUUACAAAAAUUGUAAAAUUUGUAAUAAACUAAUAAAAAAUAUCGGUAUACGUAUGAUAGGUGAGUAAUUAUUUCAUUAAGCCAAAACUGAACAGUUUUCGAUCUUAAAUUUCUUUGAUACCUAUACACAAAUGGGUGCACUUUCGGUAUGGACCCCGUUAUUUUUCACCGCCAAAUGAUGGUAUUUAAUGAUACUCGAAUACUUAGUUAUUACAGUAUUAUCGACCUGAUCAGCCGAUAUCCGUAUACGGAUGAUGUGUGGUUUAUGAUGUCAGGAAGGAGGAGAGGUUACGGGGAGGCUUUCGGACCGAUAAUUCAAACGGCUAUUUAGGACUCGUAUUUUAUCGCUUGGCUGUCGGGAUUUCGGUACCACGGUCGCGAACGAUGAUUAACCGCUAAUCCGCCGCGGUUAUACGAUUACAGCAUUGUGUUUAGUCGUUGUACGGACAAAGGAUCGCCGAUAGUAUUAUUAUUAUAUAUAUAUAUAUAUUUAUAGCGGCAGUUUAGUAUAGUAGUAGCCAUUUCGACUAAAUUUUAUUGAUUCACGCUCGCCAAACAUCUCAUGACCGCGGGGAAGAUUCAGAAUUGAGACGCCGGCGGCGGCGGCGACGGUUGUAAAUGACACUGACAAAAUGCUUUUCGUCGACUUUUGGCAGACGCGAUAAAUAAUUCUUGGCGAAACAUAUUAUAUAUAAUAUACUAUAUAUACGUAUACUCGCUUUUCGUUUAAUCCAUUAAUUCCGGCCCGUUCUGUACAAUAAUAAUAAUGAUAAUCGUAUUAUUAUCAUUGUUGCGCGUUCCCGAUGAUGGUUCGGUAUUUUGUUUUAAUGUAAUGUACGGGUGGUAGAGAAGAUAAAAAAGUGACUGCAGAUGUACGUAUAUAUCCACUGAUAAUAAUAAUAAGUAGGUACACUUCGUGUGAAUAUUAUCGCUACGGUUUAUAUGGAAUCGUUAUUUGUAUCGUCAAUUAAUAUAAAAAAUGUUAAGUUCUACCGAUGAAUAAGGGCUUAAAUCAAUUUUGGCAUUUGUUUUGUUUUUUUUUAGAUAGGUACGAACAAAUAGACUGAGGGAUCUAUUGGUUUUAUUAUGGUGUGUGUUUUUUUUUUUUUUUUGCUUUUUAUGCAAUUUUUUUGCCGUUAUUUUUUUGGGGGUCUAAAUGACAUACGUGUAUGUAUUUUCAAACAAUUUAAGUUGCUUAUAUUCAAAACUGUACAAAAUGUACAUAAACCCAUUUAUUCAGAAAACCAAUGACAUAAGUAGCUAUUAUACACAAACGGAGAUUUUAAGUAAAUAUACUGAUUUCGUUUCUUUUAACGUUUUUAUGAGAGUUUUUAAUAAUUUAAAAUUAUUUAGAAUAAUUGGAAUAGUUAUCAGUAAAUACGGAUACGAAAUAUAUAUUAAUAACUAGCUCUCUCAUGCUUUUGGUUUCUAAAUUUUUGAAUUUUUAACAUUUUAUCUCGCCUUCCCCUCGUAUUAAACAUGUAUGGAAAUUUAGAAGAAAAAAACCAAAAAUCAAAUUUACUAUAAAACGCUUUCGUAUCUAUAUUAUAAUAUUAAAAUAAACGGUUGUUCUUGAUAAAAGAAUUACCCUAUAUAUAUAUUUAUAUACAUGAAGUACCUCUGUGCGCCCACUGCAAAUGACGACGUGUACGAAUUUUUUUAUUAUAAUCGUGUCGUGGGCUCUAUAAGUCAUCGUAUAAUUCCGGCGCGAAAUUUUUAUCGCUAUUAUUAAAUGAAUAUAUCAAGAAAAUAUGACAUUUCCAUUUUAUUUCGUAUUAUUAGGAGAACGCUUGCCAAUAUUACUGCGGCAAGUUGGCGAUGGUACGUGGCUAUUAUGACCAUCACGCGUUUCACUAUGAAAAAAAAAAAAUGAAAAAAUGGUGGUCAAAUACAUUUAUUUUUUUGAUAUUAAUAUUUUCCACGAACAUAGUAGGUAAUAUAUCUCCGAAAUUUUUAAUUACUCGGAGAAUAUGGUUUUUUUUUUUUUUUUUUAAUUUUCUUAAAUUGUAUUUAUUUUCGUACAUGGGUUAAUUAUUAUGCAGUAAAGUUAAUUAACCGUAACCGCGUAAAUUAAAAUAAAUCUUGUUUAAUCGGAUGUUUGACAUAAAACGCAUACAUAGAUAACAAUCUCGUGCGCAACAGCAAAAUUAGACACCGAAGAAAAUAGUAUUAUUUUGUCUGCACGGGUCUCCUACGAUAAAAAUCCUUCGAUGCGUACACAAUUGCAGCAGUGCAACAGUGCAAUAAGUUAAGAAACGUAGAAAACACUAAAACCUAAUACCUACCUACGUAGUGUGUAUAUCUAAAAAGAGGAAUUUACUUUAAGAGGACAUCUGUAUCUAUUAGACUGUCUCAGUCCAACUAAUGGGUACCGUAGAGCUAAAUUACGUUUGCGUAGAACAUAAAUUGUCGCCUUUAGGUUUAAAUCAGAGUUUAUAAACAUAGAUAACACCAUCUAAAAGAAAAUAUUUUUGGGGGUAGUGGGUUAAAUUUUUUCAAAAAUAUUGUCAAAUGAAAAUGCGGCUAGUUAAAAAUAAAGGGAAAGAACUAAUAUGAGUGUAAUUUUGUUUUGUUUGACGAUAUUUUAGAAAAACAAUAACGCACUGCCCUAGAAUAUUAUGUAUUUUGUUUGGUUUUGCAAUUUUCAACCUCUAAUUUUAACUCAAUGUCUUCUUAAGUUAUAUCAUAUUAAAAUGCUAAAUAAAAGCAAACAUCUGACAAUAAAAUCCAAUGUUAGUUUUAAGAUUCAUAUGCGAAUUCACUGCAUUUAUGUAACCAAAAUUAAUAUUAUGUACAAUCAGUAGUGGGAUUAUUGAGAUAAAAUAAAAAUUAUUUAUUAUUUAAUUAUUUAUCUUUAUCUCUAUUUAUUUAAUUAUUUUUAAUAAAUGCAUAGAUAACAGAUAAUCAUCAUUCCACAACAUUCGUUUUUAAGGAAUCACGCUGUAACUUUGGUAACUAUCAAGUAUGCUUUAUUAUUUUAAAUAUUUAACAAUGUGAUUAAAGCAUGAAUUGUACAAUGUUAAAAUAAUAUCUGUAUGAAUUAUCUUAAUACAAUAUAAUCUUUAAUAUAUUUUCUACGUUAUCUUUACAAAUUAAAAAUUAUCUUAUUUAUGUUUAUCUUGGAUUUUAGUUUUAUACAUCAUAAUAUCUUUGUUGUUAUUAUCUUUAUCAUUUAUUUAGAUAAACAUAUUGGUUAUCUUUCCCAGCGUUCCUUACAAAUGAUAUACUUAGGCAUUAAACACGCGUAAUCCGUUUUAAUAUUAUAUUUUAUAAUGUUAUUGAAAUGAAAUAUUAUCGUUUCUUAAAUACACUUAGUUAUAGGUAUAUUAAGAUGAUACGCCUUAUCGUGUGUAUACAUAGGUACCUAUCCGUCAACGAAAAGUGGUAUACUCAUCUACCAAAUGAUCGUGCGGACUACAUAUAUGGUGAUGCGGUUGGCCGGCGAUUAAUAUUGUUGCCAUACAUAUUAUUUAUAGUCAAACAGCUGAAUAACGAUUUUCCGUUUAUAAAAUUCAAACGGUAAUUUAUAUCAGGUAAACGAUAAUAUAUUAUUAUUAUUUUAUACGUGCGUCGAUCGAAAUGACGAUUAGUAUGAAAUCAUGCUACAGAAGACGACACUUACUAGAAAAAACAACUAACCAUCGUCUAUCAAUUUUUAAUCAUUUAUGUGAAGCCAGCCAACAUUUUUAAUAAAUUCACAGAAAUUUAAAAAUAAAACUAGACAAUUUCUAUUCGUUUUAAAAAACUUAAAAAUCAUCAGAAUAUUUUAAUAACUGUAAUGAAUCUAAAAAAUAGUAAUAUAUAAGCAAAAUAUUAAAUCUUAGGUCUCUCUACGAUUACUUUUUACCGGAUCACAACCAAAAAUUAAAAUGACAUCAAAAUCAACAGAAACCGUUAUUGCGUAAAUAUUUUCAUUUCCCCGAUGAUUUAUGUUGAUUUCUUCGGUUAUUAAGAAAAGUACAAAAAAUUAAUCAUGUCAAUGUCACUGACUAUAGAUAAUAUUUUCUAUAGAAAAUCACCCCUGAAUUUUUUGAUCGUAGAAAGAUUUCUUAUCGAAAACUUGUUAUAUAAAAAAAAAAGAAAUUAAACGCAAACAUCAAUAUAAAACUAAUAAAUACUUGUUUCCCUUAGAAACAAAAAUAAAAACCAAUUUUUCAAAUUAAAAUUAUUGCCAUAGUUUGUUUAUACUUGUAGAAAACGUAUGUUUCGUUAAAUGAUGUAGCAUUUUUUGAAAUAAUAUUUCGGUCGAAUAAAGGUUCGAAUGUACCGAAUGUAUACUAAUGAGAAUACGCACACACACCUUUUUUGUUGUUGUGGCACAUCGAUUCGAAGUUAAAUUAUUUCUAUCUACGAUACCCGUUCGACCGUAAUGAUAGUGCAGUCGUUAACACGUACCUAAGAUUAUUGUGAUGGCUAGGACACGUCGUAGUACUUUGAAAUCAAUUUAUUCAGAAUCUAUAUAUAGGUAUGUUUAGGUAACUGUUCAUCAACCUCGAUGAAUAUGUAUUUUCAAAAUAGUAUGCUAUGUAAAAUGACUAGCUGCUAAAAAAUCUGUGUUAAAAAAAAAAAAAAACAAAUAUUGCUUUUUUUUUAAUUCGAAUAAAUUUUACUCUAGGAUACCAGCUAAUUAAUUGAAUCGAUUAAAAUGUACAUGGUAUAAAUUUAUAGAUAUUUAUGUUCCGGAUAGGUGAUGAAAUCGAUAUUCUGAACUAAUAUUUUUAGAUUGUUAAAACCAUCCCGUUAUCAUGCAACCUAAUCUCUAGUUUUCCUUGUCCGCUGCCUGUGACUUCCCGUCUAAUUAUUAGGCCUCCGUAUAUUUCCUUACUAUAUCUUCUCAUAUCAACAUACGUGGUCUUUCAAAUAAGAUUUUUCUAGUAAAAUUUUCUUCAAGCACCGUACUUAUGAGUAGGUAUUGACUGCGCCACGCCUACUCAGCCCACUGUAAUCUUUUACUCUUUAUUGUGAUCAGUAAAUCCGGUUUUUGGAAGAAUGCUUGUGUCUAAUCAAUUGUCCUUAUUCUACACUCACUAGAGUAUCUUUUACUGGUUCAAAAUUGAUUACUAGUAGUAUUUUUUAUUUCCAAUACUGAGAGUUUUAUUUCGUCACUUUUUUCUUAAUAGCCUAUAUCUUUGUAUCAUAAGUAAUUCUAGAACGAUGUAGUAUAGGUAUAUUGUUUUUUUCAGUUCCUUCAGCCAGAGGUCGUGAACCAAGCAAUUUUGCGAGAAUAAAGAGAUAAUUAUUUCUGAACAAAUAUUAAAAUCGUAAAUGUAGUCUAUAAUAUUUAAUACGGUUAUUUCGAAUUUGCCAUCCGAAUAUAUUUAUAUUAUUUGACUAUCGUAAAAUUCGUUUUUUUUUUUUUUUUUAAGGUUUUUUAACAUUUGUUGUGGGACAACUCGUCGUCGGUUGUCAUAAAAUAUGACGGAGCACGCCCAUAGCUUCCCGCAAAAGACCUAACAAAAAACACCCUUGGCAUAUUAUAACAGUUUAGACGAGAAACAGCCCAUUUCGAUGGCGGAGAGUGAGCGAAAAAAAGCUCAAAAUGUACAUACGUAUGCCUUUAUUUUCCUUAAUAUAAAAAAUAAACCCCUUUACUUGUCCGCACGCAUAAACGAUGUUUUCCCUUAAACACCAUUGACGUGAUGUCGUCGACUAAGUUUUUAUAGUACAACAACAUAUUAUUCCUAUACACUUUAUACACACAUACUUGAUAUACUUAUAUUUACGUAUAUAUAUAUAUAUUUUUUUUUUUAUGUAUGGAUGAUAAAUACAUGUGUGCGUCUGCUCUCGUAAAAGGGUCGGUCGAUGUGACGCAGCCAUUCCGAUGGUAUAUAUGUGAGAAAGGUUUUUCCGACCCCUUCUACGGCGGCGAAGGGGAGCAUAAAUCACGGAGUCGUUUUUUGACACGAGUACCUAACGCUCUCCGCAAGGCGGCGUUGCAAGGGAAACUUUCCCGUCGAAACUCGUCGUCAUCGACUAAAAAUAUUAUUAUUACUAUUAUCACCGUGUAUUACUUGCUAUGUAUGUAUACGAUUUAGUUACAGUGCAGUGGAUACGAAACUAGUAGAAAAACGGAAAAGUGUACAUUGGAAAAUUAUUACUAUUGUAGUCCACGACAACGGCGGCGUUGCUAUUAUAAAUUGAAUGAUAAAAUCAAGAGUCGUGAACUUUUGCCAAACGUCUGUGGUGGCGGUAUAAUGUAAUAAUAUCACCGGCAUUUUAUUUAGUCAAUAUCGAUUUGUACUCGCAAGACGGGAAAAUCGUCGACUUAUGAAGUUUUCAAAUUACCACAAUGAUUUUUAUUUUGAACCGGUACAUAAUUAUUAUUGUAAAACUAUUUUUUUAGAUUCUGAGCGAACUGAGAUAGGUAUCGAUUUUAAUAUGAUGUUUUUUUUUUUUUUUUGGUGUCCAAUUCUAUAAAAAAAACUUGCUUCAAUAGAAGAGCUUAUAGAAUCUUCGUUUUCGAAUUUUUAAUCUAGCUGGUGCAUUAAGGAGGUAAUUUUUUGUUUUUCUUGUGAAGAUUAAAAUCCGUGUGUAUACUUUUUCACCGCGAAUCACAUGAUCGGACUAAAUAAUAUUAAUUUUCAUAAUAUUUCGGGGUAUAUUAUUUUGUUCAAAAAAUGACGAGUGAAUAUCAAAUAAAUCAACGAUUCAAAUGAUGUCUUUGUUUUUGAUUAUUAUCGCUAUAAAAUUUUAACCGAAACAACAUCGUUAAUCUAUAUGUAUAUAAUAUACAUAAUAUAAAAUGUAUACUCACACACUUUAUAAUGUAUACCGUCUACAUUAGCUUCGGGGCUGCUGCAAUAUGCAUCCAAUAUAUUAUGAAAUAUAUCUACUUUUUUUGGCCGUACAUGAUCAAUGAUUUAUACAUUGCCACUAUAAUAUAUAUCAUAUAAUAUCUACAAUAACUAUAGGAACUAACCGAAGAUAAAUGAUUCUUUAGAAAAUAUAUUGGCAGAACGUAAAAUAUAUAUCGAAGUAUAAUUUAAAAAAAAUAUUAUGUUCUAUAUAAGUGUAUAUAUUAUAUAAGUAAUAUACUGAUAUUAUAUUUUCGACCGAUUAAUAUUCCGUAGUUUAGUAAUAGAACCGUACCCCGUACGAAAGUAAAUUUCAAAAUAUUUAUAGGUUAUGAGUGGAUCGAAGUAAUUAUACGAAAAGGUAAAAUAAAAAGAUAAAUAAUAACAAUAAUAAUAAUAACGAUAAUGAGUAACGGUGGCCUUUUUUGAUUUCUUCUGAUGGUUUUCGGUUAACACUUUUCGGGGUGUUUAAAAAUUUUCGUACGACUGUUUUAAUAAAUACCUAUAAAAUAUUAAUAGCCGCAUUCAGACGGUAGUUAUACUUUCUAUAAAGAUUAUAAUUCUAAUUUCCUAUACCGGUGACUUGAUAACUUCAAAAACAAACCAAAGAACGUCGAAAUGUUUAAUCGAAUUUUUAACUUGAAUAGUCUGAGUUUAGCUUAGUGCAUUUUUUUUUCGUCUUUUACGUACUUAUUAUUAUAAUUAUUGCGUUUGCGUUCAAGCUAUUAUUACAGUAUAUUAUAGGUUACAUAGGUUACCUAACACACCUUACCCUUAAAGGUACAUUGGUACCCUUAGGUUUGAAUAUUAUUAUUUCUUAUGCAAACCCCACACAAUUUUUAAAAAUGUGUCAUUUUAAAAAUCAACCAUAUCACAGAGAAUGAAAAUUAAGAAUUUUAUAUCUGGAUAUUAAACGUACGUAAAAAACCCUUAGAACGUAAGAAUUAUUUUCGACAUAAACUUUAUCGCGCUGUUUAACUUUGCAACCGAUAAAACUAUAUAAGGUUAUAAAAAAACAAUAGAAAAACCUAUAAUUUUUUUUUCGGUGGCAUGGCGAGGAUUUAAAAACAUGAAAUAAAAUAAACAAAUACACAAAACAAAAGGGCAAAAGUAAGGUAUUUGGAAAAAGUCUCUGACGCUUCGAGAUCGUGUUUUACGUCCGUCUUCGAUUUUACGACUAGGAUCAUUACGCGGUGUUUUUAUUCUGGCACCAUUGUAUACAUUUCGAUUUAAAUCAAUGUAAAAGUCAGAAGGUAUUGAAACGGCUGAGAUACUAAAUCUGCGCAGCUAAAUCACACGAUAAACACAAUGCGAUUGUUCAAUAAUAAAAGCAAUACCUAAAAUCUUUGAUGAAACUGAUAAUAUUAUAAUUAUAUUAUUGCCAUGAUGAACUAUCGCGCAGUAUACAAUUUAAAAAAAAUGUUACUUAUUCCAUUAAAAACGAUAUUUCAUUGAAGCUUAUUAUUAAAUAUUAUCAUGUUUACAAUAUUUAAUGAGAAAAACGGUUUUUCAAAAUUUAAUCAUUCUUUUCUAUAACUGCGCGAUAUUAUUUCAAGAAAUAUUAAUAAAUUACCAAUUGUAUCGAUAAUUGAUACGCAGAUAAUUAAAGUACUCGACAAAUAUUAUAAUAAUAUUCUAUAGCUAUUCAUUAUACAAAUGGAUUCGAUUCAUCAAUUUAAGUUACUGAACAAAUUUCUGACUAUUUUUAUUUGUUUUUAUUUGUAUCAAUUAAAAAUGAAUAGCAGAUACUUUGAGUGCUAUAAUUAUGUUGUUUAUUUGAUAAUUUUGAAAAUUGAAUAAUAUAAAAAUUUAUUUUCGAAUUGCACUAAUAAGUGACUUUAAAUAUAAUGUUUUCAGUGCUAGAGUAAGAGAUAAAUUAUAAUUGGUUUUACAAAGCUAUUGAUAUAUUUUUUUUUACAUUUUUUAUUUUCCAAAAAAAAAAAAAACAAACUCUGUUUAGUACUGCAAUAAACCUGCUCAAACCGUUCAAUUUAAUAACUUUCCUAUAAAUUGAACGGUGUGGAAUAUAAUAUUUUAUAAGCUAUUUAAUUUUAGUUUCUGAGCGGAGCGAUGAAUGUAUUGGUCUUACCAUGAUGUUUAUUAUUAUUAUUUAUUUUUGUGUGUGAAAACUAUACCAGAAUUAUAUACUCCGAUUAUCAAUUAUAUUACUUUUUCUAAAAGAAAAUAUUCUCUGGGUGGUACUUUAAAGAGGUCAUUUUUUGAAAUUCUCAUUAAAUUUAAAAUAAUGAGGAAAACCUGGUUUUUAAGUUAAAAAGGAUCAAAUAAUUAAAAGUAAAGUUGUCAUUGACAACCGUUUUUAUUUAUUUUUUGUUAUUAUUAUAAGUUUUUAAUUACUUUAAUCGUUUUUAAACAAUUAUUGUUAUCAUGGAAACUCACACUGUUGAUAAAGGUAAGUAUAUAGAUACUUAAAAUUAAAUUACACUGUGUACAAUUAAUUGUAUAGGGAAGGUAGGUUUAAGUAGGUUAUUUUUCGAUUUUCCCAAGAAUUUUCUCAUCAAAUUUGAAAAAGUGAAAAUAAACAAAGGAAAAACGGAAAAAUGUUAGAAAUGUAAGUAUUAGCUACAAAUUUUAUGACCUUUUUCAUGUAGACAACUUUUCUACCAGCAAUUUUGUUCCAACUUUUAAUGAUAGCAAUUUUUCUAAAAGGAAAUUUUACUAGGAAGGUAUUUUAGAGUGACCAUUUUUUAUUUUCCUGAAGAGUUUUUCCAGCAAAUAUGAUAAACCAGGAUAUAACAUGGGAAAACCGGGGAAAACGUAGGAAAACUGGGAAAAUCGGUACAAGAUUAAACAAAUAUUAUUAAAGAUAAUAUAUAAAGCCUUUUUAAUUAUUUAACUAUAAUAUGACAUAUAUAUUGUUGACAAAGCAUCACUAUCAAUUGAACUCCGCUCAGAAACUCCUUUUUCGUAGGCAAUGGUUUAUCGUUGCUUAUAGAUAUACAUUAAAUUGUCUAUAACAAUGGCUGAACCCGUCUCCAUUAUCCUAGAACGUCUCCUUAUCUCCAAUGUCAUAAAAAUUAUGAAUACCUAAGGAUUGCGUUAAAAAAAAAAAAAAAAACAAUAACUAGACAUACAUAUUUUGUGCAGAGAUGAGCGAAACAAGAGCGUUUCUUUAUCUUUUAUUAUUAUUGCCAUACUAUAAAAAAAUAUCUGGCAUUUCGUAAUUGAUGUGAAUUUUUAUUGGUCAAUAUGCGUUGCGCAGUAGCCACUUAAAUCCGUUUUCUCUUAAACUUAAUGUAAUAACUUAAUUAGGUAUACCUACCCAAGUAUAUUGAAUGUUACUAUGCGAUACCGACCAGAUUCGUUUAAGGACGACAAAUAAAUGGUUUGAAAAAAGAAUCAACAAAGAUCGGUUAUCUAUAAUAUAUAUCAUUUAUACAUAUUACCUAUUAUAACAAUUUUUUAUUUUAGAUUCUGAGUAUAUAGCGCAAAAGUUAUUCGUUUUGAUGUGUUUUUAUUCUUGGAAAAAACUUUUUUGGUUAUUAAAAAUGAUCUAAAUUGUUUUACGCCAUACCUUAAAUGAUGAGUAAAUAAAUAAAAAGUUUGAUAACAAAUGAAAAUAAAUCAAUUUUAUUUUUGCGUUACUAAGAUAGCAUGUGAAAACAAUACGAACAAUACUAUAAACCUUACAACCCCACUGUACAUUUAAAGUUACAUAACGUUUCAGGAUGUAUGAUUGAAGUUGAAUUGCUAAUAUCACACUUAUACAUUGGCCAAACACCGUGUAUAACAUUACCUUAAUGUUGAUACAAUAUCACUGAGUAGUCAUCAAUUUUGGACAAUAACGGUUGUUGAAAUGUAACUAUCACGUUAUUACAACACAUUUAGUGAUGUUACUGUGUUACAUGUGAACGUCUAUAUAACGUUGUAAAAAAAUGCGCAUGCAGUUUAUCGAACCCCAUUAAAAAUCGCUUUUUGAUUGCAAUGAUUUAUCGUUUCUUUCAAUGUAGAAACUAAAUUAUAAUUACUUAUAGGUAUGCCUUCCUAACUAUCUAACUACACAACAGUAGCAAACCCGUGGUACAAAAUAUGUUCGGUUUUUUAGGUUUCUACAUUUCAGUUUUACUCAAAUAGUUGUGUUAUUUUAACGUGAGCAACUUUGCAUUUAUAUUAACAUACUUUCAGGAAUAAGUACUAAGUAAUUAUAGUGUAUGUUUUAUUAUUUGCUCAAAAAGUCAGAACUAUAAACGCAAUUUGUACAAUUUAAGUGAUAUUACAUUAUAUUGUAUGUAGUCGUUAAAAUUAUUAAAUUUAAAGGAAUCGCGGAAAAAGAAAAACCCCACAGCAUUUUUGUAGAAAAUAAUAAUAUAUAGUUUUUUUUGUCGAUUUUCGUGUACAUUUGAAUACUUAUAUCGAGCCGUAUCGGACCUCUUAGACAAAAAAUUAAUAAAAGAUACUCAUAAAUAAAUAAACCUUUUUACACUUUAUACGGUAUUUCGCGUUGUCCCGUACAAGAAUUAUGUAAUGUAAUGUAAUUUUAUUAAUAUUAUUUAAGUAACCAUGCGCGUCGUGUUUAUCGUUUUUAAUGCACACGAAAGUCCAUUGACGUUAUUGUGUUUAUUGCGCUUCCUCUCGUAAAAUAUCCAUUUUUAUUGUUAACGGUGCGAUGUUUUUUCGCCAUUAUUGGCUGCUCGAAAAACGUCUCGUAAUAAUAUAUAUACUACCAUUUAUUUAUUUACACACCACAUACUACGUUUACCCAGGGUUGGCCAGUAUUUUCGAUACAAGUAUUUUAAUUACCUGUAAAAUUGUAAUGUACAAUUGUAUUUUGUAUUUUGGAAAGUAUCGAAUAUAUUAAUACUCAUUUUGAAGUAUCUAAUUGCCCGUAGGCAUCAGAAGAAGAGACAGGCUAGGCCAUUUUCUCCUAUGGCUUUUUGAAAAAUCCAUUACAAACUGAAAGUGAUUAUACAAAAAUAGGGGAAAUUGUUAAAAGUUUCCGAAAAAACGUUUUUUUUUUUUAAAUACAACAUGCAUGAAAAAUAUAAUUAAUGUUUCAAUUGUAGUAUAUCGAGUAUUAUAUUAUAUUUAGAUACUGAAAAUCAAUGUAUCGAUAACAUGGAUCUAGGUUAUAGAUAUUUAUUCUUACCCAUCCGAGCGUAUAGGUAUCACCAGAAUGAUUCCCAUUACAAAAUUAUACAGAUAGUUUUAAAGAACAUGUUGAUUUAAAUGAAAGUUGAACAAAAAUCAUGAUUUGUACAGACAUUUUCAAUUUUAUUUGCGAAAUACACAUCAAAAUGCUUACUUAAGUAUUUUAUUUCCGGUUGCUUAUUACCAAAUAUAUCUCGCAGUCCAGUUACUACAGCUUCGAGUGAACGAUGUUCUCUAGCGAAUUAUAAAUUAUGAAUACAUAUACUCACCUGCUAUCUGAUACAAAACGAAUAAGACAUAACUAUAAGCAUAUUGUUAUUUAUAAUAUCAACGUAAAGUAAUAUUCAUGUGGUAAAUUGAUUAGGACCGCAAAAUCAAUAGUCAUGUAUUGAGACAAAAGUUUUAAGAACUUAUUUAAUCUUCUCCUUAUCGUUUCUUUUUUUAUAUUUAAUUCAAUUAAGUACAAGUUUUGAUAUGGAUUAUUUCGUUAUUAUAGUAGACUUUUCAUUUUGUCCAUAAUGAUAUAAUUAUUAAAUAUUAUCUAACACAAAGUAAUAUAAUACAUAAACCAUUGUUACUGCUACGUUGUUAGUUUUAAUACGAUACAAUUAUAAACGGCAAAAGCAUGACAAUUAUAAUACGAAUAUUAAACGUAUUAUAAAAAUGUCGGAAACAAACAUUAUUAUUUAAGACGUACACGAUUUAGGUUGGUACUUAAUACUUGACGAAAACGGUCAGACUUUUAUUACCACCUUUAGUGGUGUAAAAGGGGUCAUGGUUCUAUAAUGGAGAUUAAUAACAAGGAUUAUUUCGGAAUCGCACGGACCAUAAAUUUUGGGUCGACUAUAGAGGCUUUGGGUAUACUAAAACGUUAAAAUUAAAUGGCGACUUUCAUAUACCGGUCAUAAUUUCCAGAAAUAUUUUAUACAGUUUGUUUUUAGUCACUCUAUGUACCUACUUGAAAUACUCAAAUGCCGAAAGUGUAUGAUGGUUAUGUUGAGAAAAUUUGAUGUUUCUCCGUUGAAAAUUGUUAUUCAUUAGAUUUUAAUUAUAAAUAGAUAUUAAAGUCUCGUGGCGUUUGUUUUGUGAUGUAAUGCCAGCAUAUAACACGGUACGGUAAACAUAAUAAAUUCGAUUUUGAAUAGGUACACGAAAUUAUUUUAAACUUACCGGGUUGAAAUUAUUAUUAUUUCUUUUUUUUUUUACUGUGCUUUCGGUAUAUUAAAUUUGUCACGGACAAUUUAAAACACAUGGCAUGUCAUAAUAAUAUGAGUAUUACAAUAUAAUCGUCAAACGGCGUGUAAUGCAAAUCACGCCUAACAGUUUUGUUUUCUUCUAAAGUCGAUUUUAAAUGGAACGUCUGUUUUUAAGUAUACCUAUAUAAAUAUUAUGUUAGUGUAAAUUAAAGUAAUUCGAGGUUUUGGUUUUAUGUACAAGCAUACAUAUUUUAAUGUAAUGGCCAUUAUAUAUGCACGUCAUACAUAUAUAUAUAUGUAUAUAUAUGCAUACGUACAUUAAAUUCCCAUCCAAUUUUAGUACCUCCGUGUUAUUAUAUCCAAUAUAAGUAAGUCGUGAUUAAAAAUUACCGUACUUCUCUACACAGAAUCUAUAUAAUUACGAGUAGUAUUAAUUCCCAACUCGCUUCGAAAAAAAAAAAAAUGGUACUUAAUAAAAUUAUAAUGACAGCGUAUUAUAUUAUUAUGAUCUCAAAAAUAUACUAUAUGGAAGAGAAAAUGAAGACAUUUCAACAUAAGAUUCUAACGUUUCAAAUGUUCAACUUUGGAACAUUAAAUUGAGUUUUAUUUUUUUUUUUUAAUUACCUAUUCGAUAGAAUUAGAAAUAUUAAAGGUUAAUACAGAUUAAUAAAUUAUUUAAAGACUGUAAAUAUGUUAAAUAUGUUGCAUUUGAUUAAUUAUAUCAAUAUUACACUUUAAUUAAAUCAAAUUUAUGUUUAUCUUUCGAGGAAAGUUAAAAUAUAAGUUAAGUUUAAUUUUAAUUUAACUAAUAUUUAUUUUUACAAACAAUAUUUUUAACGUUUUAUAUAAACUUCAAUUUUUUUUUUUUUUUAAUUAACACAAACAUAAAUAAUAAGUUAAUAUUUUAUUAUAUUGUACUACUAUUAAUACAUUUAAAUUAAAUGGGGCAUUAUAAAAUAAUAUAGAUUCCAUAUACAUUAUAUAUGAAUAGAUGCCAUCGUAAAGAUAUUAUAUUUUUUUUUUACUCAAUAAUGUGUGUAAGUUUCGAGUUUAAAAUAACACCCAAAAUUUAAUAUUUUCGGAAUAAACACACAUUGAUCAACCGUAUUUUCAAUCCGUUUAAUCAUCUUCACUAUGAAAAUAACAAACAAAUUUUUUCAAAAAAAAAAAAAUUAACUUAACCUAAGUCAAAUUAAAUUUGCAAAUUAACUUUUAACUUAAUAAGGAAAUUAAAUUAUUACGUAAUUGUUACUCGUAAAUUUUUUUUUUUCAAUGAACCUAACCUAAUCGAGUUGUAAUCUUUUAACUAUAUCCUGCAGUAAAUUUGCAAAAUUCUAUGGUAUAUAACCGAUUGUACUAUCCAACUACUGAAUUCAAAGUUUAUUUCUUAUUAUUGCACGGUUGAUGUAAAAAAAAAAAAAAAAAACCGUAGGCUUUGGUACAUAUAUCAAUACGCAUAUAAAUGUACCGACUACGCACGGUUAAUCCGACGAAACCGGAGCAGUCACGACAAAUCCUUCCGUCGGGGAUUAGAACGUAUAUUAAUACCGACGUCGGAUAGGUGCGUAUUAUCACGUGCCGUAUGUUAUUAAUUAUUAUAUUGUAUUCGACCGUACAACAACAACAACAAUAAUAUAUUCAAAAAUAAUAAUUCUAUGUAAACGACCGUUAUCACGGUAUUAUAAUAUAGUAACGAUAAUAUUGUAAUACAGUGCUAUUGUGUUUUGUGUGCAGGAUGGCUGGGAGCAAUGUCCACGGGAGUGGCGUUGUUGCUGUCACCGGUGACCAUAGCGUUCUGCCGGCGGAAAUCCACAAGACUGACGGCCGUUAUGGGCGGUCUUAUCACCGCACUGGGAUGUCUUUUCACUAGUUUCGCCACGCAAUUCCAUCAGUUAUUCUUCAGCUACGGCACCGUCAUCGGUACGUAUAAAUACAAAUAAUAUUAGUAGUUCAACAGGUUUGGAAUUACCCUGUGGUUUUACGAUACGGGAUACCGCAGGAGCGGUAGCUCGUGGAUAGGCCGCUGGGGAAUUUAAAUAAUUUCGGUCGAGUAAAUGAUAUCAAUGAUACUGUAUGGUGCGGUUUAGUUUGUAUAAAUGCAUUGGUAAAUCGUUGCAAAGGAAAAACCCAAAUUUAAGCACGGAUUUCGGUAAAAAGGUUGUUUUGAUAAAUUAAAAAUUUUAAUUGAACAUUUUUUUAUAAUUUGCGACUAAGAAAUAAAUUACAACGACUUUUUAACAAAUUGUAUCUUAAAUUUUACAUAAAAAAAAAAAAAUUGUUUUAUUUCAAUAACUAUAAUAUUAUGUAGGUACUGUUUUAUAUAUAUACAAAUAAUAAUAAUAAAGAAAGGACAUUUUUAAUCUAUAAAAUCUUAAAGAAAUACAAUCGAUGUAUAUGUAUGGAUAAUGUCAUAUCGGGCCACUAUAUAGUAAUAUAGUUUGUAAUAUUUAUAUGCGUUGAAAGUUUCGAAAAGCCGAGUAAUGUAUAGUAAAAAUUCGUGGGCUAUAAAAUCAUAAUAUUUCCCCGCCAUCACGUCUCUUAUCAAAAACUUUGAACGUUUAUAAAAAAAAAAAAAAUAAUAAUAAUAAUAAACUACCGGCUUUAUAUUCUUGUACUUAUUAUACUAUAUUCGUGUAUUAUACGGCGAAAUAUUCGGAAAAUUAUUAUAGUUUUAAAAAAUUAAAUUAAAAUUUAAUAAAGCUAAGAAAAAAUGAAACCCAUCGGAACAAAGACCAUAAAAUAUAAUAUACAUUUUAUAUGAUUUAUCUAUUACGAUUUUUUUUUUAUUAUGACGAUCGGAUAAAACAUUCGAAAUAAUCACAUAUACAAUUAAAUUAUAACGGGUUGUCGAGGUAAACAGGUUAUUGUAUACUAUUUUGUGCAGGUUGUGCACGAGUAAUUAUAAAUGUUAUUAAACAUUGUUGAGCAUUAUAAACAUUUGGAUGAAAAAAAGACUUACCGUUUUUUGUGCCGUUAAACUCAAAAACUAAGGAUUAUACCAGCCAUUGCAAGUUAUGCGCGUAAUAAAAAUAUCACGACAGCAAUAAAACGUCACUCUCUUUACUGCACGCGUGCGUUUCAUUGUGAUACUCAAAACACCUAUCGAGUUGUGCUACAAAGGUCAUAUACAAUAAAUAAAUAACAUUUUUAUUGUUUUAUUAAAGCCGUAUUUUUACAUAAUACUAACCGUGACAGCUAAAUUUAAAUGAUAUAAAAACGGUUUUUUUUACUUUGCGUGAGUAUGGAAACCAGAAAUCAGAUUUUUGUAUCCCAAGUUAAAAAUUCAAACGUGGCCACUUAGGAAUUGAGCUUUUGAAAAAUCAUUUCUUAUCGUUUUUCAUUAUAUUUAUUCUUCUGGAAAUUUCGAGAACACAAAUCGAAAAAAUUAUGAUUCACUUGCAUAAUAUUAUCAACCUGCUCACUAUAAUAUUUUAUGAAGCAUAAAUUAUUUAUGUUUUUUUGUUAUCUCCAUGCCUCAACAUUUCGUUUUUGUUCAGUGAAAAAUAUUUAUAAAUCAUAAACUAUGUAUUAAUUCUUUUUGGUUCAUUAAAAUAAGAAAAAAUUAUAUAUUUUGCAUCUGCUUGAAGUAUAAAAUUAAAUGUUGAAUUUAAUAAGUUUUAUCCACUAUUUGCUUUUUGCAAUUUGUGUCUGGUUAAAAAUUAAUCUAUUUUUUCGAAAUUUUCUGAAAGUAAAUCUGAAUGGGAUGGUUCUUUAGGGAAAUAAUUUUUGGUUUUCUCAUUAUUUUUUUAAUAUAUUGUAAAAACCGGAAAAUGUACAAAUAUGUGUAAUAAAAUAUAAUUUUUUUUUUUCUUGUGAACAAUUUUUCUACUAGCAAUUUUGCUUCGAUUUACAUAAUGAUAGCACUUUUUCUGAGAGAAAAUUUCACUAGGGAUGUACUCUAAAGUUUAAGGAGGUUUUAUUUUGAUUUCCAAAAAGGAGUUUUGCCAAUAAAUUGGAAAAUCAGGAAAACGGUAAAUAGGUACGGUAUUAAACAAAAAUUAUUAAAGAAAAUAUUUAAUGCAUCUGUAAUUAUUUUACUAUUAUUUACCUUAUAUAUUUUUGCAAAUCAACACUAUCAACUGAACUCCGCUGAGAAUUGGUUUUUUGCUAUAGCAAUGGUUAAUCAUUGCUUACAGAAAUAAUAGUACAUUCAAUUUCCAACUGUAUCCUAAUUUUCCACUUUACUAACUAUAACAGAGGUUAUAAUCGUCCCCAUUAUCCUAGGACAACUUUUUUGUUCUUGAACCAAACGUACACUAUAACCAUAGGCUUUAGUGAGUAGACUAGCCUUGUAAUAUAAAAUGCAAAUAUAGUUCUAUUAAAAAUGUUUGUUGUUGUUGUUGAUUAUAAAUAAAUGUUAGAGUGACUGUUUGAAGAAAAAAGUUAUGAAAAAUAUAGUUUUAUGUACGUAUACGUAUAAUAGUACUUUUCUGGAUAAUAAACGAUCUUAAAGACAAAAUAUAUCGACCGAGAAAAUUAAUAUUAAAAAAAAAAAAAUACUUAUCGAACUAUAGCUGUAUUAUAAUAUGUCAUUAAUUUCAAUGGUAAUAUUGUACUUGUGUGGGAUGGUGGCUAAUGAAAUUGACUUUUAAGAAUUUUUGAAUCAGAUAAAACAACUUUAGGGUUUAUGGUAAACUAAUUUUAAAAGGCAUGGAAAAAUAAUCAACGAGUAAUCACAAGAUUUAUAAAGGGCCGUUAACGUUUAAAACGGCUUGUGCAACGCAAUGUGCAGAAAUAACGAAAUAACACUUUUAAAGCUGUUAUAAACUGAAAAUCAAGAGAGAGAGAAAUCCAGAAAAUGAUGGUUGGAUGUUAUUUGGAAAGUUUAGCAUGGUCAGAAAAAUAUUGCCCAGGAUCGGAAGAAAUAGAGGAAAGUAGUAUUGUUAAUUUCCUAAAGAUAGUGCUCUAAAAUAUAGAUAGGCGCAUACCACUUUUUACCGAUAUUCCAAUAUAAAACCGAUAUUUUUUAUUUCAAAAAAAGAGCUGAUACUGGGUAGGGGUGAAGCCACUGUUAUAAGUGUAAAGUUUAAAAGGUAGGUCUUUUUUGACAUUUUGGUAACUUUUUUGUGAAUUUGAAAAAUGCAUUAAGCCUUCGCUCUGCUUAUUACCAAACUUAAAUGUAAGAAGAUUAUUAUGUGCAAAUGUAUUUUCGAUAUUUUUAUUUUUAAGUGAGAUAUGAGUAUGUAAAUCAUCACAAUUUUAAAAUAAUUAUAUAUUGCUCGAAAAUCAAAAUAUCGAAAAACAUCAACGCUUGAGCAUAUGUAAUCAUCUUACCUUUAAAUUACGGUAGAAGAUGUCGGUGUGGCGUCUAACUUAAGUCUUAUAAUAUUUUAAUAACCUACUAAAUAAAAGUACACAUUAUAAAAACACGAAAAUAUCAAAUACCUAUAAAUAGUCUAAAAAUAGCUAGAAUAUUUUGAAAAUUGUAUCACGUUUACAAAAGGCCAAUAUUAGUAUAUUUCAAACACUGCAAGUAUCUACGAUAAUUUUUAACUGAAAAAAAAAAUACAAUAAUAUCGUACACUUGGCUGUAUUUCCUAUGCCUUUUGCUGGUUUUUCAUAAUUAUUAGUAAAACUAUACGGUAAAUUAAACAAAAACUUUCUUAUUCACGAAAUAGAACAAAUAUUCUUUCAGAAAAAUAUACUAUUCUUGAAAUUUUGACAAUGAUUUCUGAUAGAAAAAUACAAUCUUAACAAUUUAACUAUUCUCUAUAUAGUCUAUACAUCGGAGCAAGAUUUCUGGUAAAAAAGUUAUUCACAGACCGAAAAAAUAAUACAUCAUAGUAAAACCAAUAGGUCCUUUGCUACGCUCUGAAUCUAAUAUUGAAAAUCACGAGUUCAUAUUACGAUAUUAUUUUACCAUUUUACCGUUCUUAUCUAAGUUCGUUGUGUAACCAGUAUAUUUUUAAUCGUGGUUUAUAUUGAAAUUAACUGAUAUAACGCCCGAUGGUUUUUAAUGUUUUUUGCAUAUUCCAGAAACAUUAUAGACAUUUUUCUCAGAAACUGUAGGCCAAAAUAUCGGUUUUUUUUUUCAAUACCGACACCGAUAACAUUUAUAUAUCGGCCCAUCCUAAUAGUUAUAAAAGUCAAUAUGAAGGAGACCAAUACAACUACGAGCUAUGUUUUGCAGAAUUGUUCUUAUUCGUUCGCUAUGAUUUCUUGUGCUAUUGAGUGUGUAAACCAAAUUUCUAUAUGUCCCGACUAUGUGUUCUUUUUUUUGGGGGGAGGAGGUUAUAUUAUAUCAUUAUCGCGUCUUUUUAUCGAUUACGUACAGAAAAAAGUGUUCGGGGCGGUAUCGUGACGAUACAAUAAUAAUAAUAAUAAUAAUAAUAUUGCAUCUUACGACUUCAUAUCAACAAAUACUAUAUUAUAAUCAUAAAUAAUAAUAUAUUAUUAAUAACCCCGAAAACCCAGAGACUAGAGACUGAUAACGCGGCCGCUGAUUAUAUUUUACGUAUGGUGAUGGUGAUGGUAAUACUACGGCGGCAAAACGUCAUUCGUCGCCUACGUUUCCGUGGCGUGGAACUCGUAUAAUAUAUUUUAUACACACAUCGUCAUCGUAUAGUGUGUAGUUUAUAUUUGUACGGGUCGUAACAAUAUUUAUUAUUACUACGUUAUUGUUAUCGCGUUCGUGUCUGCGGUUGACGGUGUUUGAAAAAAAAAAAAAACUUGAAAUAAAAAAAUAAAAACGAUCCGCCGUAUACAGUGAAAUUCGACCGUUUCGCGGACCGGACGGGACGUGACCGAAAUUCAAUUGUACUGUUAUUAUAAUAUUAUUUUAUUGCACGACCACUGUAUGUUUAGUCGUAGUUGCCUUGUCGGUUUUAUAUUAUUUGGGUACGACCCGCCGCGAUAAAAAAAAAAAAUUACCAUCCCGAAUGAAACGUUAAAAUAAUAAAAGAUAGUAAGCAAUAAUGAUAAUAACAAUACAUGCGUGCUCGAUAUUAUAAUAAUAUUAAAACGAAUAAUAUAUUACGCAAAACUCGCCCGAGUUCCCUACCGAACGUUAAAACGGGAGUCCUGGCGAUAAGGACAAACAGAAUAUAGCCGAUACUGGGGACGGGCGUGCCACUGUUUCACGUGGGAAGGUGGGAUACAUUAAGUUAUUGAAUUAAUUUCAAUAAACCGUUGCUAACGAAGUACGAUUCUAAGUGAAGUCCAAUUAUACAUGUUUUGAAAUGCCGUAAUAUUUACGAUUUUCAUCAAAACGAUUACAUUAAACUCUAUUUUUUUUUAUUAAUUAAGUACAACUCAUAAUGAACCUUUUGUUAAAUUUUCAAGUAUUUUUGUUUGAUCAAACAAUUUUAUCAAUAUCCACGUAUUACACCUAUCAAUGAAAAACAAUGUAAAACACUAGAAAAUGUAAAAUGCCAAUAAAUAGCUUCACAAUGUUUUCAGAAUAUUUUGAAAAUAUUAUAAUUUAUUAGAAACACCAAUAUAAGUUUUUUGUUGAAAUAUUUUCUGGUUUUUAGGAAUAUUUCAACUGAAUUAUAACAAAAAAACAAAAUUGAAACUAUUAAAGGCGUUACUUCCGAAAAUUUCUCUGUUUUUUAUACGUUUUUUUUUUCGGUUUUGUUCAAUUAUUAAGUAAUAAUUAUUACGUUAUAUUUACAAUGAAGACGACUUAAUUAUAAAUUAUUAUUUUUUUUUUUUUAAUUUUACGUGGUCUCAAAAACCAGUAAAAAUAUUUCAAUGACGGUAGUAUCUUUUUUGUGAUCAUUAUAUUUCCAAAUCCGUACACUGCAAGCGUUUCAAAACUUUUAGUUUUAGCAGUUAUCCCAAAAGAAAAAAAAAAAAAAAACCCAUUUAUUUUUAUCAAUCUUAUUAUUAUAUGUAUUUAUCGCUGAGUUCAGAAAUCGAUUUAAAUAGAAUUAAAAUGGUCCGAAAUUCAAACGAUCGUAUGUAUAUAAUUAAAGUUUAAAUAGCGAGCUCCGUUUAAAGUUUAAUCGCGUUUUAGCAUACCAAGAGACACGUUAUUAGAAAUUACGUUAUACCUACAUGCUGUACGAGUAGAAUACGUCACACAUUUUAAGAUUUCUUUAUAUAUUUUUGGACACUCGUGGCACGGAACAUUGAGUUUACCAAUAUAAGGUUCAUUACGUAGAUUAUAUAUACGUAUUAUUAUAAAACACGAAAUUGUCCAAAUUCGGAAAUGUUUCUUCGUUGUUUUGAAAACCAACAUAUUAAUAUAUUACUAUUUGUAUAUGUUGUUGUGCGUACCUAUUAUUCUUACAUAAAAAUGUUGAAAGUUACAUAUCUAUUUAUGUAACUUUCAAAUUGUUUUUUUUUUUUUCAUAACAACGUGUACUGCAGUCCAUCAAAGACACAUUAUUAUAUUUUUGUAUGUAUUGCAUAUUAUUUUAUCAUGAUGCACACGUCAAUUCGUGCAUAUUAAACCGAAGAGACAAACAUAAUACAACAAUAAUAAUAAUAUAUUAUGUCAACUGUGUUAUCAAUAAACGUGACUCGGUUACAUUAUUCGACUAAACCACGAUUUUACACUACAGUAUAUGUAUAUAAUAUGUGUGCCACAAACUAGUCUAAAUUAUUCUAGUAUAAUAUAUUAUACACUAUGUGUAUCGGGUGAUAUUUAAUAAAUGUAAUUUGUGAAAUAGUUUUAUUAUGAUGUCUAUUUAAUCACAUCAAAUUGGAUAUAUAUAUAUAUAUAGUAGAAUAAAUAUUAGUUUAACUAAUUAUUUGUUAGUUCAUGGAACGUUCUUUUUUUCUUAAACAUCAAUAAAUACACAAUAAAUAUUUGUGAUAAUGAUAUAUCACAUGAAAUAGCUUGUAACUUUCAUAUUUUAUAGUAAAAUAUAUUUUGGAAUGUACAAUAUAAAUUAAUUAUAAAUAAUUCUAAAAUAAGUAUAUCCAACGAGUAAAACUUUCCAAUACACAAAUACUGUAGAUAAAACUCGCUAUUUACUAAAAUACCACCCUGACGUGUGUGAUUGGAACAAGAUCUCCGGUCAAAAACAGACAGAAUUUACAAAAUCAUAAAAAUAGCUGACAGAAAAGGACAAAAAUAUGGUAAACAAUAAACACAGAUAAUAUACUUUUUUAGCUAUAGAUAAAUAUCUUGAAAAUACAUAUUUCCAUACCAUUUAUGUGUAUUGGUAUAAAUGCAAAUAUAUAGGACGGUACAGAUAAUAAAUUGGAUGCAGCCAUUGCACUAUAUUAUUUAAUAAAACAGGUGGCGUUUAUAGCCUAGAAUACACCAUUUUUCUUUUUUAAAACUUGGUGUUUAUUAAGUAUAAGCUAUACAAGAUGUAUAUUCGAGAUCUUAAUGCAUCUCUUAUGUAAUAUGAACUGAUCAAGCUGCCUAACCCGCCUUAUCAGUUUCCAAGAUUUGCUUAGAAUUUUUUUUUCGAUUUCAACGGUUGAAUUGCUUCUUUUAGUAGGUAAACACAAUUUGCAUUUAUUUUACACCUAUCUAACUUUCUAUCUAAAUAAGAUGCUUACUUUCAGACACUGUCCUGUACGCGAUGCAUACAGAAGACGACAUAUAUAAACAUCCAAAAUUAGUGGCUCACCGACAUUUUAAUUCAUUAUAAUUGUACAGAAUAUUAUGACAACAAACGAAAUUAACUAUUUUCUUAUAAUAUCUAAUUAUUUUCCUUUAUAAUUAUUGUUAACAGUUAAUUAGUAAAUAGUUUACCCUAGGAUUACAAAUAAAUCGUCAUGAUCUUAUUUGUUUUUGGAUGUUGCACUGUCAGUGUAAUAUUAAGUAAAUAAUUUUAUUUAAAGCAAAAGAAAUUUGACUUGGCACGGUUUUUUUAAUGACCACUAAGUUCUAUACUACAUAUUAGAUCUGGAAUGUACUAUUUCUGUUCCUAAGAGUAUUAGAUUAUAUAUAAUAUUAUAAUCGUACUUAUAUAUAUAUAUAAGCAUUGAUAUUUUUUCUAGUCUCAACUUUACGGUUAUUCAAAUUUUCGGUUAUAUGGUGUUAAAGUGCACGAAUUAGAAACUUUGAAACUUUUCUUCUACAGAGCAAAAAAAAAAAAACAGAUUCAAAAGUCGCAUUGGAAAUUGUAUAAAAUAAAAACAAUGGAAUUGUCUCAUGUAGUAGAAAAAAAAUGUGACUCAACAAAUAUUUCUAUUGUAACUAAAAAAUAAAAAAAAUAAUAUAGCUGCAAAAAAAAUAAAUACUCGCAUAAAAGCAAUUUCUAUGCGAGUUGCUUCGAGAGCUAUUUAUAAAAUAUUAUUGCACAACCAAAAUUUUUUUUACCGGUAAAAAAGAAACUUGGGUAUAUUUUCUCGUGUGAAACGAUAACGGUGCACAUAUAAACCAAAACGAAUAAAAACAAAUUACACAUAGAAAUCAAACGAAAAGUGUGGAGAGAAUAAAGUUUUAUUUUUAUUUAUUUUUUAAGUGAUAAAAAAAAUUACUCGAUAGAAAUUUCAAUAAUAUACUGACAUUGGGUUUUUCUAUUCAACAUAAUAUUGGAUACUGUUCUUUAUACGUUUUAUGUAUAUAGAGUAAUUUUUUUAUUUACAAAUAGCGAACAGCAGCUCCAUGUAUACCAGAUACCAAAAGAGAAUAUUUUAAAGGACGACGGAGGGUUAUUUUCCAAAAAUUGAUAUAAAAUAGUUUUAAAGUUUAAACAAUUUUAUAACGAUUAAGAAAAAUAGAAAUCAAAUUUACUUAAUAUCACUAGAACAAAAUGUAAAAAUUACUUUCUGUAUAAUUUUACUUCACUUCAAUAUUGUUUUUUUUCGUUUAUCAAUGGUACCGAAUUUGAUUAAGUACAUAAAUAAAAUAUUUUAUAAAACGUUUACAAAUAUUAUGUUACGUGAAUAAUAAUUGUAUCGUGUAUAAAUUAUUAGUGAAUUUGUAUUAUUCAGAUCACGUGAAGUAUAAUCAUAUUACGCUAUGGGUUUUAAAAAAAAAUACAUAUCUAAAAUGAUAAUAAUAUCGGUACCUACAUCGAAUAUAAUUUAAAAAUAAAUAUAUUUGAAAUAAUACUGACAUUAAUUAUCUGAUUUGUAACAUGAAUAAAAUCGAUUUUAUAUUUUUUAUUCUUAAAUUAGGUGUCUGUAUGUAUUAUGUGUGUUAAAAUAUUAUUAUAAUAUGUUUUAUAACGAUGAAUAGUUUCAUUUGAAAAAAAACAAUAAAUAAAUAAUUAGUGCAUUUUUAAAAUAUGUACGCAUAAAUGUUUUAGUACAUGUUACUUACAAUUUUCAUUCUAGUACCCGAUGAUAACAAAUCAUGAGGGAAAGAGUGGGUGACGCGAGCAUAAAAAUAAAGCAACCAUGUAGUGAACUCCGUAAUGACAGUGGAGAGGGUGUUAAAAUGAUGAGAUGGAUAAGUGAACGUGAUAUAUUUAACGACAUAAAAUAUAUUAAUUUUUUCGAUCGUUAAUUAUCGAUUGGAAAACUAUAGUUAUUGUGUAGUUUUUUUUAACUCUAUUUUUCAUACCAAAUAAAUUGUACAAUUUUUUUUUUUAUUAAAACAAUUUAUUGUGUAACAUAUACCUCUUCAAUAUUUACAAUAUUAAUAAAAAAACAUACAUCAACUUUAAUUUUAAAGAAUACAUAUUGACCUCAUCUGAAUAAAUCGUCUCAAAAAUAUGAAUUUCUACAUUUAAAUACGAGUAAACGGUACUUGGUACUUAUCAUACUAAUUUAAUAAUAUAAAUUGACUUGCAGUAAUAUUCUUUAUUAUAAAAUAUCUUUUGAAGUUAUGAUUUUGUAAUCAAAUCGUUUAUAAAAACUGCAUAUUCUAAACUCUAGUACAAAUUAAUUAUUUAUUAAUAAUAUACAACAAUAUUGUUAUAAUAAUCACUUCAUAUAUACUAAAUUAUUAAAUAAACAAAUAAAAUAUAGAGUAUUUUUAUUUUUUUUUUUUUUUUUAUUGUGUACAGUUGAUUUUAGUUUUUUAGUCAUUAUAUAAAAUGGUUUAAUAAUAAUAAUAUCAUAUAUAAUAUUUUCAACAUUUAUUACGGUAAUCUUUUACUCUUAAAUUUUAAAUAGCAUUUCUCCCUUCUCCUUCAAAAUAUUCUUAAGAUUUUGAUUAUGCAAUGCAAAACACUUUUUCAAACUUUUGUUGAAAAAGAAAUAUCUAAUUCGGAAAUCUAAAGUUAAUUUUCAUUUAAAGUAUAAUGAGUAGGGGUAAACAUUUUAAAAAAAGUAUUCCAAUAAAGGUUAAAUAGUUUCAUAGAUAAUUUAAAAUAAAACAAACAUCAAAUUAGCUUACAAAUAUCUAGAUGAAAUCGCUGGAUCAUCAUAAAAAAAUAAAUAAAUUCUGUGAUAUAAUAAAAAUAUAUUAAUAUAUAUUAAUCAUAUAAUACUAAUAAAUAAUUUUUUUCGAAUAUCUCCUCUUAAUAAGAAUUUUAAUAUUAAUUAAACUUUUGUAACAAAACAAUUAUUUAUCAUUUUUUUCUACUGUAUAAAUCCCUUAUAAUCCUAAGCAAAUAAUAUUGUUCACUGAUCUACAUAUACAUGUAUAUUUAAUGUAUAAAAUAAUAUAGAUUAGUUAUACAAAUUAAAAAUAAGGAAAACAAAAUUAUUACCACCAUGCACGUUGUUAAAUAAAUUGUAUAUUAUUUAAUUAUAAUAGUACAAAAAUAAUACAAAGUUGAUGUGUUCAAAAGGUAGGAAAAAAGAAAAAUCCUAACAAUAAAUUAUUAACUAUGACAGAGUUACUUUGUCGAUUAAGAUUUUUUGAAGAUAUUUUUGGAAUUAUGGUGUAGGUAGGUACGCGUAAAUAGUAAUUCCAGUGAAAUUUACAUUUUUCCAUUAUAAACUUUAAAUGUUUUAUAAUAUGAAUUUACAUUUUUAUUUUUAAAAAUAAUGGUUUUUAUUCUACUUUGAUACCUUAAAGCGAUAACACGAAAACGUAAGGAUACAAUUAAAUGAAUACGAAAUAAUUAUCUUGGAACUCAUAUUAUGGCGUAUUAUACAUCCAUAAUAAUUUACCGUCAAAUUUUAUUUGCCUAUUUAAAAAAACUAGAAAAUGAUAAAAAUAUGAUUUGACUGUAACUGUUUAAUAUAAAACAGGUUGCUUACUAAAAACACUUUUAUUUUGUAUACAGUGUGUUUUACUCGAAUGGAAACGCGAAAUAUUUUGGCCAGAUUGAUUUGUAAUUGGAAAUUGGGUGUGAGCUUUUUUUUUUUUUAAGGACAUCGAUGGUUCUAAUAAAUACGAAUUUUUAGCAUAUGUUUUUAGCAAAAUGUUAACCCUCACGGUGAGCUUAUGCGCAAUACAACUUACAACUUUUUUUAAGUUGAAACAACUAUUUUUAACUUCAAAUUCAAACUGCAAUAUUUUUAACAUAAUAUUAUUAAUAUAUAUGUUUGCAUUUUUUAAUUGUCUUUUCAAAUAAUUUAAAACGCAUUUCUUUAGAAAUAAGACAUUUGACCAAUACAUUUUCUGUAGGUAAACAACUAUAUAAAUAGAUGCAAAGAUAAUGAUCAAAUAACAACGGCAUAAGUUUUUACUUGUUUAAAUAUAUAGGGCGUUUUUUAGGUAAUUUUUGAGGUACAAAAAAAAGAAUGUUAGUAGUUAUCAAAGUUGCUCAAUUCGAAUCUGGUGUUGAAAAGGGUGUUCCCCUUUUAGAAAAUGUAAGCUAUACAUUUUUCUCGUAUCAAUGUACGUCUGCCCGACUGAAAUAUUUCGCUUUACCGUAUACGAGCAAAAACAUACACUGCGUAUAGAUUACAGUAUUGCACACAUAACGAACGAUGUGAAAGAACAUAAUAGUAUUCUACAUAGUAUAUAAUAUACCUAGUGAAUAUCCGCGAACGAUCCAAACGGAACGGAUAACAGCUCUUGCGACAAAAGUAUCUUCGUCCGAAUGUAUAAAUUAUUUAAAGGGGGCAAAAACCGGGUUUGAAUGAAAACCUUUGAAUUUAGGUCACACGGGUGCAGUCAGAUUUUAUUCAAAGACGAUAGUUGAUAUGGGGGGGGGAAGGUGGAACAAACCGCCAUAUAAUAUAGUUUCAGCAUUAACCAAAGCUAUUAUACACGAGUGUUUACGAAUAUUAUUAUUAUUUUUGUACAUUGUUUGAUACACAGCUAUAUUGUGUGUGCGUGUAAAAGAAAGAAAACGAUUUUAGGCGAAUAAUAAUUACCAUAGUAUUAUUAUAAUACCUGCAUGAGCAGACCACGUGUAUACCGAAUAUAUAUAAAACGCACAAUAUAGACUCGAAAAAAAAAAUUUAAUAAUAAUGUGGCAACGGUAACACUAUUCGAUUUAACGUAUUGUCUUAUAAAAUUAAUCCCGGGAUUAAAAAAAAAAAUACUAAACGAUUUUUACAUUCAUAAACUAUAUUUUGUACUUGAGACCACCCACUUAUAAGACGUAUAAUAAUAAUUAGAAAAUCAAUUUAGAAUCUGGGGCACGUAUUGUACUUUUUACCAAAAAAAUAUAAAUCUCUGAAAUAACUUUUUUCCUCUUUAUAAACGUACAAUGGUUUUCGCCUUUGAAGUUUUCAAUUCCUCGAAAAUUAUUACCAUUCUACACACACGCGUGACGAUAGUACAACCACUAAAUUCUUAUUAUUUAAAAUCGAAUAAAAAAAAACAGCUGAUGCUACUGAUAGGCGUGCCAUUGUUGUAGCUGAGUAUUUGAGGAGGUAGUAUACAUAAGUUAUUUAUUUAUUAGUUUUUUGUUAGUAAAAGUCUUAACGAAGUUCGGUUAAACAUAUUUUGAAAUGCCGUGGUUCUUAUGAUUUUUGUUUAAUCUAAUUGUAACAAAAAAGUUGUUCGAAAAUUAUAAAAAUGUUAUUGCUGUUAACUUCCUAUUUUUCCUACAUUUUUUCAUGGAUAUUUCCUGAAUUAUUAAGAAAAUUACGAAAAAAAUUAUAAAUCUAUAACUCCAAAACGUACCAACUAAUUUUUUAUCAUAAAAGAUGCUACUUUCAUAAGUAGGAACAAAAUUUUUAUUGAAAAAUUUGUUCACAGGCACAAUAAAAAAAAUCGCAUAAAUUAAUAAUUUAAAAUUACAGUAAAACCAAUAUUUUCCUCGUUGCAUUGAAAUAUCGUAAAACUUUAAAAAACACGUGAUAUACUAAACUUUUUUUAGAUUCAGAACGUAGCGAACUAUGUUUUCUACUAGACAUUUUGCGCCAAUAGAAAAACAAGAGAAUUUUCGUACUUUAUUUUGGAUCUAGAUGGUCACCGAGAAAUUCGUUUUUUGAUUUUUCAAGUAGUUUUCACAAUAAUUGGGAAAACCAGAAAAAGAAGAAAAAUAAAAAACGAUUAUAUUAUUUUAAAUAUUUUUACACGAUAUUAUGAAAUAUUCUGAAACAUCAGAAAUAUUUCUGCCCCAACAGAAAGCAACUAAGAAACCUUUUUUGUUGAAUUUUUAAUCUUGUUGAUGAUUAUGAAAGUCGUUUACUUAUUUUGCCCGUAUUUUUUUUUAAUAGUUGAAAAUAACCGAAAAAAACAGUAAUGUAUAUUCAAAAAAUAGCAAUACCACCUAUAUAUUUUUCUUAUAAAUUAUUUUAUAUAAUUAUAAAAUUAAAUAAAAUCCGAAUAUUAUUAUUACGUUUGGUCAUAUUUUAUAUUACCACUAAAAGUGUCGAGAAAUGAUAAAAAUUGUUUUUGAACUCUGAGAGGAAAAGAUGAUAAUAAUAAUAAUAAUAAUAUUUUUAAUACGAACGUGCACUGAAAUCCUUAUUAAUUGACUUUUUUAAAACUUCUGCGACGAAAAAAGUUUAAAAAGUUUGAAGUUUUGCCAACAGUACUGGCAAUACUAUCAUUGUGGUUACGUAGGUAUUCUAUUUCAAAACACGAUACACUUUUAUGAUAAAAUUCCGCGUCGUACGAGACUGAGGUAGCCAAAAAAAAAAAAAAAACCAAAAAAGUUUUUCCUGUUACAUAAUGUAUAGGUACCUAACUUAUAUAUGUAAUUAUUGUUCCGUAUCAAAGUAAUAUAGUAUUUAUUUUGUAAUCGUUCUUUGGCAUAAAGUAACUAUUUAAUAUCAUACUGAUGAUAAACAUGCACAAUUAAUCUGAAUUAAACUUUAUUUAUAAGAUUUUCUAAGAUUGUAGAAAAUUAUCUCGGACAUUAUCCACAUAGAAGAAAUAUCGCUAAACAUUCCGGACAGAAAGAGUACAUAAAAUUCAUCCCGUAUUAUCAAUUCGCAUUGAAAUAUUUCAAAUAACAAGGUAGCACUGGGUAACCGAGUAGUGAAUAUAUCGCUGCUAGGUAGUAUAACAAGCAUUUUAUCGAUCCGGUUACUUUUUUCAUGAUUGUUUUAUCAUAAUAUUAAUAUAUAUGGCUGAUAUAUAGUUGAUUAUAUAGCUGAUGUUGAUUGGUUUUUUUUUUUUAAUUGGUAUAGGUAAUGUUAAAUUAAUGUUUUUUUUUGUUUGAAUGAUUAUAGUUAAAAUUCUAUUAACUGUGUCGUUUACAUAAGGCAAUUGAUUAUUAUAUUUAUUUCUCGUUCGUACGAAUUGAACAAAAAAAAUGUGAGUAAGUAUAUAAUUAAUAUCCCGUAAAAAAAAUUAAUUUAAUGUUUGUUUACGAACGCAGGUACUUACCCCGUACAUUAUAAUUUUCGUGUUUCCAAUUAAUAAUAUAAUUACUUUUUUACGAAAGGUUUAAAUACGGAAUUACAUUUCAAUUUUAGCUACGUAGGUACCUACAGCCCACACCUAUCCAACGUAUUUAUUGAUAAUUAUUAUUUAGUUCAGACGUUUUAUUUUUCUAUACAUAAAUUAUGCUCAUCUCAAUUAAAUUUUAUGCGGUGUCUCUCGAUCAAUAUUAUUAUAUUCUAUUGUAUUUAUUGAGUUUUAUAUAUAUUUUAUUAAAUAUACAGGUGUAUAUUUUAUUCGUUUUACUUUUCGUAAACGUUUUGUAUGUGCAGUUUAAUUGAACUCCGAAGAACAAUAAAAUGUCUCUAAAAAACGUGAAAAAAGUAAAAGUUUCACUUAGUCAUCAACGACAUACAGAGGUAAUCUUUAUCAACAUCACUCGUAUAUAAAUUGUAAUUCUAAAACAAUUCAACAGGGUCGUAUGGUUUUAGAAACUCUCAUAUUUUAUGAUACAGUGAUCAUUUCUAAUGGUCACUCAAGGGGAUUGAUAACGGUGUAUACUUUAAUCGGCUUGGUCUUAAAAGCCAGACAAAGCUGUGAGAAUUGUGUUUGACGAGUUUUCAAUUUGUAAACGGAUUAUGAUUAUUUAGGUUCUUUACUACAGGAUAUGUUGGAAAUCGAAAUAAACUGAUUUUAUUUGAAACGGUAAAAUAUUUUAUUUUUUUUUUAGAGUCCGAGUGGAGCGAAAAGCUUAUAGUUUUAGAAAGAUAUUUAUUUAUUUAUUUUUUUUUUUUAUCUUUGAAUAACUUUUCUACCAGAUGACUCGCUUAAAUUUGUAAGUAUAGCACCAUUUCUGAAAGGAAAUCGGUGUGGGGAAGUACUUUAAGGAAGUCAAUUUUCGAUUUUUUCUCAUGCAUGAAAUGCAAAAAACAUGGGCAAAUCGGGAAAACAGAUAGAUUUUAUUUUACUAACAUGAAACGGCAUUCAACUACACGAAUGUUUCAUGUAAGUUUUGGUUUUAAGGAUGGGAAUAAUGCGCGUUUUUAAUCCUUGUUGUUUGUUGCAAAAUUUACAGUAUACCUUGAAUAUCAUAACUAAUCAGGACCACAUUGAGUUCGGAUAGAAAAAUUUAAAAAAUAUAUCAUUUGUAUAAUAAAUAUAGAAUUAUUAUUACAUAUUAUUGACUUAUUAUAAUUAUUAUUACACAUGAAAUUUAUGUUAUUACUUAUUACGAAUAAAAGAAUAUUAUUAAAGACUUAUUAUACAUAAAGUUAUCAAUAUUUAUUUGAUGAAUCGCUGCUAUGCUCUUUUUCAACAGCUAAAUCUCGCACACUUUAAGAUAAAAAAACGUUCGGAUACAUGAAUUGAAACGAAAUAACGUUCGGAUAAUGGAAGGUUCGAAUAACGAAGUUUUAGAUAAUCGAAGUUCUAUUGUUUAAAUAAAUCGCAUUUUGUUGAUUUUGAAGUGUUAUAAUUAUAGACAUGAAUGUCCUUCUGAUUUGCGAGACCAGAGACGAAAUUUAAAAUAUUUUUUUAGUUAAUUGUAUACACAUGCGCGAUUAUAGUUUAGGUAUAAUCGAACGUACCUAUAUGGGAAAUUACAAUAAAGAUAAUAAUAUUCUGAUCCAAGAUAAUAAACAUAAUAUAAAAUUAUGAUUUAAAAUAUUGCCAAUUCAUCCUUAGUGUCGGUUAAUUUUUAUAGUAUCGGUAAUAAUAAACAUUUAUAAUUUAAAUAGUAUUUAGAUAUUUAUUCAGGGAGAAAUAAACAGCCAGAUUCAAUAUACGUCUCUAAUACAUAAUCAGAAAAUAGUCGUAAAACUGUAAUAUUUGGCAAUGUUACGGAGAAGUACAGAUAAUAUAGCGCGCGCAAUCGUAUUGUACUCGUAUAGAUAACUCGCAUUCUUUUAUGUACAUUUUGAAGUAUUAUAAUCAAAGACAGAAACGUCCUUCAGAUUUGCGAGACCAAAGACGAUAUUUAAAGUAUUUUUACAUUUUGUUAUAGUAUAAUUCGUAUUUUGUUUCGACCACAAGGCCCCAAAACUAAGUAAAAACUCAAUUCUCAGGGCCCGACCCUAUCCGUUUUCUCUCUAAACACGGCCCUGUCCAUAGAUAAUUUAUAUACAUAUAGAUAGGCGUAAAGAAUACACUAUUGUUCUCCGUAUGCUGGGAAGGGUAUAUUUGCUACCAAGGCGGUUACAUGGAUAUAAUUAUCUCAACACUGACAGGAGACAUAUACACUUAUUACUUUGUCAAUAAUAAUACUAAUAAUUAUACACAAUGUAGUCUUUACAAAUAAUAACGUCGUUAAAUUUUAAUUGAAUGCAUAAUAUUACAGUGUACUUUAAAUAUUAAAAUUAGACAUCAACCGAGUUUAAAAAAGUUGGCAGAUUACAUUGAAUAUAGAUAGCCGAUUGAUAAAAUUCGAUCCUUAAUCAUAGAUCAGAAUUUACCGCAUGUAACCAUUAUGAUAACAACUAUACUCUUCUGGCACAGUAUACCAUGUUUACUAAGUAUAGAGAUAUCCCAUUUAUGUAUAUAUUAUCUGCAGUUAUAACUCCAGCGCCGCAUAGUCGCGCUUAUUUAAUAAAUAAAUAUAGGUGCUUACCUACUUUUAUAAGAUAUUUUAAUAUUCUAUUAUUAUAUAAUUGUUUCCAGGAAUCGGCGUCGGAAUGACUAGGGAUUGUUCCACGCUGAUGGUGGCGCAAUACUUCAAACGGAAACGCGAGUUUGUCGAGAUAUUCAUCGUGUCAGGUAGCGGGAUGGGCAUAGCCGUCAUGUCGAGUUUCAUAAAAGGAGCCAUUAGGUAUUGUAUAGUAGAGUAGAAUUUACGUAACUCCGAAUUUCAGUGCAACUAAGAAGAGAUACGCGUUAUUUUUAAUGUUUAGUAUUAUUUGUUAUCUACUACAAUUACAUGGUAUUACAAUGCGCGUUGAAUUGCAGUUGGAAUUUAAAAACCGAUUUUCGAAUAGAGAGUAAGGGCAAUUCGUUGUUUGGCACCUAAGUAAUUGUAUGAUCAGAGUCGAGAUUUUAUUAGAAAAUCUUCGGUACCCUUAAAAGAUACAUGAGAUACUUCCAGAAACAAAUAACAAAUUCGCGAUUAAUAACAUUUUUAAUCGUUAGUUUCAGUUUCAGAAAAAAAUGUUGGCGGGAGGAAGCUCUGGAUAUUAAUAUUUCGAUCUAGUUUUUGUCAAGCUAGAAUAAUUUUUUUAUUUUAUGAAUCACUUAUUCCCAUCAAUAUAACUUAUUUUUUACCCCCUCUCAGUUUAAAAACGUAAAGAAAAAAUAAAGUUUAUAGCCUUAUAAGAGAAUAUAUAAAUCAUUAAUUACAAAAAGGGAACAUUACCCAAAAUUGAAAUUUUACAGAAUCAAAAAAGGACUUUCGUGGUCACCAAAACGAUUAAAGAUUCAGCAUAAAAGAUUACUUGUUUUGUUUUUCAUUAAACUAUAUUUCUGUUAAAAAAUGUUAAAAUAAUGAAAUUAUUGUGCCGCAUUCUUUGUCUUUUGUGGUUCUUCCAGAUUAUUAUGAAAAUUAAUUUAGAUAUGAAAAAAAGGCCUUUCUCUAUUAGUGGCUAUAUAUUAAGGGAAACUCGAUUGGAGUAAUAUUUCAGAUAGAAAUCAUCGCUUGCAAAUAUGAAAAUAAUUAAACCAGGACGACAAGUUGCCGUAAAAAAUUGCCAUUUUACAAAUCAAAAAAAAUUACUUUUGCUCAACAAGAUUUGUAGUAGAAAAGUUGUUCAAAAACAAAAAAAUGUUAAAGAAAAUACAAAAAUAGGCCCCAAAUCUAAACAUACGCAACAUACAAACAUAAACUAACAUUAUAAAACCAAUAUAUUUUCUUGCAUAGCUUAGAAACUAAAAUCAGUUGGCCGUAAUACGUUUCUAUUCAAUUGACACGGGAUAUAACCUGCCUGACCAGAUUUGUAUAGUUAAUACUUACAUAGAUAUACGUAAGCGUAAUAUUUUAUAGGACCCGAGUACCUUAUAUAAUACCGUGACAUGCAUUUGUGUAUCUACGACGUUCAAGUGCAUCAUAUAUUACCUGAAAAGUGCCGGGUAUAUCAUAUUUCUCUCGGGGCUUAGAGUUUAGGAGGCACCGUCAGUCGAUCCCCAUAAAUAUAACACCUAUAAAAGUUUGAUCAUUACGGGAUGGAAGUGUCCACUUUAUAAUUGUCGUUCAGACCAAAAUUGCAAACUGAUAAUUUGUUUAAGGAAUAAUCUUUCACCCAUUCGAAUUUGUUUUUCAGCGCUAUUGGAUGGCGAUUGGGACUGCAGCUGGUUACCGCCACGGUAUUUACGACGUUUCUGUUGGGCACGUGUUAUAGGUCAGCAUCACUAUACCAUCCACAGAGACGUGCCAUCCUUCAUCUGAAGAACCAGAAGAGGAAGAUUAAGGACAAGAACCGGCACGACGACCGGCCGCCUUUUUUGGAUUUUACUACACUCCGCAGUAAGACGGUUCGGAUUUUACUCGUGUCCACCGGUAUCAGCGCUUUUGGCAUAAAUACUCCGAUAUUUUAUCUGGUAAGUACGUUUUUUUUAUUCAUUUUUUAAAAAAUAACCUCAAUCGGUAGAAACUAUUUUCGAUUCUUAGCUUAGUCAAGAAUCUAUACAUUUUAAAUUUUACUUUAUAAUGAGUUUUUUUUUUUCUUUUACUUUUUCUCUUUACAAACAUGAUUUCGACCAAAACAAAUGCUCGAAUUGUCAACAUCAAAGAGAUUUUCCUGUCAAAUUCUAUCUAUUUAGUAGGUUAAUAAUGCUGUUUUCGGAAUCUGAAAUAAGUGAAGAAUGUAUUGAAUUGUCUAUGUUGUUUGUGAAAAACUAUUCUAUCAAAUAUCUUGCUCCAAUUACGAAUUUUAUAUCGACUUACUUGUAAAAAUUUUCAUCCUAGAUAUAUUUUGGAGAUCAUUUUUUGAUUUGUUAUGUAAUUUUAUUAGUAAAUAAAAAAAUCUGUUAAUUUUUAAUAUAAUUUUUAUUUAUUUCUAGAUCUUAAGAAGAAAAACGACAAAUAGUUUUUUUGUUCAGAGUUUCUUUCCGUUAACAAUGAUUUAUCAAUAUAAACGGAUAUAAAUUAAACUAUUAUAAAUAUUAUUUUACUUUCUAAUUUUUCACUUAAAAUAGUAACAGACCCAAAAGCAGUAACUGACUAUUUUGUGUAGAUAUUCUUUGUUAAUUUAGCGAAGACGGUGGAAAAUUAAAGGAAAACUCUGAAAUUUUCACCAUAUACUUUAAAAAAAGCAUUUCUAGGACAUGGUAUGAUUUUUGAGAUAGUUAUAGCUAAAUGCGAUAUUGUCGAAUUUUAUUCAAUUUUAAAUUUUUAGUGUAGCGAAGAAUGUAUUGGUUUUACUAAAAUGUUUAUUUUUUUUAUUUUUAUUUUUUUUUUAUACUUCGUACAAAAAUUGGACAUGGAAUCUUGCUCUGAUAUGUGAGCGUGGCCCAAUUUCAUAAACGAAAUACUAUUCAGAUGAUACUUUGAGAGGUCAUUUUACUGGUUUUCCAAGUGGUUUUCAUAAUAUCUGAGAAAAACCAGGAUAAAAAGAAAGAAAAACGGUAAAUGUACUAAAUUAAUGAUUUUAUUUAUUUAUCAAUUAUGUUCAUUGUUAUAAUUCAGUUAAAAAUAUUCGUGAUGACGUGAAAUUAAGUCGAAAUACUUAUAUUUGCUUUUUCUAAACGUGGUAGUUUUCAAAAAAUUAAAGUCAUUUUUAAGGUAUAUAUAGACAUUUUCAUUUUGAAAGUUUUGUACGUAGUAUUUAUUUGGUAGAUACUCAUUGGUAAAAUUGUUAGACUUUAACAGAAAUGCUUCAAAAAUGAACAGGAGAUACAUCAGGAGUCUUACUUUGUGGUUAAAAAAAAAAAAAUGAGUAAUGUAGUAUUUGUUUUUAAAAAGAAAUUCUAAUACUACAUUUUGACGAAAAAUAUUUGAGUAAAAAAUUAUGUGGAAAAAAUCUAACGUUUCAAUUUUUUUUUUUUAUGAUAUUUAUAUUACAUUGGAAAACCGGGAAAAACGUAGGAAAAAUGGGAAAAUCGGUACAACAUUAAACAAAUAUUAUAAAAAAGAAAAUAUAUCAAGUCUAUUUAAUUAUUUUAUUAUAAAAUGACAUAUUUAUUGUUAACAAAGCAUAACUAUCAAAUGAAAUCCACUCAGAAUCGUUUUAUUUUCAAUUUAAAUUGAGCAAAAAGCAAUUUUUUCUCGUUGCUUACAGAUACACAUUAAAUUACUUAUAGAUAACAGUGGCUGUAUCCGUCUCCAUUAUCCUAGGACGUCUUUUUUUAUGUUGGAUAUAUUAUGUGAAUACAUUUGUUCAAAUCAUCAUUAGUAUUAUUAUUAGAGCCGUGAUAAAGGUUUUAUUUAUUUGAUUACGAGAAUCUAAUCGAUAAUUCAGCCAUUUUAUAGCUUAACUACCAUCCCAUGCAAUGAUCAAGUGCAUAAAUAUUGUCGGAACGUUUGUUUAAAAGCCAUUGAUACCUACUCAUGUGACAGUGGGUUGGGUUAGGUUAGCGGGUUCGGUCAGGGAGAGUAAUAAUAUGCUUUGACGGUUCAUACCGUGUAGAAAUAACAUCGUAUACUUUAUAGCCAUCAGGGUCAAAACAUUAUGAAGAUAACGAAAUGGCAAAUUUGGUGAAAGGAAAAAGGACCGGAUAUUUCCGGAACCGAUAAACUUAUUUUUCGAUUAUAGGAUUAAUACAUUUGUCGACACUUUUACGAUUGUUAUCAUAUUAUACACAUUUCAUUGGUUAUUCGAAGUUUCCAUUAUUUUUACAUACACUCUCCUACCGGAUAACUAAAAAAAAAACAAAGAAUUAAAUCCAAAAACUCUUCUGUGAUGGCUAUUAUCAAUUUCAAUCGUUUUUAGUACACUAUAUAAGCACAUUAUAGGUUAGUAUUUUUUUUGUUUUUGUUCCUUUUAUAAUGUUUGUUCGAGAAAUAUUUUUUUUCCAAACAAUUUUUUGAAUAUGACAUUACAUGUAAGUUUACAAAUAAAAAAACGCGUUUGUAUUUGUGUAGUAAUAUCUCGUAUAGUAUAUACAUUUUUGACGUCGUUCUAAGUGUAUAGAAUUCAUCCUAAUUUCGUUACAUUUUAUUUUGUCUUGAUACAAAGAAGAUAAAUAAACCAACAUUCAAUUUUACUUAUAGUUUUUUCCAACUAUGCUUACGACAAAUUGAAUUUGUUUUACUCGUUCCACUUAAUCACCUCAUCGUGAUUACUUUAAAGUACCGGUUGAAACCGAAAACUUAUUGAGGUAAAAAAAAUCUUCUGUUGUCGAUGAAAAGUAUUUUCUUAUAAUGGUAGUAGAUUUCAACGUUAAAGAAGACUAUUCAAUAAACAAUUAAAAUGCGUAGCAUAGAUAUUAUUAUUCAAAACAGUCGACAACCGCUAUGGAUCCGGGUGACAUAGGUGGAAAACAAACUGCAGUAGUAAAAAGACGUAAGAUAAUGGGGACGGGUGCAGCUACUGUUAUAGGUAAUUUAAUGUAUAUCUGUAAGCAACAAUAAACUAUUGCUAACGAACAAACGAUUCUGAGCAAAGUUCAGUUGAUAGUGGUGCUUUAUCUAUAAUAUAUAUGUAAUAUUAUAGUAAAAUAAUUAAAAAGGCUUUCUAUACUUUUUUUUAUAUUAUUUGUUUACUGUUGUAUAGGUUUUACCAGUUUUUCUACAUUUUAUCGGUUUUCCCAUGUUUUAUCCCGAGAUUUCACAUUUGCUUGGAAAACUCUUCGGAAAAUUAAAAAAAUAACUUGUCUAAAGUACCUCCAUAGUGAAAUUUCUUUUAAAAAAUAUUGAUAUCAUAAAAAAAUGGAGCAAAAUUGCUGGAUAAAAAGUUGUUUACAGACAAAAGAAAGGCCGUAAUAUAUUUUAACCAAUACCUACUUUUCUUAAAUUUUCCAGUUUUUUUUUUCUUUUGGUUUUUAAUUUUAAUGAAAAAAAUCUUGAAAAAUUGAAAAAUGACCCCCUUAGUGUAUCUUCCUAUACAGAUUUCCUUUUAGAGAAGGUGCUAUGCUUAGAAAUCUGAGCAAGUCUUCUGGUAGAAAAGUUGCUCACAGAUAAAAAUAAUAAAUAAACAUCUUUUCAAAACCAUAAGCUUAUUCUCUCCGCUCAGAAUCUAAAACUAAAUCGAAUAACCGAUUUAAACAAUUUAUCGGAUGAGUUAAAGAACAAAAAUAAUCAAAUUAAAAGAUAUAGCAUAGAGAUUUAUACGAAACGGGCUGAAAUUAAAAGCCAUACGAGCAGAUUUAUAUUCAAGUGUGCGGCGUAAUUAAGCGAUAAAAACCGGACGAAAUGCGUAUACUUACAAAUAUAUGUUAUUAUAUUAUAUAUAAUCGAGGGCCUACUGAACGAAACGAUAUACACACUCGAUGGAAACCUAAAACAUAUAAUAUAUAUAUAUAUAUAUAUAUAUAUAUAUAUCAGUGUUAUACGAAAUGGAUAUAUCAUAUAGAGUAAAGUUGUUAAAUAACUUUUAUACUACAGUAAAACGGUAUUUUUCCAUUCGGUUUACGACCGGCUGGACUUUUUCGAACGCUCGCAUGAAAACUGAUUUUCGAUUGUGAAACCACUCGGUUGUAGAAUAUUCGUAUACAUUCAUAUCAAAACAUGUCACGGGAUAACGGUCAAAACGCUUUACCUUAUGACCAGCAGCGAGAGAAUCGCAAGAACAAAAGCACGUUCUAAUAUUACGACCUUCCUUGCACCUCCGGCUGCGCGACGGAAGAAGCGCGUACAAUUAGGUAAACUCUACCCGCCGUCUUAGUAUAAAACUUAACUUUAAUUGAAUUCUCUGGGAAUAUUGGUAUUUAAACGAAGUCUCGAUAAAUUCGUCGCGUAAACUAACCCGGAUAGCAGUAUUUAUGCGUCCUCGAUGUAAUAUAAACGACGGGGACCGCAUAUUAUAUUAUAGUAAAGCACUCGAGCGUGUACCGAGUGUGUAUAAAUCUCGAAAAGUAUUUUGCGGUCGUUUCGUUUUUAACGGUUUCCGGACCGUACAUUAUUGGUUAUGUAUGUGUGUGACCGUGCUAGUGCAUGUGUGCGUGUUUCAUCGUUUACGUUGUCGUGCAAGUAUUAAGCUAAAAUACUCGUUUCGUAUUUGUUAUUUUUGAUGUGAGAAAUGUUCAACGGGGCAGAAUAAAUUCAAUUUUAAAAUCCCUGACCAUUACCUCCGUAUUAUGAAAAUAUAUAUGUGUAGUAGAAAAUAAGAAAUAAAAUAAAUAUAUCCGGACAUAUUUCGCACAAUAUACCAGAUGAUCCAUUUAAGUUUGUACACUCAUUAUCUCGGAGAGUGUUAACUUUUUCCGGAAUUUUUUUUUAGAAUAUUUAUAAAACAAGCUGCUCUACUAUUUUAUACCGUUAUUUUUUGUCACAUUUAUUGUUACAAGUAAAACCACUACCGACUUUUGAUUUUACUUAUAGUAAAAAUUCCAUUAAUAGUAUUAGUAUUAUUAGUUGAAAUAAAUAUAGUGUUGACAUUUUUGAUUUCCGUCAAUCCGUUGACGAGAUUUUCCACUUUCGUAACGAGUAUACCCGCUUAAACGAAUCACCCGGUAAAAGCAUCACACAAGAUGCAAUUUUGUACGGUAGUCGGAAAUUCGAAUGUGAGCGACUCUCUUUUUUGUCAAAUUUUAACAUCUUUGUAUCGCAUAGGUUUUGUCCAAAACCAGUGCCAUUCAAUUUAUAGAGUGUGUUUCCGCUAAUGAAACGAGUACUAGGAAUAUUAGGAAAAUACGUUCCGUAUGCACGGAAUAGAUCGAGAUUACUAACGGCGUGGGUAUAUAAUACGCGACGUAAUAUAAUAUGUGUUUUCCUGAAUCCCCGGUAGGUAACAAUAUUAUGUAAAUUUAACUGUGUAUCAUGCGCUGUGUACAUAACCGGUUUGUCUUUUGCGCAGGCCCACCAAGCGGAAGAAGACGGCCUGGGCGAGUCGGCAUUGACGUUACAAGUCCACAUGGGCCUGGCGUGGACGGUGGGUUGUGUGGCGUUUGGACUGAUCGUGGUCCGGAACUCGGUAGAAUGCCGGAUCGCUCGGCAGUACCUGUGCCAGGCGUCCGUGUUUAUGUGUGGCGUAUCCAUACUGGCCCUGACUACGGUCCGAGGAGACCGCCAGGGUUACGUCAUGUUCGCCUGGGUGUACGGAAUGUUCUGCGGUGGCUACCAUUAUUCGCUGAAGAUGUACACUUACGAGCGCGUCCGUGCCCGGAACUUCGCCCGCACCUGGGGUUUUGUCCAGUGUUCACAGGCCAUACCUAUCGCCCUGGGCGUGCCCAUUGCCGGUGAGUAUAACCACUCCGGGCGGUCGCAUUUGAUGCAUUUCUGUUCGCGCCUACCCGAAACGCCCGACGAAGUUUUUGUUUCCGUCCGGGCCGUGUCUAUCGUCAAAAUCUGAGAGAAGAGUAACAAUGCGAUAAAUAUAUUAUUUUAAUGUCUUAUUGUGAUUUGAAUUCCGCCGAAUUCUUUAUCGCGGUGUUACCGUCUCCUCGGGGCAACCUUCGGACCUGCCAAACGUUAAAAGCAUUGGUCUAGGGAUAAUAAUAGACGAAUAAAUAAUAGAGUGUACGAUUUUGGCGGUAUUUUUAGAACACUUGCAAUUCGACGGUUAAUUCCGAUGUCAACUUAACGCUUUCUAUAUUAUAUUCGUAUGUUUUUGUUCCCGAGGUGUUUCUCGUCGUCCGGAUAACGACCCGAAAGUCCGCUACGCGUUAGCUCCCGUCCCGCGUAUACAGACAAAUCAAUUAAUUUGUGCGUUUAUUUAGGUUACAUAAACAUCGGUUACGGUGCCAAGUCGGGCUAUUAUUUCAGUUCGGCGUGUGUGCUGCUGGGCAGCCUAACGAUGUUCCUGAUCGACUUGCACCGGCGUAACGUCGCCCGGCAUAAGCACCACAACGAGUCUGGCACAAAAAAACUGUGCGUGUCCGAUUCGUGCCCGCAACGCAGGCGGCUGUCGUUUACGGUCGAGCCCGAAGAGGUGGUGGUCAUGGAACCGCCGCUGGCCAAUAACCAACAAGGCGGCGGUCUUGUCGGGUGUGCCGGGAUCGCUGGAGUCGGCGGAAUCACCGGCGGUGGUAGCGGCGGCGGUGGCGGUAUCAACGACAAACCCGAGCUGACGUGCAUAUCCGAGGAGGGCAUCGCUGAUAUGGACCUGCCGGACAACCUACUCGACGACCUCGACUACAUCGGCGACUGUAUCACGUCAUGUAACAAGGUCGAGAACUAUCUGAUGCUCAGCGAGUUCGAGAACAAUCUUAUCGCCGAGAUGCCGGUCAUCAUGGACCGGAAGGGUCGGCGGUGGUCGUUGGCCAAACAGGCAGAGGAGGAGACCCCCAGGGGUGGCAAGUGGCGGCUGGUCGCAGGGCCGAACAGUAGACUGAUCACGGUCAUCGACGAGGCGUCCGUAUAACAGCUAGUAUAGUCGAUAUACGAAUACUUAUAAAACAUAUAUUAUAUUUAUUAUUAUUUUUAUUACUGUUGAAUAAUGUGUUCAUUUUUUUUUUCAAUUUUUUUUAAUAAUACAACGUCGCGAUGUCUCCGUCGGAGUCCUUAACGCGCGAUCGUUUUUAUAAUAAAAAAACAAUAACCCUCUUAUGCGGGUAUAGUAGGGACGCGUUGACAGAGUUAUAUCAUAUUCGUCUCACAUUGGACAUUGUUUUCGUUCAAGUAAAAAAAAAAAAACAUAUUUUUUUAUUAUUUAUACAAUUACGGAUAGUCGUUUUAACCGAGUGUUUAGUUAAACCUAAGUAAUAACUAAUAAGUGUGUAUUUGACCAUGCAAUCGGAUGUCAAAAGUACAUUUCUGUCUUUCCAUACCUAUAAAUUCGGCAUUUCCGUUCACGGGCAAACGCCGCAACAUCUCUACGCGUCUGUGAUCCACCUAGUUUACUAUGAGACUAUUAAUGAAAUUAAUUCAUUAUUUGAGAAAUUUCGUAUUUUUUUUUUUUAUGCGUCAGUGGAUUAUUUCAGAAAUUAUUUUAUGCGAUACCCCUCCAUUUAAUUACAUUUAAACGUAUGAAAACAACAAACAAUAAUAAUGAACCGCGCAACCAUUGUGUAGUUGAUGGAGUUAGAAGACUUUAGUUAUACUGCAUCGGUCCACUGAUAUUACUGAUAUUAACUGUUUGCGAUGGUUCCCGGUAAAAUACAAAUAGGGAUGCUUAAAAACAAAAUAAAUCAUUACCAUUACAUUCGAACCUUUAAUUUUAAAUACUAUUUGUUGUUUUAGAUGAAAAUAUUAUAUACAAUAAAUUU